UGUGUGUGUGUGUGUGUGUGUGUUAUGCAAAAAUCAUGAUGCAUCCUUAUUUCAGAAAUUGUGAGGGCACAGGAGAUCAAUGUAGUGAUAGUGCAUGCUGAACCAGCCACCGCUUGCGCAUGUUCACAGGGGAGUACUAAUGUAGGUGACGCAACAAAAAAAUCACAUUAAAUUCCUGUUGGCAAUCUGUUGACAGCCGUUGUCUUCAGCCCUUGAUUCACUGCUCAUCUGGUGUUUGCCGAUUGUACUUAACUCAGAAGUUGCACGUCUGUUUCCAUGGUGCUGAUUAGCAUACAGAGCUGGCAUCUAAGGUUGCAGAUUUACAAAGGCUGGAACGGCCAGACUGACCUCACUAAAACAACAUUGAUCUUAAGGCAGUAGUACGGAGCUAGACUGGGGUAGGUAGGUGGGGGCGUUUCUGAAGCACAUUGGGGACACUCAAAAUGGUGAUUUGUUCAGCAGUGAUUGUUAUAGUUUCCAGAUUUUUGAUUUUUGAUUUAUUUUAGCCAAAUGGAAUUUCACGAUGUGAUUAUAUCCACUGUUUGAUCUCUCAUUGGCUGAGAUUAUGCCAUUAAUAAACCCUUUCAGGGUUCUUUUCUUUGGUGCAACACCAAAAUGGCUAUGAAGAUAAUGUAAAACUGCGAGACAGAGUGAAAGAUAUGGCAUGUUUUGCGGGUGCCUUCUUGUUUUUUCAAAAUUGCGAGUUUCAUGCUGAAAACGGAACAUCACAGAAACUCUGUGUGCUGUUCGAAUGCAUCUUUUAGCAUUUUCAUGCAGAGCAUAUGCCAGGAAUUGGCUCUGAAUUUAAUUAAAUCAGUUUCCUUUUAAUACUACCAUCUCCUUGUCUUGAAUAACUUCUUGGUAAAUAAACUGGUAAAUAAACUGGUAAAUAAGGAACACUAAUGAAUCUGAUGGCUUCUUCUACUCCUGAAGCAUUCCUAUAUCUCCUGAGGGUACCUUAUCCUGAAGUAAAUAGACAAGAUGGGAGAUGGGGCCAUCCUCCUCCUUCCCAGAUCAGUCCUUCCUAACAAGCUGAAUGACUGUGUCAGGCUAGAUCUCCUAAAAGUACAGUAUCCAGGCUCCACCUCUCAGACACAGUCUUUGGACUCUCAGCUUGAGGGAACUUUAAAGCCUUUAUUCAACAAAUCAUUACACUGUCCAAAGCACAGGAUGCAAGAUUUGUAAGGCUGCAGCAGAUCUCUUAAGGUUCAUGACUAGAUGAUAGCUAAGAAGUUGUCCCAACACUACUUUUAAAGGGUAGGAUGGGUCCAAACAGUUACAUGGUUAUUGACAAGAAGAAUGAGCUUGCCAGGGAUCGCUCCAGUGGGUUGGCUGGAACUGUUCACACCUGUGCUAAUGGCAACAUGUCCUUAGUAACAGAACCUAAGUCAGUCCUUCCAGGUCACCUUCCACUUCUGGUUCAGCCAGACCCACUGAUUGGUUGUCCUCUUUGGCUACCAUGGAGACCUCCUCUCUGGAAGAUUCUUCUCCCCAUCUGUGACAUCUGCCAAUAAGGGCUAAAGACUUCUCCUGAGUUGCUGAACUUUGGUUCAUCCAAGAGGCUUUGAUUUAUGAGAAAGGCUGAGACCCUGAACAUUUAUCUCUGGUCUCUCUCCAUGCUAGCAGACAGAUUUACAACACCUGCUUAUCUGGUUGGCACCAUUGCUCAAGCCCAGUCUGAAACACCAUUAAUGGGAAUAAUAUCAUCAUCCAGCUGUGCUCCCAUAAAGCCCCCCACCCACUCACCAUCACCUGACCUGAGCCACAGAACGUUACAGCUGAAAAGCCCCAGGACUGGCUGGCCUGAGACAAUGGCAUUGCUAGGUCAUAAAGGUGAUCAACCAAGGCCCCUUGCUAGCUCCCCACUUUCCCUGUGGAACAAAAUAUGUAAUGCCACCUUCAAAUUGACUGGAGGAAUGUAUUUGGAAGGCUUUGGAGAAUAUAGAGAAAGCCACCAAGAAGUGAAUAGGUUGCGGCCCAUUCUCUACUGGCUUUUCAUAGCUCAUCUUCCCCGUGGAAGAUAUUUGAAAGGUAAGUUACCUGGGCUUCCAUGCAUACAAUUUCCAAGCAUUAUAAAAUAGAUAAAUAUUCACCUACUAUAGUAGAACUUGGCAGGAAAGUGUUUCAAGGAGUAGUCUUACAGCAAAUGUCUGAUCCUUGGAAGCCCACCCAACGUUAUUCCGCUGGGAGUCUCAGAAGAAAAUGGAAAUUUCCUUGGCCAUUGAUUUCUGUUCUCUGAGACUCCCUUUUUUAAAAUGAGAUUUUUAUUAAAGUUUUUCAUAAUACAAUAGAGUAGCGGCUACCAAACAUACAAAUAGAAAUAAGUAGAAUACAGAGUACUUUCUUAGUAAAUAAUUUUUAGCCGUUACCAGCCACAGAAGGUAGUAGACCCUCUCUCAGCUCUCACCUGGGAUUUUUCCUUUCUCCUCCCAGAUUCUCACCCUGUCUCUCACGCAGGCUCCUCCAUCAACCAUCUACCACCCCGCUGAGUAUACAAUCUCUGGACUUUACGACAUAGGACAGAAAGGCAGUAAGAUUGUAACAAUAAGAAAAGAGAAAAAAGAAAUAAGACAAAAAUACAAAUUAGAGAAAGAUACAAAAAGAAAACUUCUGAUUUUCCAUCUGCUGGUUACAUAAAAAAAUUAAAAAAUGAUUGUUUAAGACAUUCAGUCCAUUCUAACAUCCAUCUUUUCCACUUUCUGUUAAACAGUAUUUCUGUUAAGUCAAUCUACUGAUUGAGAGCAGGGUAGCUACUGCUGUCUAACAACAGCAUGCUUAAAAUAAUAUAUUUUAUUUUAAAUUGGUUUGUAAUGUACUGGGUGGAGGGUGGAGUUUUAUGGUUUUAAGAUCAUCUUCAUACAUAGGCCGUUGGUUUAUUAGAAUGCUUCUGAGCAUCAGGCAGAAGUUGUCAGGUUAGUGGUACCAAUGUAGCUUGAACAUUAUUAGCACUAAAGGUGAAAGAAAGAGAGAGAGAGAGAAAGUUGCUAGGGAUGGCAACUACCUUUGAGUUCACUGAAUUGGUCAGCCUGUGCCUGGGCUAUUCGAUUUUAAAUUGUGUGCAUGCUCAUAUUAUUUAAUGUUCCUCACUAUAAAAUUGGACAUUUUCCUUGUGGAAGCAUUUGAUAAAGUGAGCAUCCUCCUGCAGUCUGAAGAAGUUUGGCCGAGGCACAAAUUGAACCGCCUCUCUCUGAGAACUAAGCCCUAAAGUGCUGCUGACCUAUGCACAGCAAUAAAAAGCAGAGCCACCGUUAAUGUUUUUCUGCAGUUGUGUUCUCAGGCUGGAUUGCUUCUUGAAUCCGGAGUGCUUCAAAUGUUAAAUGGUGGCAUUGUAUUAAGCUUCAUUACCCACCCACGUAAACAUUUUCACAGAAAUACAAAACAGAAACAACACAGGCAUUUAGCAUUUUGUGGGUAAUUUUAUUGGUUUUCAAAAGGGCACAUUCUGUGCUUCCUCUGCGGUUGCAGAUAUGUAACUGGGAAUAUCCCCUCGGGAAAUGAAUGCAAAGCAUGUCCCAUAUUAAGGCUAAUAUGCGGCAAAUGCUUUGGAGCUUUUGGAAUGCUUGUUAGGUGACAAGGAACCAAAGAUGCAUAUCCACCAGUGCUAGCCCCAAAUAAAAAGGUUUUCACUUGAGCAGUCCAUGUACCUCUUCAGCAUAGAAUAGCUUGUGCCUAUGUUCUGUUUGUCAGCAAACUGCCUAUUGGGAAUUUGCAUAGUUAUGGCAGCCAACAAAAAAGAACACAUCAGUAGUGUUAGACUAAGAAGUGCCACUUACUGUAAAUAGACAAUAUUCAUACACAGUUUUCAGCACCUCUAACUACCUGACUGCUGUUGGAAGGAUCUGUUAGUAUACCCUCCAACAUUUCUCCGCUGAAAACAGGGACAUCCUAUUCAAUAAUAAUAAUAAUAAUAAUAAUAAUAAUAAUAAUAAUAAUUUUAUUUAUACUCCACCCAUCUGACUGGGUUCCCCCAGCCACUCUAGGCAGCUUCCAACACAUAUAAAAAUAUAAUAAAACAUUAAACAUUUAAAAAAACUUCCCUAUACAGGGCUGCCUUCAGAGAUUUAAGCAGAGGUAAGCAUUGGAGAAAGGUAAUGAUUAGUUCUACAAUCUCUUCAGCUUUCUCUAUCUCUGAGGGAGCUUCUGAAUUUUUGUAAGAGACUGGCUUGCAUGUGACGACUUCAGACAUGAAAGAUGUAACAUGUACUAAAGUACAUACUUUUAAUAUGCAGUGCUGUAGCCAGCAUCCCAGGCACACCAGCUUUCCCUUCAAUACUCCCUUUCUGCAAUUUAUAAUCUUCCCCUGUUGUCUUGGAAAUGGGGGGUAUAUAUUUGCCUUCAGCAGAGAGGGACACAUAGAGAAAAUAGCAGCUGACUGGAUAUUGCUCUGUGAUCAGAGGCAAGGUGACUUGAGCAAGUUCAUAAAACUCUGUUUCUAGACUACAACAUCCAUCAUCCCCCAACCUUUGGCUCUAUUGGCUGGAUCUGGUGGGAGUUAUUCCAACAAUAUUUGCAGGGCAUCAUGUUUCGCCUGCAGUUGUUUUGGCUGAGACAUUUCCCAUAAUGGACAUCUAUCCCAGAGAAUGGGUUAUCAACCUGCCUUCCAUUCAAGUAAUUUCCUCAGACACUCUGGGAUGCAGUCCUUUGAAGACUUCCUAUAAACUUGACUCUGGACUAAGACAGGGUGGAUCUUUUCUAGGGUGAUGUUGCUAAAGUUCAGAAUUACUUGUUUUGCUAUAUGAAUUUGUUUAUUCAUGACUGCAUUACAAACCUAGCAGCAUUUUCCAUGGAAUUUCUUCCUCAGCUUAGAAGUUUGAAUGACUUUAUGCAUAUGUAUGGCUAGCAUUCAGGUCAGGACACUAAACUUAGCUGAUGUGUAGGUGCAUGCACAGACAUUCUUUAUCGCUGAACUCUUAAUAUUGAUUAAACUAUCCUUGAUUUGCUGGGAACUGCAUGACCAGUCCAGCUGACUAUCGUUCUGUUUAUUAGCAUUUAAUCUGUUUAGGUAAAUUUUCUAUUCUCUCUCUCUCUUUUUUUAAAAUAAUAUUUAUUGAGAAUUUUAAGAUUACAAAGAAACAAAGAAAAAAAAGAAGGAAAAAAACAAGUAGCAUUUAAACAAUACGAAUCAAUAAAAAAACAAGGUCAAAAAAACAAAAAAACAAAACACAUAAUACAUCAAAAUCAAAAAGCAAAAAUAGACAAAAAAUUUAAAAACAAAUCCAAUAUUCCCAAAUCAUUAACUGUCAUUACCUUGUUUCAUUGACCUCCUCACACCUCCCUUUUUUGUAUUCUAGUUGUUAAUUAUCUCAGCAAAUCCUUUCCCUCUUUCAUAAUAUUCUAUCAUUAAAUUACCUUAAUCUAUUUUAACCUUAUCUUACCUAAAAAGGCCCUAAAACUUAAAACUUAAAUCUUAUUUAUACCAAAUUCUCUUAACCAUGACAUAUUCUUACAUAAUUCUUUUUAACAUUUCUGCUAAAGCCAAAUAAUUUCAUUCCAACAUUUUUCUAAUACUCUUUAUUUUUACAAGAUUUUCCUAAAUAAUUUGUUUAAAACUUUCUUCCAGUCUUCAAUUUUCUAUUCUCUUGCAGAUGUUGUAUAUUGUAGUUGUCCCCGGUCCCUUAACGAAACCUGAAACCCUAUCUUGUAUGUUUGAGUGGAGCAGAGUAUGAUGAAUUCAUAGAAGCACUGCACGAGUUCAGAUCAGGCAAACCCAAACUGAAGCUCACAGGGAACAAUGCAAUAAACUACACAUACUUGGCAACUGUCUUGUGGGACACCUUCAGGAGACGAACCCUACACAAAUCUGGACGGUUGGAUGGCGCAUUGUGGCAACUCCUCCAGCAACUCCUGCAGCCAAGAUGGUGCCAAAUGUAUUGCUCUGCUUUCCUUUGGACCACAGUGGGGCUGAGAGGGGGGUCUUUUUGUCUGGGCAACUGAGGACCUCCAUACCCACUGCCUAGGCUUGCGCCCCAGAGAUGUCACUUCAGUGCUGCUAAUGCAGUAGAAGCAAUGUGGGAGGCAGCAGUUACGAGUUACCAGUCUCUGUGGCCUCAGCAGGUGCUGUGAUUUUUCAGUUGUUUGAAUUACCCCCAGAGGCACAGUCCAUUGUCUGUCAAGACAGAUGGAUGCCAACAACAACAACAACAACAACAACAACAACAUGGCACCCAUCAGCUCGCAUGCUCCAACAUAACAAAGAUGGAGAAAACUCUCAUUGAAUUGUACAUUCCCCCCAAAAGCUUGCAAAGAGGAGUUAGGUUUUCACUAGUUCCUGCAAUUUGAAAGUAAAAUGUGUGAUAAUCUGAAUAAUUGGAAAUUGUGUCCGUGACCUUAGCGUCACAUGAGUCUCUUAAUUGCAACAUCCCUUAAUUAGGAUGUGCUUAAGCAAUACAGACUCCGAGGCGCAGAACACAUUCAUGGGAAUCACUAUAGCUUAAUGAAAAUAAAUGCCAGUGAGUCAUCCUCCAGCCUUAUAAAAUGCUCUUCCAGGGGAAUGUGCAUGCCCUUUUUCAUAUUGCACUUUAUUAAACCUCGUUUUACUCUGUUAAAAGGUGAUGAAAUGUAUUUUGUGAUUCUUUCCUUACUCUGAGGCAUGCAGAGUUUUUAAAUGUCUAACAUUUAAAUGUUAGAGAAGACACUGGCAUUGCAUUGCAGCUUUUUUAUUUUAUUUUUUAAAAAAUCCGUAUUGGAUUUCACUUCAUAUUGCACACCUUUUACUUGGCAAUUGGUGUUCAAGAUGAAUCCUACAUAAGCUGGAAAAUCACCAGAUACAAAUAUUUCAGAAAGUAUUAGAUUUUGUCUUAAGCUUCUGGUCACCUACACUCCAGCAAAGGGGCAGCUUACACCAAUUAGAGCAACACAAAUAAAAUACAAAAAGCUAAAAAUAUAUAAAAUAUAAUAAUCAAAAAAGUAGUUGAAGUAUAGCAUAAUUAAAAUGAUAUUAAAAUAAUAUUGUGAAUGAAAGUUUAAGAAUUUCUAAUGGGCCUGUGAAAAUAUCAAGAAGUUUCUUAUAUAGAAUAGAUACUGUGGCGUUUGCCCAUUCCUUGUGAUUAUGUUUAUACAGGGGGAUGGAAAUGGUGAAUGUAGAUUGACCAAUGAGAAAGCUCAGAGGUUUUGAGGUUCAGCCCAGCGGUUUACCAGGGGAGAUAGAGGAGUGAUGGUCAGACAGAGGCAGUAAAAGUUGAACAUAGUGGUUGUGACAGUAGAGUGAGAGACAGGGAUAAAACUGAGAGAGAAGGGUGUGACAGUGUGAGAUAGUGCCACAUCUAGUUAAGGGCGCGCAUUUGAGAAACCGUUCUGAACAUGCUUAAAACUUGUAUGUUCUUCAAUAAACUUUAAUCUUCGUUGUUGACUUUAUAACAUGACUGAGACUCAGUAUUUCACCAGAAGAAACCUGGUUGGUGGCAGCGGAAGAAUAAAGCAGUGGUGUACAGGUUAAUAGUCCAUGAAAUGACCGGGGGCUCUGUACGAACUCCACAGAUACCAUAAAAUGGUUGUUACAAUGUACAUACAAGGUGUUGUAAAUGUUUCAGCUAUUUGUGCAGAUUAAUCUGUUUAUUUACAUGGCAUUUUAACCAAGUUUUGACUUUCUGAGGGAUACAAGUCCUUGAUAGCAAAUCAAUUAGCGCCAUAAUUUAUAUGGAAUAACUUUGUAGGCAGCUGGCCCUCCUGGAUUUCUGGGACAGGCAUUUGGAGAUUUAUUUAAGAUGCACUACAUUCUAAAUAAUAAGCUGUUGAAUAUUCUAAGUCUCUGUGAUAGUCCAGGAAUUUAAACACCAAAUACAAUAAAUAGAAGCAUGCGGCAAAUCCACUGCUGGGAUAAAAAUGGAUACGUUCACCAUGCAGCCAAUACUUUCCAAGUCAUUUUAAAGCAACUUUUUAUAAAUCCUUAGCCUUUAAAGUUAAAAAGGUCCAUGAUAUCAUUGAUCUUGGGCCUAGUUGUUGCUGGUAUAGGGUCAACCAUUGCCCUGGAUGCACUGCUGUGGGUGCAGAUAAAAAUUAAUAGGAAACUAGCAUGUCGGGGUGAAGCUCAGUAACCCUUCUCUCUGUCAUCUAUCUGGAAUGCUUUUUAAAAUAUAUAUGAAUGGGGGAGCUUUUAGUCUUGCAUAACUGUUAACUACUGUGUGAAGUGGUGCAGCCAAGGCCCUGAGCUACACACCUCAGAACUAGGCUUCAGUCUGAGACCUUGAGGCUCAAGUGAGUAUUUUAAGAAGGAAAACAACAAAGGUAGUGAAUCUGAUCUAGCGGUUCAGGAAAAGCCUAUGAUAGAAGUUCUUGGAUGAUACGCCCCCGAAAUACAGGUGGGAAAUGGCAUAAUGUAAUUUAUUAAUUGAGAGAUUUGUGUUCCAACCAAAAAUGGUUGCAGAGCAGUUUAUAAAAGCAAGGUAAUGCAAAAACAUAGUAGGUAAUUAGCAGGAACAUGAGUACAAUUAUCUUAAGUUUCACAACACUGUUUCAUACAUGUCAAAAUACCUUGCUUGUAGAGAACAAGUACUUGAGGUAGGAGUGUAGGCUUUUGACCUCGAUUUCAGUUUCUCAUGAAUAUGACUUCUUUUUCAGUAUGGUGGGACAUUUACCGUAUUUUUCGCUCUAUAAGACGCACCAGACCAUAAGACGUACCUAGUUUUUGGGGGAGGAAAACAAGAAAAAAAAAAUUCUGAAUCCCAGAAGCCAGAACAGCAAGAGGGAUCGCUGCGCAGCGAAAUCAGCGAUCCCUCUUGCUGUUCUGGCUUCUGGGAUAGCUGUGCAGCCUGCAUUCGCUCCAUAAGAUGCACACACAUUUCCCCUUACUUUUUAGGAGGGAAAAAGUGAGUCUUAUAGAGCACAAAAAUACGGUACUUAUGUAUUCCUCUUACUGUAUAUUUGUGUAGCCCCAGGUGAAUGUCACUCUGUGUUUCCCCUUAUUAUUAUCUGUCUUGGCUCAAUUGUUUCGCCAUAGAGAGUCUAAAGUCCAUACUACAUUUGCUGUACAAGUACAGAUGAUUUGGGUGGUUUUGUUCCUCUUAUAAUGUCCAUUACUGGUUGUCUAUGAACUUGGGCAACCAAACUACAUCAGUAGCACACAGUUUUGGUUUACUGCUCUUCUAAGCACAGGGAACACCUAGAAAUAUUAACCAGGAAACUUAAGUUAAUAAGUUUGGAUGGAUUUGACGGCAAAGGUUAAUGAUAAUUCCUGAAUCUGGUCUUGAUUGAGGAGAAGUUUCCAUGCGUGCUUGAACAAGGCUUGUAAUGGUCUCCAUUACUUAAAACAGCCAGCUUGGCUUUUAGACCUAAAUUAAUUGCUAUUUGUUUCUUGGUUGUCAGCAAUAUAAUUGCCUUCUUAUGUAAAGGGAAAGGAAAGACACUCUUCUACUGCUUCUGUACUGCUAAAUGUGUUAGGGCAGGGAACAUCUAUCUGCACUGGUUGGGAUCUCUUCCCCUCCCCCAAUGCAGAUGAACUUGAUUUUGCUUUUUAAAAGCUUUACUUGUUCCAGCUUCUCCCUCCUUCAGAUCCUAGAGAUGUUUAUAAAUACACAGGCCAUCAGUGCUACUUCACUCCCGCCCAGUGCACACAUUGGAUGGAUCAUUACAUGUCUAAAAUAGAAACAGCUCUGUAUUCUGUUAUGUGAGGGUUGGAGGGUAUUUUGGAACUCACUGGAAGCCAGCAUCGCACUAUAGCAAAAAAUUUUUUGAGGGGGUGGUGGUAGGUGGUUGUUUUUUGCUUUUGUAACAGCUGCAGGGCACAGCCACCAGUUUCAGAGGGACAGGUUGUGAUGAAUAUUGAAGUGUGCUGCUUUAAUAUUGCAGGACCAAACUUUCAGAGGACCGAGGCCAAAUGGUUCUGAUGUGUUACGGUACUACAGUGACUUCAGAGCCACAUGGCUGAACUCCAGGCAUCUUGUUCACAUAAAAAGUACAUGGGAUUGAUGAUCGUUUUAUAGAACUGGCUGCCACAGAUUUUAGAUUGAACCUUGUGUAUGUACCGUACUUUUCCGUGUAUAAGACUAGGGUUUUUUUACGGGAAAAUUAUGUUUAAAAUUGGGGGUCCCCAAUUUUACAUGGGGAUAUGUUAUACACGGAAAAGUAUGGUAUAUACGUCCACUGCUUUGAUCAUUGGUUAUAAGCGCAGUUAAAAAAAAAAAAAUAGCCAGGAGAGCAAAACUGCGCUUAUAACCAAUGAUCUUCAGACAACACAUUCUGGAAUUCUCCAGAGAUCUGGCAAUAUAAGUCAGACUCUGAGGGAUGAAUUUUCCCUACCCUACAUCACAAAGACUGAAGAAGACCCUACUUCUUUCUCCAUCCUUCAUCUUUCUCCAUUUGUUAGUUAAUAUAUAAGGACCUAAAAACAGCAGAAGAGCCCUGCUGGAUCAGCAUCAUGUUCUAAUUGUGUCCAACCAGAUGGAAAACCUGGAAACAGGACCUGAGUGCAACAACACUCCCUCAUUGGUGCAUGCCAGGAACUAAAGGUAGAACAUCGCCAUUAUGACUAGUAGCCACUCAUAGCUGCAUCCUCCAUGGAUUUGACUGCUCCACAUUAAAAGCCAUCCAAGUUGGUGGCCAUCAGUGGGAGCAAAUUUCAUAGUUAAAUUAUGUACCGUGUGAACAAGUCUUUGUCUAUCCUGAAUCUCUCAAAAUUCAGUUUUAUUCAAAAGCUCUGAAAAGGCUCAAUAUGGAGGCCAAAUGGCCGACAUAUUGGGAAAUUUUGGAGCAAGAAGGAGAUAAAUUGAGACUGCAGAGUUUUGAAAAAUUAAAAAAUAAAGUGAGAGAUUGGCUCCACUACUAUCAGAUAAUGGAGGCAUAUAACUUGGAUAAGAAAAUAGGCUUCCAAGUGGAAAAGUCAAAAUUAGAAACAGAAUUGUUAGAACCCAAAACUAAAAAUUUGUCAAGAAUGUAUAACUUGCUGUUGAAAUGGAAUACUCAGGAUGAAACGGUGAAAUCUGCUAUGAUUAAAUGGGCACAAGAUGUUGGACAUAACAUUAUGUUCGCUGACUGGGAACAGUUAUGGACCACAGGUAUGAAGUUUACGGCAUGUAAUGCCUUAAGAGAGAAUAUUAUGAAAAUGAUAUACAGGUGGUACAUGACCCUAGUCAAGCUUGCAAAAAUUUAUCAUUUGCCCGAUAAUAAAUGUUGGAAAUGUAAAGAAACUGAAGGUACAUUCUUUCACCUUUGGUGGACGUGCCCAAAGAUUAAGGCUUUCUGGGAAAUGAUAUAUAAUGAACUGAAAAAGGUAUUUAAAUAUACCUUUCUGAAGAAACCAGAGGCCUUUCUCUUGGGCAUUGUCGGCCAACUGGUGCCAAAGAAGGACAGAACCUUUUCAUGUAUGCUACAACAGCAGCAAGAAUACUUAUCGCAAAGUAUUGGAAGACACAAGAUCUACCCACUUUGGAAGAAUGGCAGAUGAAGGUGAUUGACUACAUGGAAUUGGCGGAAAUGACUGGCAGAAUCCGAGACCAGGGAGAAGAGUCGGUGAAAGAAGACUGGAAAAAAUUUAAGGACUAUUUACAGAAAUAUUGUAAAAUUAAGGAACUUUAGAAGGAUGUUGGAUAGAAAUUAAGAGGUUUUUAGCUGUAAUGCUUUAAGAGACAUGAAAAAAAAGGUUAACAAUUGGGUAAAAGAUUAAUGGUAAGGAUUUGCUGAACCAACAAACUGAAUUGGAAUACAAAGAAGGGAGGUAUGAGGAGGUCUGGGGAAAUAAGAGUAAGGAAGAUAGGUUAUGGAACAUUAUUGUGUUUUUAACUGUUUUAUUUUGUAUGUUUAUUCUUACUUUUUACUUUUUUGCUGUAAUUUAUACUUUUUUCUUUGUUUUCUGUAUUUUUGUGAAACUUUAAUAAAUAUCUUUUAAAAAACAAAAAAAAACAAAAUUCAGUUUUAUUGAAUGUCCCCAGAUUCUAGCACGUUGAGCACUUUCUUAAUACCAUGCAUAAAUAUAUACACCCCAAUCACCUUUUCGCUGAACUAACGCUCCCCUACCCACCCAAAUGUGGGACGUGGGUGGCGCUGUGGGUUAAACCACAGAGCCUAGGACUUGCCGAUCAGAAGGUCAGCGGUUCGAAUCCCAGCGAUGGGGUGAGCUCCCGUUGCUUGGUCCCUGCUCCUGCCAACCUAGCAGUUUGAAAGCACGUCAAAGUGCAAGUAGAUAAAUAGGUACCGCUCCGGCGGGAAGGUAAAUGGCAUUUCCGUGCACUGCUCUGGUUUGCCAGAAGUGGCUCAGUCAUGCUGGCCACAUGACCUGGAAGCUGUACGCCGGCUCCCUCGGCCAAUAAAGCGAGAUGAGCGCUGCAACCCCAGAGUCGGCCACGACUGGACCUAAUGGUCAGGGGUCCCUUUACCUUUACCCACCCAAAUAUAGCCUUUCCUUAUAGUAAGGUGACUCCAAACCCUUGGACCAUUUUUGUAGCCCUUUGCUGAAACUUUUCCAUGUUUACAAUAUCUGUUUUGAAGUGAGGUGACAAGAAAUGUACACAGCAUUCCAAGUGUGAUCUCACUAUAGGUUUGUACAACAGCAUUAGGGUAAUGGUCACACAUUCAGAUGCUGUGCACAGAUCCAGAUCAGCUUAGCUUCAGCAUGAAUUGUUCAUGAAUUGAUGUACAUUUACCAUUCUGAACAGGAGGACUUCCUCUGUGAGAAAUGGUGUCUGGUUUGUAAUACAUCCAAGCACCAUGAGCCGUCUUUUUGUAUACCAAGCCAGGGAAUUAUGAACUUUACUUGGAGGGGAGCGUGAUGUAGCAUUGGUUGGUACUGUCAUUUUUCAGUGGUUCUAAAUGUUGUGGCAUGGACCUUUGGAGAGAGGUGACAUUGAUAUAACAGAUUGUAUAAGCAUUGGCCAAAUGGUUUGAAUUCAGUGGAGCAAAUGAGAGCUUUUUGAACAAUUUGGACAACUGUUAUGGGUUUUUGAUAUAAAAGUGCUUCUAGAAUCAAAGGAUGCCCCAUAUUGCAUUAGGAUUUUCUGGAGGAACAGAAUGUGGUAUUUUGCUAAUAUUUUUUUGGGAUUGAUAUGGUGUUUUGCUAAUAUUUGUACAGCAAACACCAAACAUCGUGAGUUAAAAGCAGGAAAAAUAAUUCCUAAAAUAUCCAUAUUGAGCUGCAGUGUUACUGGAGAAUCCUGUUUGGCACCCAUUUGUUCAGUGAUUUUGAAAGAGUUCUAGGUCCACAGACCGUUCUUCACGGCAUUUUACUGCUUCAAAAGUGAUGUGCCAUCCUUGAAAGUUAACAGAUGCGGCCUCCUGCUGCAAUACCAAUUUUACAAAUACACUUCAAAAAUUCAUUUCCUUUUUUUUGAAACGAAAGAGUAAACAUACAUCAAAGAGCUGCUUUUCUGAGUCCAUAUCUUUUACUUCCUUUUUAUUUUAUUUUUUAAAAAGACUUGUUUUUGUGGAUAGACCUAUCUUCCUGAACACCACACCAUUCCAUCCUCUACAGGGAGCGAAUGGGGCUAGCAUUUUCUGUUGCUGUUUAUCAUGUUGGGCUGGCUUUCAUAGAUUCUCCUCUGUGGCAACAUAUUUUAAGGAAUUCUGUUUGUCUAUUUAUAAUGAAUUGCUUUUUCUUUUCUUUUUUCCCCUCCCUUCUCUCUCUCUCUCUCUCUCUCUCUCUCUCUUUUUGGAUGAGAGAAUUUCCUUCUUCUCUCCCAGUGGCCAUACUAUGUGCCACAAAAAUGUCUCUUACAUGGUCAGAUUAUCAGCAUCUUUGUGGUCAAUGACAUUACAUAGGGAUAAACCUCACUGUGAUUUGUCUUCCCGCAAGAUCCGCGUGCCACUUUUGUAAAUGUAAUACAAUUUGAAUAAACUUGGGGAAACCAUCUGGUUAUUAAGCAAAGGAAAACAUGGCUUGAGCAAUUAAGACUUAACUUAGAUGUGACUGUAAUCCUGAUAGCAAUGCAUUGUGAGUCAUACACAGGCAUCUGCCUUCUGUGUUGUGACAAAUUAAACCAUUGGUCUUUCUCGCUCAGCACUGCUGGCACCCUUGAGGGACUCAGGAAGGAGUCUUUCUGAGUCAAACCUGGAAAUGCUAAGGAUUGAACCUGUGACCUUUUCCAUGUAAAACAUGAGCUCUGCCACUGGGCUACAGCCUUUCUCCAGAGCUACGGUGCAAUGUCGGCUGGCUUACUGCUAUGGCCCAUCAGUUAUUCUGUCCUAAAUGCACUAUGUUAUAACACUGAUGUGUUCUGGUUAAGUCUAUAGCUGGAACGAUGCUGUUGUCAUAAAUAAGUACUCCUCCUACCUCUUUGUGCUGGUUGAAGAGCAAAGCUUUCAACUAAAUAAUUCUGAUUAGCAUGAUUGGGGAAGGGCCUUUUUACUGACAUACUGACUGAGCUGCUGUUGUUGUUGUUGUUUUUAUUAUGUAUUUUUAAACUGUGAUUUUAUGUUGUGAACCACCUUGAGACCUGUGGGUAUAGGAUGGUAGACAAAUUUAAUAAAUAAUAAAAAUAAGAAUAAUACUGAUGUCAAUAUAUUGAAAGUAACAUACUAUGGGGCUAAUAGGGUCAGUGGUCUGACCCUAUAGAGCAGCACCCUUUGUGUAAGGGUUUAGAUAAACUACCCAACACCUCUAGAAAGAAACAGAUUCUACAUAUUCAGUUAAGGUCUUGUCAUUUUAAAAAGGACGGACUUUCUGAAGAACUGCCCCCUGGCAAUGUUUGUGUCAGGAGUGUGUGCAGGAGCCAGGCCUUGUGACCAGUAGGACUUUGCAGGACUGGGGCCUUCCUAAGUUUGUUCUGAAGAGGCAAGGUGUGGCUGCACAGGUGAGGCCGAUUGGUAACUCACAGCACCUGGUGGCAAGAGCCAGGAAGGGAUAUAAGGUCAGCAUUUCCCUUUGGCUCUUUGCCACAGCAACACGUUCCCUGCCUUGCUGCGUUUGACUCCUUGACUCCUUGCUUCUCGAUCCUCGGACCCCUGACUUCAUGACUCCUUGCUUCUUGAUCCUCGGACCCCUGACUUCGUGACUCCUUGCUUCCUGACCCUUGGCUUACUGACUCCUGGCUUCUGGACUCCCAUUCCUGCUCCCAUCCCACCAUCUUGCCCCCAGUCCCAGCGUCCCCAGCUGGGACUUCGAUCACCCGUGAACUGGACCGUGACAGUUUGACACUAGACAUUGGCAAGGACAUACUUGGAAAGGUAAAUUAACCUCAUAUGCAGUGGCACAAUGGUAAGGUGAAAGAAUUAGGCACCACCUUAGAGGUAGUUUGGAGUGAUUGCUUGUACAUGUACCAGUGGCUGUUGCUGGCUAGGACUGUUGAUUGCUAAGAAGAAACUACAGUGGUGCCCCGCAAGACUUUACAGUAUGUGUGACUUUAAAGAGCACUUAAUAAACUCUUGUUGUACCAAAUUUGGCUUUGUUUGGACUUUUUUUGACCAUAGGAACACAUUAAUUGAAUUUCAAUGCAUUCCUAUGGGAUUUCGUGCUUCGCAAGACGAAAAAUUCGCUAGACGAAAAAUUCGCGGAACGAAUUAAUUUCGUCUUGCGAGGCACCACUGUAUGUUUUGUGAUGGACCUACAUGAUACAUACACUGUAAUGCAAUCUCAAAGUGGUGGCCAAUGCUAACUAGCUUGAACACAACCACCAGCCAGUGUAUGUAAUCUGCUGUUGGCAACCGUAUUGUACAUUUUGAACCAAUCACUUCCCCCUUAUCUUUGUCCUUUUGGGCAUGAUAUUAUAAGUGUAUCUGGCCUAACAGGAGAACUAUUAGUGCCAAUAAUAGUGUGCUAUUUAACAAAUAAACUGAUAGUCUCAAGCUAAAUAUUGCCAGAAUACAGUUUCACAAUUAAAACACAAUUAUAAGUAGCUAGAUAAUUGGACUGUUGGAUACAGGAAGAACAUAGUCACAAGAGACCUGCCUGCUUCUGUAGUUGUGCAAAUGCGUCCAUGGUUCUUGAAUGCGAGAGGCAUUACAACGCUGUCUGGUCUUAUACUCUGCCCUGUCUGCUUUUCUCCUUGCUAUUUGUAGGUAGCCAUCAAAGGAUGUUCCUUUUGCACAUCAGUCCACACUGACUUGCUAAAAGAGCUCCUAACAAUAUCAUUAUGGUUACGUGUUUGGUUUUCUUUAAGGAAGAAAGACUUGGAAGACUUGUAGAGAGAGAAAAUAGCCACUUACACGAAACAGGAAGUGAAAAGCCUUGUUUCAAAAUAGUUUUGUCUAAAAUAAAACAUAGUGGUGAGUGACUUUCCAAAGCCCACAGCAGAGAACAAGUAUCAUGGGGUGGAAAGUGUGUAAUUGAAAUCUGUUGAUAGGAAUUCUUGUGAGGUUUAUGUACUAUUUCUCAUAAAUAAAUUAGCCAUGCUCUGCAGAAUGAAAAAAUAAUAAUUGCAUUGUUAACAGUGCACUGUUGAGACGGUUGUUUCCCCCCGUGUACAUAAUCAAGCAAGCAGUGAUGUCUCCCAAGCCAAUAAUGAUGAACAUAGGAAGAGUCCUGCUAGGUCAGGCUAAUGGUCCAUGAUACCUAGAAUCCUGUUCCUAGCAGUGACUAGUCAGAUGUUUUGGGGAAGCCCACAAACACCAUGCAUUGCUUGUGGGUUUCCCAAAAACAUCUGACUGGUCACAGGCAACAGCCGUCCUUUGUCCGCCACCAUCCUGUAUCUAGAGAUGAAUUGCUUCUGAACCUGUGCACUUCAUUUAGCUGUCUAAGCAAGCACGUAGCUACCCAUCACAUCUUUUGAUGGCAAAUUCCAUAAGAUGCAUGUCGUAAUGAUUGGGGAUUACUGUUUCUCCCCAUUCACCCAAAUAUUCCUGCUUGGAAUGAGUGUCACUCAGGAUAAGUCACCUGCCUGCCAUUCCCCUUAGUUUAAGUGUGUUCACUUCUCAAAACCUUGGUGCAAGCCUGAAACACACUGAUUUUCUGGUGAUCAAAGGGAAAUCCAUUGCAAUAUCUAUAAAGUAUGUAAAUAAAUUGCUACGUACUGUUCAGAAGGGUAGGUACUGUUCCAGUCCAAAGGUUUACAGGCUGGAGAAUUCUAAUGGAUUUAUUGUUCCUGUAGAACUUCUCAUGGUACAACUUCUUCACAAUGUAGGCUGGUAAUCCACAAAGUUAUGAGGAAGAUCUGACCCAUCGUGACUAGCUAUUAGAUAUGUUCCAAGUGACAUAACUCACUGAGUACUGUUUGCCCUGGAAACAGGCAUGCUUUCUCGUUCUGGCCUUCUGUCCUGCCAGAAGGGCACACCAUGACAUUGAUAGUUCACAGAUCAUCCAUGCAUAGAGCAGACUGUUCUGCAACUAAAAUGAAAAGUAUUUGUCACCCUUCAGAGAGCAUGGGUAGCAAAGAAAAGUGUGUGUGGUGUGCGUGCUCAUGGCUUGGAAAUUACAAAUACCCUUUGCCAAUAAGUGAUUACAGUUUCAUCUGAUUGCAUGGCAGUCUUUUAAAAGUGUAGAAGAAGAUGCAGGGAAAGAUGAGUUAAGAAACACAAGUCUUCAUUUCCUGUAGAAACUAAGCUUUGGACUCUUAUGACUGCAUCCUCUGCCCCAACAUUCUUGAUGGGAUGGUGGCUAUGUUUUUGCUUAUGGUUCUCUGUUACUGUGUAUCUUGAGCAGCAAACCUAAACUGCCCUUGUUAGGUAGUUGUACCUGGAUGCCAAAUUUGUGGGCAGUAGAAGUUUCCUUGAGAUUGAAGAACUGGAUCUUACCUGACCAAAUGCAUUUCAGUAUCCAAGUACAAUUCUACAAGGCACGCAUUUGCUCCAACUGUUUAUUUCACAUGUGUUAAAUCUGAGAGUUGUGUGGUGUAGGUGUGCUAAGAGAAUGAACUGGGAAGAUCUGGUUCCUAUCUCACCUGAGCCAUAGGCUUUUUAGGUGGCUUUGAGAAACGUCUGCUGCCAAUCUACUCAUGGGAGUAAUAGUUACCUGUUACCCAUUUUAUCAAUUUUCUCAGAUGUGGCAACCAGAAUUGGGUGCAGUUUUGCAGCAGACACAUUGUCUUGCAAAAGCACAGCUUUGCCAAGCAGAGGAAAAAUACAACAUAUGCCCAACAGAUACUGGCCCAAUCAUAACAGAAGGCUUCAUGUGUAUUUGGGGCUAAUGAUUGUAACAUUGGGGCCAUUUGCAGGAGUGCGUCUCAUGUAGGCAUAGCAUUGCCUUCUUGUUUUCUAGUUACAAAAUUCACCAAGCUCUGAAAUAUUGAUCUGGAAAAGAUUUGUUUUAUCACUUACAACAGGCAAUGCUGUCUCAAACUCUUCUACUCUGUUUCCCUGUUAUAUAUUACAUGUAUAUAUCACCUUUCCUCCCAGGAUAUCAAGGUGGUAUACAGGAUUUCUUCUCUCGUUCCCGUUUUAUCUUCUCAACAAUCCUGAGAGACAGUGACGUGGCCAAAGUCAUACAAGUUAAUGGAUGUAUAGGUGUUUGAACCCUGAUCUCUGUGAUCCUGGUCCAACAGUGAUUACACUGCACUAAUUCAUAUAUUUAGGUAUUUGUAUUCAGGACUAUACAGCCCUCUCAAGGUGGUGGUUCACAUUAUACAACGAAAUAAAGGAAGAAAAUGCAGACUUUGCAAUAGCAGUUCAAUCUAAAAACCCGUCAGUAAAAUAAUAUUAAAAUAGCUACAGUGGUUAAUUUGCAGCUAAAAGCACGAACCAGCCUUCAAUCAAUCAGUUAAAAAUAGGUGCAGAUGUAAAUUGACAGAUCUUUAGAGUUGAGAUAUGCAAACCUGAAUUGCAAAAGGCGAGCGAGGGCUUUUUUUGUAUUUUGCAUAUUAAGUGCAGUGGCAGCCAUAAAAAUGAUUUAUGAGCACAAUACAGAGAUGUCAUCUCUCUGUGCCAUAUAGGCAAACAAUUGAAGUUGAUUAAGAGUUAGUAGAUGAAUGAAUCUCAUUUCUCUUGUCAGGCAUGUUACUCAACUGAAACUCCCAACUACAUGUUAGGUUGAUUCUAUGAUUGUUUUCUCCAUUGAGUUUUUAUUUUUAUUUUAAACCCAAAGGAGACACAUGUAAGGGGCUUAACCUUUUCCUAUCCAGUCCUUUUUUACCCUCACUUUGAGAGAGUCAUAGUGGUCAUAGUGCUGAAUGUAGGCUGGAUAGGCCUAGAGAGACCUCAGAUACUUGCUUCAUAAUGAAGUUUACUGAGUGACUUUAGUUCAUUCAUUCUCUCUCAACUUAACCUACCUCACAUGGUUGUUUUGGGGAGGCACAUCUUGUAUGGUAUCCUGAGCUCCUGGGAUGAAGAGUGGGAUUAAAUAAUAAAACUGGCUGAUGCAGGUUAAACUCUGUACAAGUGGAAAUCCUUGCACUAAUUGUAAGAGUGCAUUGGAUCCCACCCUUGGUUUCCAUUAUCAGGAGUGUCCCCCGAUUAUAGGGUUGGGACAUUCACUGGAGCAGCUUGAGAGGUGCAGGAACCAUCCUGAAAACUCCGGAUGGAGGACAGCAUACAAAUUUAAUAAAUAAUACAUUUAAUUGUUUUUGUUGUUAAACUGAAAAUUGCCUCCUGCUUUUCUGCUGAUGGCAUUUUUCUGCUGGAUCUUGAUCCCAUCUAUGAAUGGAUUGUGCCCUUUGCUAGUGGUUGCCUAGGGACACAGGUGGCGCUGUGGGUUAAACCACAGAGCCUAGGACUUGCCGAUCAGAAGGUCGGCGGUUCAAAUCCCCACGGCGGGGUGAGCUCCCGUUGUUUGGUCCCUGCUCCUGCCAACCUAGCAGUUCAAAAGCACGUCAAAUAGGUACCGCUCCGGCGGGAAGGUAAACGGUCGUGACCAACUCUGGGGUUGCGGCGCUCAUCUCGCUUUAUUGGCCGAGGGAGCCGGCGUACAGCUUCCGGGUCAUGUGGCCAGCAUGACUAAGCCGCUUCUGGUGAACCAGAGCAGCGCACGGAAACGCCGUUUACCUUCCCACCGGAGCGGUACCUAUUUAUCUACUUACACUUUGACGUGCUUUCACACUGCUAGGUUGGCAGGAGGAGGGACCGAGCAACGGGAGCUCACCCCGUCACAGGGAUUCAAACCGCCAACCUUCUGAUCGGCAAGUCCUAGGCUCUGUGGUUUAACCCACAGUGCCACCUGUGUCCCUCCACCCCACAGGACCACCACAUAUAAUAAGGUACUCUUUCCUUUUACCUUUCCAGCACAAAUUUGAGCUGGUUCUAUACAUUUUCGCAAUUUAACUCAGAGUCAGAUGCCAACGGUACCUCAUUUUCAUAUAGUUUUCUUUCAACGAAUAGCAAGCCUUAUACUUCAAAUCCUCUUUCCAUAACUUUCCCCAUGAUAAAAGUUGUAUAUUGUAACCAAAAUCUCUUGCCCAUUGUAUCAUCACUGAUUUAACUUCUUCAUCUUUAGUAAACCAUUCCAAAAGCAAUUUAUACAUUUUUGAAAGUAAUUUCACAUUGUUUUCCAACAAAGAAAGCUAUGGCAUUGUUGGUUCUCAGCAUUUUGAAACAAAGUUCCCAGUAAAUGUAAAUGACAAAUGGACAUGCAUACCUGGUUUUUAUCUUUCCCUUUCUUUUUGGGUUGGGCAGCUUGUAGUUUGGGUAGCUGGAGGAGUUUGUGAAGGAGGAGAUGGUUGUGCCUAUAUCUGCAAGAUUGCAUUUUGCACUGAUACAGUGAAAACGUGGGUGGUGGAGCUGCCACCAAGGAACAGAGAUGAGUGACAACCUCAAAUUAAGCUACCAUUUUUAGCAAGAGCUGGAAGUAUAGCAUAACAACAGCUCUACUGGAUCAGACCAAAAGUCAUUCCUUCCUUCCUUCCAUCCAUCCAUCAUUCCACCCAAGGAAAUCAUAUCCCAUUUCUCUCCUUUUUUGCACAUCUGGACGCUCUGUGCAUAAGUUCCCACAAAUUCACAGGUAGCAGAGCCUGUGGGCGAAUCAGCAGUCCUUUCCCCUUCAAACACUUAUUUCUGCCUAAGAAUGAACACCUAAACAAGGUUUUAAGGCUCUUAUUAAAUGAGCCGGCAUGUUCAAUCUUCCACGGCUGAGCCAGUUAGCCAAAAGAUGUAAUGUGUCACACAGUGGGAAGAUCUGCAACAUAUACCCCACCGAAUCAGUCAUCUGGCACAGUAUAGAGAAAGAGGGUAGCUUUGUAGUGUUUGAACAUGUUUAUUCUAAUAUGUUCCAAAGUAUUGACUGAAGUUAAGAAGUUAAGACUUGAAAGCAAGCUUGAAUUCAAAUUCCUAUUGUAUGUAAUAAGCUCCUAGGCAGGAAAGCUUGAGGAGCUGAAUACGUAAAACAACCAUUUGACGCUUUCUUUGCUUAGUUGGUUAGAGGGUUAUGAAGCUCUAUACCAGUCUUCCCCAACUUGAUGACCUCCAGACGUUGGACUACAAUUCCCAUCAGCCCAGCAAGCCUGGACAAUGGUCGGGAUGAUGGGAGUUGUAGUUCAAAGCGUCUGAAGGGCAUUGGUUUGCAGAAGCCUGCUCUUCACAGUCACUGGGAUACCUUUAUGCUCCUAUCUUUAUGCAUCUACUUCGAUUCCUUUGAAGAUAGGGAAGAAAGAAAUGCUUAGGAUUUACAGCAGGAGGGGAAGGUUUGAAAUCUAAAGACAUCUUUCUUUAAUAAUUUUGCAUUCCAGAAAAUUUCUUUUCAGAAUGAAAGUUACUGAGCAGAUGUCUCUCUCUACGGUAGUGCUUUUCCUGCAGAAACUUGUUUUCCCCAAGAACUCCCAGAAUUAUUUCCGGCAUCGGGGCAGAGAAUGUUUCUGGCUCUAUGGGCCAUAUGUUUAUCAGGAUUGGCUUCAUGAGCAGGGCAACCCACCUGUCAAUCACAGGACAUCCCAUGCUUGGCAGCUAGAUUGCCGGGUGCACCAGCCAAAAUCCUUUGGGUGGGGACCACGCUGCAAGGGACAUUGUCAGCCCCAUGUUCAGCGCUUUGGGUAGCUCCAAGCACAGGUCUGGUUUGUUUCUCCCCUUUCUGUCUCUUGAUUGGAAUGGGAAGAAUAAGGCUGUGUUUUAUAGGCUUUAAUUUAUAUAUAUACUUAUUUAAUGAAUUUAUUCCCCCCCCAUUUUUUUGAUUUUUUCACAAAAUUAUAAACACACAAACAAAUAAACAAACAUAAAUCAUAACCUUAUUAAAACUAGUCUUAUUAACAUUAUUAAGUGACUUCCUCGUAUCCCCCUAGUUGAAUUUCAAUGCAUAUCAUUUUAACGGUUUUCCAAAUCAGUAUUCUUAUAAAAUUAACUUAAUCACUUAACAUCUUUCUUUCUUUCCAAUUCAGCAUUAAACAUAUUAAUUCAUCACAUUGCAUAUUUAAAUCCUAAGCCUAUCUGGUAAUUGUAAGCUUUUUCCGAUUAGUUUAACUUAACAUAUUUAACUAAAUAAUCAUUAAAUUUCAUCCAUUCUUCCUGGUACUCCUCCUCCUUCUGGUCACAGACUCUUCUAGUCAGGUCGGCUAGCUCCGAAAAAUCCAUCAUCAUCUGCCAUUCUUCCACUGUUGGUACUUCUUGCAUUUUCCACUUCUUAGCUAAUAAGAUUCGAGCAGCAGUUGUGGCAUACAAAAAUAAUUUAACAUCUUUCUUGGGCAAUUCCAAACUUGUUAUUCCAAGAAGAAAGGCCUUUGGUUUCUUUAUAAAUGUAUAUUUCAACAUUUUUUUCAAUUCAUUAUAAAUCUUUCCCCAGAAGUCUUUCACCUUGGGGCAGGUCCACCACAUAUGAUAAAAGGUACGUUCUUUUUCUUUACAUUUCCAACAUAGAUUAUCACAGUUAUGAUAAAUCUUUGCUAAUUUAGCAGGAGUCAGAUACCAUCUAUACAUCAUUUUCAUUAUGUUUUCCUUUAACAUUGUACAUGCAGUGAACUUGACCCCUUUCUUCCACAAUCUUUCCCAAUCUUUGAAUUUAUAUACCGCUCUAUACUUGGAGGUCUCAGGGUGGUUCACACACACACAAAAAUCACAACAUAUAUAAAAUUGAAAUAAGAACAAUAACCCAAUAAAAUCCCCCUCUUUGACUGUGAGUGCCUAGUGUGAUCAAACUUAAGCAGGACUUAAACCCCUCCAGGCAGCUGUGCAUCAUGGGUUAAAACCUGCUAGGAAUAGGUACCUGCAGCCAUCCAACUCAUCAAGUGAUGUCACCAGUAAUGCCAGCUGUCAGGGGUUCAGGAGCAGAGGCAAGGGCAAGGGAGGAAACAGAGAGCGAGGGGGAGGAGGCAGAAGAAAAGAUGAGUGAUGACGACGACCCGAGAUCUCCGAGUCUUUCCAGUGAAUCAGAAGAUUCACAGAAAGGAGCACCAGUGGCCAGGGCAAGGGGGGGCCUAGGGGGACGCCCCAGGAAGAUAGAGCCAGAGGGGACUCAGAGGGGAGCAGUUGGAAAUCGGGACCAGCGUCACCGCCAGAGAGCAGGGAAGAGGAAGGGAGCCAGGGAUCAAGCGCUGGCAGCUCACAACAGGGGGGAGGGCACGAGUCAGGAGUGGCCACACCUCCAUCGGGGAGCGAAGAAACGGUCAGACGGAAGGUGGAAGGUUGGGCGCGCGCGCAAGUUCAAAUGCACAGGAAGGUGGCACAGUAGGCAGCCCGGAAAGGGAGCCAGGUCCUAAAGCCCGCCGAAAGGAGGGAGAAGAGUCAGGGGGGUCAGCGUCAGCGUCAGAGGAAUCCCGGAAAGAAGAGACCCCAGGGGGCAGAGGGACCCAGAGAAGAACAGUCAGGCGGAAAAGGUGGAGCAGGGCUAGGAUAUUAAGUUGGUGUACAAGGGGCGGAGACUCAGACGGAGCUUCGCCGGUCUAACCAUGAGACGUAGAGUUGCACGCAGCAGUUUGAGAAUGGAAACUGUAACUCAAUAAAGACUUUUGUUUAAUGAUCGCUGGCUAGCGUGAUCCUCUGUGAGCUAGGAUCCGGAAGCAGCUCUGACAGUAAGCUCCGUCUGCACUAAAUUGUGGGCAUCUACAGCCUCGCGGAGAGGAGAGAAAGCGGGUGCCUACUAGCGAGCUCACGAAAGGCAGACAAUAUGACGGCCGAACAGCAGAUAGCGGAACUCAGAGAAGCAGUGUCACGACUGAAUGCCGAGGCUCUUGCAUCCAGGAAGAGAGAGGAGGACGCAGCUGCCGCCUACAGGGAUCUCCAGGUCAGGUUGGAAGUGCUUACGAAGCAAGGGCAACUGACACCCAAACCGGAGGGGAUUGGGUUGGGGAGACGAACAGGCGGUCUGGUCUCUCACUUCGAUGGGAAUUUGCAACAGUACCCCAACUUUAGAGCAGAUGUAAUGUGUGCACUGCAACUGCUGGACAAAGACUUUAGAGAUGAGCAAGAGAAGGUGGGAUUCAUCAUGUCCCAUUUGCAUGGAGAUGCUAAAGCAUGGCUGCGCAAUUUGUGGAGAGAUAAGGAUCCGGCGCUCCAAAAUGCGGAUGCCUUUAUUAAAGCGAUGGAUGGGUGCUUUUUAUCAAGCAUUGACGUGGAUCUUGCUCGGCAGCAGAUACAUGGACUGAAGCAAGGGAGGGCCAGCGUAAGGCAGUACCAUGCCCGCUUUUCGCUUUGGUCAGUGCUCUGGAAUGGGACAGAGAUUCGGCUCCUGUAAGAGACCUGUUUUGGGAGGGAUUGCACGGCUCGGUUAAAGAUGAAAUUGCGAGGGGGGAGAGACCCCGGACCACGCAGGAGAUCGUUCAGAGGGCGCUGGCGGUGGGGGUGCGGCUGGAAGAACGUCCGUGGAGCAGGGACGAAGGGCGUGGAGGGCGCGAACCAGCCAGGGGCUCCUCCUUCCUUCCCAGAGAAGCAGCGCGUGCGCAAUCCACGCCUCCGCCAGGAGGAGGAGCGGAACCUAUGGAGGUUGGAGGUGCAAGGGCUCAGUCAGCAGCCAGAGCCCUAGCACCGGCAGCAGUGAAAGCGAAGCCUCCUAGAGGGAACAGGAAGUGUUACAUCUGCGAUGCUCCACAGCAUAUGGCGAAAGAGUGUCCCCAGAGGCUCCACAAGCACACUGCAGCUUCAGCAAUGGUAACUGCAGCAACGCAGCAAGGAGAACCACAGCAGGGAAACGACGGAGUCUGGUUGGAGGAAGAGGCACUGGGGCCCAACCAGACGUGUCAGUGAAGCAGUCCCCAGAGAUUUUACAGCCCAUGGACCCCCUCCCGCCCAAACCAGUAGUGAGGCUCACCGCGUCGCUCCAGCUGCCCAAUGGAAUCACCAUGGACGUGCCAAUCACCAUUGACUCCGGAAGCAAUGCGGACUUUAUAGGGCAGGACUUUGUCGACCGGCACGCUAUACAGUUGCUGCCUGCCACGCUGCCCCUGCAGGUUGUCACGGUGGAUGGCAGGGAGCUGCUAGGGGGGCAAGUGGUGAAGCAGACGCCACCAAUGGUGAUGCGGCUUGGGAAUCACAGGGAAAUCAUCAGCUUCAAUGUCACUCAACUAUCGGACACGCCCAUUGUAUUGGGCAUGAGUUGGCUGGACAAGCACAGCCCGACGCUGGCUUGGUACCAGAGGCAGCUGACCUUCGGCUCUUCCUUUUGCGCUGAACACUGCAUCGUGCCCCGGCAGGAAGGAGAGGAAGAGGAGUCACAGCUGCAGCUGGGCACGCUGCAAGCGGUUCCCCACAAGUACGCAGAAUUUUUGGAGGUUUUCUGCGAGAAGGAGGCAGACAGGCUACCCCCCCACAGACCAUAUGACUGCAAAAUUGACCUGCUGCCGGGCGGCGCUGCCCAAACGGACGCUGUAUCCCACGUCUGAGGACGAACUGCAGGAACUCAAAGAGUUCAUAGAUCAUAAUUUGGAGCGCGGUUUCAUCCGAGAGUCCAAGGCAGCGGGGGGGCAGUCCGGUAUUCUUUGUUAAGAAGCGGGACACGCCUCAGAAAAGACUUGUAGUGGACUAUCGCAUUUUGAACAGCGUGACCAAGCCAUCGGACUUCCCCAUGCCCCGAAUCGACGACCUCCUCGCAAAGGUACGGAAGGGCAGCGUGUUCACUAAGUUGGACCUGCGAGGGGCGUACAACCUCAUUCGCAUGCGGGAAGGAGAUGAGUGGAAGACAGCCAUGUUCACGCCCCUGGGCACCUACGAAUAUAGAGUUAUGCCUUUUGGAUUGCAAAAUGGUUCCCACGUUUUCAAGCUUUCAUGCAUCACGUGUUGGCGGGGCUCCUCUACAAGACGUGCGUCUGUUUCUUGGAUGACAUCCUGAUCUUUUCGGAAUCGCAGCAGGAGCAUGACAGACACGUCAAGGAAGUGCUGAGCAGGCUACAGCAACAUAGGCUUUACGCCAAGCUGGAGAAGUGCCAAUUCGACGUGACGGAGGUGGAUUUCCUGGGCUACAAGUUGUCUGAUAAAGGGCUCGCCAUGGACAGCGCCAAGGUCCGAGCAGUGUUGGAUUGGAAAAGCCCACGCAACCGGAAGGAGGUCCAACGGUUUGUCGGCUUUGCGAACUUCUAUCGCAAGUUUAUCAAAGGCUUUGCCAUGCAGACAGCGGCCAUCACGGACACGCUCAGCUCCAAGAAAAGAAGUUCAUCUGGACAGAGCAGGCGGAGCAGUCCUUUCAGGCACUCAAGCGUCUCUUCGCGUCGGAAGGGCAACUGCUUCAUGUCAACCCCAGCAAGCCGAUGAGGGUGGAGACAGACGCUUCGGACAGAGCCGUGGGAGCAGUCCUGCUGCAGAAGGACCCGCAGGGGGUUUGGAGGCCGGGAGCGUUUUACUCAAGGAAGCUCAGCAAGUCCGAACAGAACUACACCAUCUGGGACAGGGAGUUGCUGGCCAUUCAUGCAGCGUUCAAAGCGUGGAGGCACUUCCUGAUCGGCGCCAAGCACACGGUGCAGGUCUGCACGGACCACAAGAAUCUAGAGCACUGGCGCACGGCACAGUUCCUGAACCAGAGGCAGAUACGUUGGGCUGAGUUCUUUGCGAAUUUCGACUUCCGAAUAGAGUAUGUCCCGGGGGACACCAACAUCAUGGCGGAUGCUCUCUCCCGUAAGCCGCAGUAUCUGGAGGAGGCAACGCCAGCGGCCGCCAUGCACAUCUUCGCACCGACAGUGUGGGCGUGCACGGCGGCAACAGUUGACCUGGAGGCGGUGCGACGAGCGUUGCAGGAUGACUCCUUCGCGCAAGCAAAGAUGGCAGAGGCGCACAGGGGCACGGCAGCGACCGACGAGUUCCAGCUGCGAGAUGGUUUGCUCAUCCGUAAAGGGGCCAUCUACGUGCCGGGAGACGAACUUCGCGCCAAGGUACUGCAGCAGCUGCACGACGCGCCCACUGCCGGGCACUUUGGCAAGGAGAAGACGGUGGAAUUAGUAGCCAGAGACUUCUGGUGGCCAGGAAUGAGAGGGGAAGUCGCGGACUACGUGGCGAGGUGUGACACCUGCCAGAGGGCCAAACCAGUGCACAGACCGCCGGCCGGAUUGCUGGAACCGCUGCAAACUCCGUUCGAACCAUGGGAGAGAGUGGCCCUGGACUUUGUCACGGAUCUGCCCAGCUCGAGGGGCAAGACGGCUGUGCUGGUGGUGGUGGACUUGUUCUCCAAGAUGGCACAUUUCAUUCCGUGUGCGAAGGUGGCCACGGCGGAACAAACCGCCAAACUGUUCAUAGACCACGUGUUCAAGGUUCACGGUCUGCCGCGGUCUAUUCUGUCCGACCGAGGGCGACAGUUCAUCUCGAACUUCUGGCAGAGGCUGAUGGGCUUCCUGAACGUCAAGAUCAACCUGGCGUCGGCUAGACACCCGCAGACCAAUGGGCAAGCGGAGCGGGUCAAUGCCAUCAUGCAGCAGUACCUGAGAUGUUAUGCGAAUCAACAGCCUGCGACGUGGGUGGAUUACCUGCCUCUCGCCGAGUUCGCCUACAACAACACGAAGCACGUGUCCACGGGGGUCACGCCGUUCUUCGCCAACAACGGGAGGCACCCCAGAACCUUCCCGGGACUGGAAAGAAUGGGGGAGGGGAGCCGCAGACAGCAGAUGCAUUCGCGUCGGAGUUGCAGGAGGUCCACGAUCAGCUGCGGCGGCACCUGGAGCUGGCUAAACACGCAUACAAGGUACAAGCGGACAAACACAGAAGGGUUGGCGAAGAGAUCCAUGUGGGAGACUGGGUCUGGUUAGCAGCCCACGCAGUGCCGGCCAGGUCGUUGGCGAAGAAGAAACUAGGGCAUAAACAACUGGGGCCCUACCAAGUCGAAGAACAGGUCAACCCGGUGGCUUUCAGGCUGGCUCUUCCGGAGGGUUCCAGGAUGCAUCCGGUGUUCCACAGAUCGGUGCUCACUCCAUACAAGGCACCUCACAGGUUUCAGGAACCAGGAACGGCACCGGGUCCGCUCCGAGAGAGAACCGGGCAGGGGGGAGUGGCACGGGAGGAGCGCAUCAACGAAGCCACGGAGAUUUUGGACUCCAGAUGGGGGAAGAGGGGGUAGAAUACCUUCUCGCCAAGGAGGGCACCCCGGCCAGUGCCAACAGCUGGGUGCCGGGCUACGCUUUAGACGAACCUCUGCUCAAAGAAGAGUUUCAUGCCCUCUUCCCACAUAGGCCAAUGCCAGCAGACUUUUUCGACGACUGGCUUUUCACGCCCACGCUUUCAGCCAGCACGUUCCGGGGUUCGACUCGGACGAGGAACCGACACGAGACGCCCGUUCCCCGGAGGGGUCACCCUCGGGAUCUGCUUCAGAACCCUCGUAUUGGUGGGAUGAUCGACCAGAGGAGCAGUUCCGCAGAAGGUGGCUGGAGGGUCCAGGACGAGCAACGUCUCCAGAAGGUAACGAGGGAGAGACGGACAUGGACGCUUUCGGGACGACCCGGGUUUCGAGCACGGCGGCACAGAGAUGGAAGCGGAGGUGACCGUCGUCAACGAGAGCAGGGAGGAAGAACCGGAAGACUUCAGAUGGCGGCCCGCCACGGGAAGCGAACUGUAUCCGACAUUCGUCCCCGACACGGCAGCACCCAGAUCCCGCACCGGAAGGAGGGGAGGGGGAAGAGGGGGCUUCGAGGGGGAUGGAUGUCAGGGGUUCAGGAGCAGAGGCAAGGGCAAGGGAGGAAACAGAGAGCGAGGGGAGGAGGCAGAAGAAAAGAUGAGUGAUGACGACGACCCGAGAUCUCCGAGUCUUUCCAGUGAAUCAGAAGAUUCACAGAAAGGAGCACCAGUGGCCAGGGCAAGGGGGGAGCCUAGGGGGACGCCCCAGGAAGAUAGAGCCAGAGGGGACUCAGAGGGGAGCAGUUGGAAAUCGGGACCAGCGUCACCGCCAGAGAGCAGGGAAGAGGAAGGGAGCCAGGGAUCAAGCGCUGGCAGCUCACAACAGGGGGGAGGGCACGAGUCAGGAGUGGCCACACCUCCAUCGGGGAGCGAAGAAACGGUCAGACGGAAGGUGGAAGGUUGGGCGCGCGCGCCAAGUUCAAAUGCACAGGAAGGUGGCACAGUAGGCAGCCCGGAAAGGGAGCCAGGUCCUAAAGCCCGCCGAAAGGAGGGAGAAGAGUCAGGGGGGUCAGCGUCAGCGUCAGAGGAAUCCCGGAAAGAAGAGACCCCAGGGGGCAGAGGGACCCAGAGAAGAACAGUCAGGCGGAAAAGGUGGAGCAGGGCUAGGAUAUUAAGUUGGUGUACAAGGGGCGGAGACUCAGACGGAGCUUCGCCGGUCUAACCAUGAGACGUAGAGUUGCACGCAGCAGUUUGAGAAUGGAAACUGUAACUCAAUAAAGACUUUUGUUUAAUGAUCGCUGGCUAGCGUGAUCCUCUGUGAGCUAGGAUCCGGAAGCAGCUCUGACACCAGCAAAUUGGCCUGAUGGUGUGAUUUGCAAAAAACGUGGCCCCACAGGCCAAAUUGGACCCACUGGUGGGCCAAGAUGGGCCCAUAAGCCAGAGGUUACUCACCCCUGCCCUACAUGAAAUGUUGAAGAGCAUCAGAGAUAUCUGUUGGUUAGCGCCAGGGGUGAGAAAGCUAUGAUGCUUCACUUGUGGUUGGACUGCAGCUUCAAUUAUCCCUGAUGAUUGGCCAUGCUGGCUGGGGUGAUCAAUGUUGGAUGUCUGUGGUGUACUUUGCUAUAUACAGUGUAGCUUGCUUAUUUUUUGUUUUUUUUAGAUAUAGUUUUAUUGAUUUCCAAAAUGUAACAAUUACAAAAAUAGAACAAAUAGAAUAGAAGAGAAUGCUAAAACACAAUCCCAAUUUACCCUGUUCCCCCCUCCAGAAUAGAUUAGUCUAUUUACGUUUGCCAAAGUCCAGUCUGUGAUUUUGGUGGUUGCCAUUCUUCAUUGUUAUCAGUAAAGGUUUUUAUAAAAGGAUGCCAUAUUUCAACAAAAUAGUCUACAUCAUUUGCAUUAUUCGAUGCAUGUAGUCUCUGUUAUUUUUUCUGAUACAGUAUUCAACUAUACACCCUGUUUCCAACAAGAAAUAUAGAUAUUCCAAUCCUUUCUAUUUCUGUGUCACUAGUAGGUGUGCUGCUACUAAAAGAAAAGUAAUUACCGUAGUUUUUUUUAAUAAUAAAAGUCAAAAUGCCCUUCUUUAAAAAUGGUUAACUUUGGGUACAUUCUACAUACCGACCCGUAAUAUAGCUUAUUUUUGUAAAUACCCUCUUCCAGAAGGGCUUUAUAUGUUCACAUGCCCACCACAUGUGAAAUGUUGUACCUGUACUAUAUUUUAACCUCUCCAGCAUGAUGGUGGGAUACUUUUAUUAAUAUAGCUACACUGUAAUGAUGUCAAAUUUAUUAAGGAAACAGAAACCAGAAAUUAACUAACUGGACAUCACCCACCCAAAAUUGCAUUUAUAAAGUCCAUUAGUAUAUAUUAAUAAAAACACUUCUGUAUAAAAUGUCUUACUGUUUCUCCAAAUGGCAUAUAAAUUCAUUGAGGCAUUUUCAUCCUGGUCUUCUACAAUAUUGUCAUCAGUAGGGAAGGGACUUUAAAUUAGUGAUGACAAAGUAAUUACUUGCUUUACAGAAGGUGCUAGGUUGAGUUUUUAUCAUAUCCAACUACAAAGGAUGUUAGGCAGCAGGACUGCAAGGACUUCUGCCUGAAACCACAGAGAACAACUGUCGAUCACGGUACACUACGUGAGCCAACAGGCAGCUUCCUAUGUCCAUAUAUCGUCCAAUCAAUUGUCUACGGCCUAAUUUUAUUUCACUAGUGGAUGAACAGCUGUCACUUUCCCCUGAGGGAGAUUGUGAUAUAUCUCCUGCAGAUGUUUAAGCGAGUGAGUUUGUUCAUCAUCAAGGCAUCCAUCACCCAUAUAUGCCAUGUACCUCUUCUCUAAACCACUGUAGUGGGUACGUCAUUAUUCUUCCAAUUUUUGUGAGUGGUACUCCAGCUGCCGUUAUCAGAUUCUUUACAAGGUCUCUGUGAUCAUUCUUUAUACUGUUCUUGGCAUAUUCUAACAGGAACUCUUGUGAGGUUUUUCCAAUUUUGUAACUUAUUAUCUCUCUGGUGUUUUUCGCAGCAUCCUAUCAAUAUUUUUAAUAUAGUGUUGCUGCUGCCAAGUGUAUCUAUGGGCCUUGCACUUUUCUUUUGACACCAAUAUUUUUGAAGGUGUCAUCAUGAUUUAUUUUUUUUAAAUGAAAGAAUUUUAGAGCAGUUUUCUUUCAUCGCCACACCGACUGUGCUUUUUUUCUUUUGAACAAGUAUAAUUCUGGCAAGAUGCUGAAAUUUAAAUCUGGUAUUUCUUACUUUUGCUAUUCAAUUUCUUUUACUCUUUAUAUUUUUUUGAUAGCAUUCCUGACAUCUUUGUAAACUUACUCAGUUUUUUAAAGUGCUUCAAGAAUUUUAACCCUGCACAGUAGACAAAAACAUUAAAAGAAACAACGCAAGACCCAGAACAAUGAUGCAUUAAAAUAUUCAAUAAGCAGCACAUUCCAUUAUUGAUAUUCCAUCUGGCAAGCUGCCAUGCUUGUGUAGAUGGAACGAUUGGAAGAGGGCAACAAAACUGAAUUCUACCCAGGGCCAAUGAAAUAGGCGAGAGAGAUUAAAAUCUGCAGACUCAAAGUUGCUAUUUCGUAGCCUGAGGCAAGGGAUAAGAUGACACCCUUUAUUUUGCAUACAGAAGCUGAAUAGAUGGGCAGCUGAUUCAUACUUCAACACUGAUGGUGGAAGAGCACACUCCAUGACACCUAAGGGAAGGUUGCUACAAUGAAGCGCAGUGCUCUAAACCACCAAGCCUCUUGGGCUUGCCAAUCGGAAGGUCGGCAGUUCAAAUCCUUGUGACGGGCUGAGCUCCUGUUGCUCUGUCCCAGCUCCUGCCAACCUAGCAGUUCAAAAGCAUGCCAGUGCAAGUAGAUAAAUAGGUACUGCUGUGGUGGGAAGAUGAAGGGCGUUUCUGUGCACUCUGGUUUCCGUCACGGUGUUUCAUGCACCAGAAGCGGUUUAGUCAUGCUGACCACAUGACCCAGAAAGCUGUCUGUGGACAAAUGCCUGCUCCCUCGGCCUGAAAGCAAGAUGAGUGCUGCAACCCCAUAGUCGCCUUUGACUGGACUUAACCGUCCAGGGGUCCUUUACCUUUUACCUUACAAUGAAGUCAGGUGGUAUUUUUUCCAGAAUCUCCCCCCCCAUGCUUUAUUUUCCCAUGAAUUCUUCUUCUUAUUAAUUUCAUAAGAUCAUUAGCUACGAUAAAUGGAACCAAUUUCAAAUACUAUAUUAGGCAAGCUUGGCCAUUUCAAAGUUUUUAGCUUUGUUUCCUAAACACAGAUAACAUGCUAAAUUAGAUCAUGCUUAAGGACAUCUAACUAUCCAAAUUUUUCUUGAAAACCCAUAUCAUUGGUAGGCUAAUUUAGGGGUUGCAGAACAGGCUGUGUGGCACAUGGUAUACUCCAGUAGAAUGGAGCACUGUGCUCCAGCACCUGCCACCUGAAGCGAUCGCCUCAGUAUAUCUAAUAGUAGAGCCAGCCCUUUCCAGGCUUGAUAACACCAUUAAGAAUUCUUGAGGUGGCCCCUCAACACAGAUAAAUUUAUGAAGCUAAGCUCAUCAUGCUGAUUGCAUCUUUUAUUUGCUGGUAACAAUUAUUAUAAUUGAUUGUUCACUGCAAAUUGCUCUCUGAGAUAAAUAAGAUCCAGAAUAAGGGACGAGUUGAUUAGAGUUAUAUUCUAGAGUCUGGUUUUAUUUUUUUAAUGGGGGAAGGGAAUUGAUAGUUGCACAAAGGUUAGCUAAAAAUCCUUUCACCCCUCUUGACUUUUUGCAAUAUAACCUAAGCCUCCUGUAAAUUGCAUUGAUAAGCUGGCACAACGAUGCACCUUGAAAAUGAAUGAAUGCAAUGAUGGAAUGUAAACAUUUCCAAACACCUGCAGUGAUCUGGGCUAGAUGUAUACCAACAAGCAGGGAGAUGGCAGAGAGACAGGGCCAUGUUUGAUUUCUCCUUGAAUCCAAGGCUGCGGCUAUGGAAGAAACAAGACCCUUUUGGCGUGUUAAUGCUGUGAACCUUGCCAUCAUAGGCUCACGUUGUAUAUACACGUAAAUAAGCUAUAUAUCAUAAAGACACUACAGUCUGCACUGUGCCUCAUUCCAAAAGAAAACAUAAACCCUGGGUAAGCGCCUGGAAUCUUGCACCGCUCAGAGAUUGUGGUGGCGUGAAACAAUAAUAUUCAUUAAUGUCAAGAAUGCAUUCAUUAUGUUAUUUCCUGCAGUACAAAGAUAUUCUUUUAAAAGAACAAAUAGCCAACAAAGCAAACUCCCUUUCCACAUUGUAACAACAACAACAACAACAAACCUCACUUUGCACAACAUAGUUUCUUAGACCCUUUCCUUGAGAUUUGCCUCUGGAUAAAAGUGGGAAGUGUUCUCUACAGCUCCUUAUACCUAUGUCUAGGUAUUGGUAGUUUUGUGGGCCUAGUUUAUGGCUCUUUUGGGGGGGGAAAUGGGUUCGUUUACAAUGGCCUAUUGCAGAAAAGGAAUAAGGGAAAAUCAUUCUCUGUAAAUAGACUGCAUUAGAGGAAUGUUGGUUGAUUGCAUCGCUCGAUCUUUUUUGUGAUUGUUUCCAUUAUGGUUUCAUUUGGAGGCAGAAAAUUUCCAAUUUGUCUAGCCCUGUGUGUCCCAUCCAUCUUCAUGGUGGUGUUGAAGGGUGAUUUUUGUUCCCUUGUAGUUAAAAACGGCUUCAGAUUAGGAAGUUUCAUCCAGAAGCGUGCUGAUGAUGAUUGUAAGAUUUCCACCACAAACCUGGCUAACUGUGAAAAGUAACUUUUCCAGCAAUUGUCUCCUGGAAGUAAAGCUGCCGAAACCGUUUUUCUUCUUUGCUCUUGCAUGUCAACACGUUUGGCUUAUUUUGAAAGCACUUCAGUGUCUGGCAACGAUAUGGUGCUUGCAACAAAGCAAGUGGAACAGCGGAUGCAAAGCCUGGAAUGGAUAAAAGGAAGGUUCAGAAUUCCUUUAGAAAUCUCAAAUAGAACUUGGCAAACGGUCACAAGCGGCUUCCUAUCAUAGCUAGACAGGAAGUGUCAUAUUUGAUAAGUAGCAUUUGAGCUUUGAAGCAGGAGUUUACACUUUGGGAGAUAUUUCCCCCCCCUAUUGUUAAGUGGAGACAAAACAAUCCCCUGGCAGCAAAACUUUCUCAAAUGUGAAUCAGGCUCAGCUAGCUAAAGGUUGUGAGAACUGUUCAUUCAGAAUUAGAGAAAUUGGCAAGUGUGCGUCUUAGGCAAGUUUAUUCAGAAGUACAUACCCAUUGCGCUCAGUGGGGGUUUGCUUCCUAGUUAGUGAAUUUAGUGUUAUAGCCCUAAGCAUAUUUCUUGCUUAAUUCGGCAAUAUCCAUAUUUGAUCGGGUAGCAUCUUCAGGAGAAGCGUGGCCUCGUAGCUGAAUGUUACCCAUGUACCAUGUACAUCAAUGAAAGAUCUUAGAAUGAUAUGGAUAGAAGCUUGGCUAUAUUGGUCUCAGUUGCUACUACAAUUAGUGGGCGAAUGCUGCUUGUACAAGCAAAUAGAAAUGCUUAGAAAUGGGGUACAGCAUUAGCCCCAUGAUCCCCAGACCCAGAAAAUAUGACAUUUGACUAGUAUUUUAGAGAUGCAAUCAGAUAAUGGCAUGUGGUUGUACCCUGGCUUAUGGCUUUGUUUUUUGUUUUUGCUUAGUCAUGGGCUUGCAUCUUUGAUUUUUGGGGCUGGCUGAGAUUUUUCCAUAGCACCUCCUUAAUGGCAGAUGUAGCUAUCCCCCCCCAUCCCCUUGAAAAUUAACUUAUAUAUAUAUAUAAUCUCAGUAGGUGUUGGGAUAUUCUUUAAUAGAACAAAUAUGUGAGUCAUGAAUUUACCUUCUGCUUCAGGUUUCUAAAAUCUUGCAAGUGUUCACUGCAAACUAGGAAAUGGAAUUUCAAUAAGAGAAAAAGAAAUUGGUCCCCCAAGGGUCAGUUGUAUCCAUAGUCAGUGUUAUAUUUCUGUCUGGACUACAGUGAUGAAUGCAAUUCCUUGAUGGAUAGUUUGAAGGCCAGUGGCCUUUGAUCUGCAGAUGGUAGCAGGGCAAAGGAAAGGAGGAGGCCUACAACUGAUGGUAAAUGGUAUUUUCAAAGUGCAUAGCUCAAGUGGGAAUAAAUCCAAAUUGUGAUAGUUCCUGAACUGUCCUGGAAUGUAUGAGUCACCAGCCUGGCAGCAGAGACUUUCUCUAGUGCCCCAGGGCAGGUGCCUGAGACCUUGAGAUUCCUUUCUUCUUUAAGGUAAGCCUUUAGCCCUCCUAGGAAAAAAGUUGUGUGUGGGGGGGGGGGAGUGCAGGUACCUACUAAGUUACCGUAUUUUUCGCUCUAUAAGAUGCACCAGACCACAAGACGCACCUAGUUUUUGGAGGAGGAAAACAAGAAAAAAAAUAUUCUGAAUCUCAGAAGCCAGAACAGCAAGAGGUAUCACUGCGCAGUGAAAGUAGCAAUCCCUCUUGCUGUUCUGGCUUCUGUGAUAGCUGCCCAGCCCUGCAUUCGCUCCAUAAGACGCACACACAUUUCCCCUUACUUUUUAGGAGGGAAAAAGUGAGUCUUAUAGAGCAUAAAAUACAGUAUUUCUGUGAGUGUGAUGUGACCAGCUUAAUUUGCUUAACUAGGUGUGCUUAAUGUUAUAUGAACUUGAUGGUGAGCCUGGAUAGCUCAGCUGGUUAGAGCAUGGUACUGCUAACUCCAGUGUUGCAGGUUGGAUCUGUAUAGGACAGCUGCAUAUUCCUGCAUUUCAGGGGGUUGGACCAGAUGGUCCUCAGGGUCCCUUCCAACUCCACAAAUCUAUGAUUCUGUGAUAUCUGUCCUCAAACAGAGAUUUUCAUUGUUAGCUUUGGUUUCGCUCCCUUCACCAUGUCUUAUCAACUCCCCAAAGUGAUGAGAUGUGCUUAGAAAAGCAUACACUUCCAAAGGCAGAAGGAAAUGGAAAAAGCUGGAUUCGGUGCCUGUUUCACUCUGGGUUUCCCCCUUGAGUGUACCUGAUUUCUAGUGGGACCCUGUUGGGUUGAUUUUUGAUGAGUUGCAUCAUCGCCUAUAUCAUUGUCUUGAGAUGGGGAUGCUGGCAAUGCCAUGGUCUUGCUGUGUCUGACUGCACAGGUUAGCAGGAUGUUUCUCUGCCUCCCCUGAAUCUGAAAGUGGCUCAGGUUCACUGUGGCUGUAACAACAGGUGUAAGUGAUCAUAGGUGAUAAAGAUUCUCAGAUGUGUGCCCAUGGCAGGGGCAUUAUGUGAGAGGUACCGGGGGCCGUGGCCCCGGUGCACAAUUUUUGAGGGUGCACAGCCCAGGUGUUCCUCUCCGUGGGUGUCACCACAUCGGGGGGAUUCGCCUUCCAAGGACUGCAUUGGCCAGCUGGGCUCCCCCCUGCAUGGGUGGGCAGGCAGCUCAGCACAGCCCUACUUUGCUUCAGUGGGAGUGGGCUCACUCUGGCAGCGUUGGAGGAGAGGGUUGGACUAGUAGGCUCCGUUCACCCUCCAUGCCCCCUCACCCAACACCUAUGCUCGCGUGCCUUGCCUAACUCCUGUGCGCAUGCCCCAGGCGACGGCAAGCAAUGCUACGCCACUGUUGCCACACAGAGGCUUUGAGGUGUCUGCCUUAUAAUUCAUGGUUAUUGCUUUACCUCUUGAUAUGGUAAUGAGAUGGUAUAAGUUACCAACCAAAGUUGUUGGCUGCAUGCUGAUUGUUUUCAAAGGAAUUCUUCUUCUUAUGCAAUCACUUAUAGCCGAGUAAGAUUGUCUUCCAUAAACACAGUUUUAACGAUGAGUCUGUAAGUGACUGUGGAGGCCAAUUCUGGAACCACACGACCUUCCACAGUGGGGACAUUGGUUACAAGAACCACCACCAAGUUGCUCUAUAUAUCCUACUUGCAAGUUUGCCACAGGCAUCUUGUUAGCCACUGUGAGAAGAGGAUGCUGCACCUCAGAUGGACCAUUAGCAGGAUUCAGCAGGCUUUUCCUGUAUUUUUAUGGCUGUCCCAAGGUCACCCAUGAGCUUCAUAUGGCUGAGUGGAGUUUUGAACCUUGGUCUCCUUGUAUCUCCAUUACUCCAUAUCAGCUCCCCUCAAGACUGAAUCUCCUCAGGUAUAUGCAUGUCUCAGGAUUAGCUUUAAAAUGUUCUCAUUAAACUGGCCUGGCAGCUGCCAAGAAGUGGUGCUAACUGAAUUUAUGGAGACAUGUUCUCUAUUUUAUAUGCACUCAUCUGAACAACUGUAUCCACUUGGAGGCUUAAACACACUGCCCUUCCACAUCAUGUAUUCUCCUUACUUAGCAGUUUGUGUCGGAUAAAAAAGAAGAAACAGUUUAAUGCAGUCAUCAAACACAAGGUGACCCCUAUUAGCAGCUCUGAUUGCCAUAGUUUCCAGAUUUCAGAUCCUGGCUUUUCUUCCAGGCUUCCAAUCUCCAGCCUACAGACAUUUUUAAUUCCCACUCUCCACUCUAUGCUUACCAUUCAGCUUUCCCUCCUCCGUACGUAGCACAAUGCUGCUUUUUGGCUGUUCGGAGAGAAUUAAAUUGCAAGAGUGAAAAUUCCAUCUUAAAAGCAUACAAGAUGCCAUUCAACGAGUUUUAGUCAACACAAUGCAACAAUGCAUAGCUUUGUGUUUACAAGUCAUGAGCCAGGUGCUUACACCAAUUGUAACAAUCAAUUUCUCAAAUGUGGCAAAGAAAGGUCACAUCUCACUUCUUAUGAGUCCAUGCCUUUCCCUUUGUUGGGCUUGAAAAUAAUACUUCUCAAAUAAUAAUCCUCAAGCCGCAUCCUGUGGUUCAAGAAAGUGUUGUUCACAGGUAGGGUUUUUUUGUGUUGCUUUUGGAAUUGUUGCCAAUACUAAUAGGGGAUUCAAGUGGAAUAUGCAACAAAACGUUGUGGGGUACCUCCCACUCCUGUGUGUGCAUUUUAUUCAACGGUAAUAAUGGUAGCUUCCUCUUAGUGCUUGUGGGAUUCAUUUGAUAGUGAUGUGGAAAAAAUUCCAACCACAUCCUCUGGUGAAAGCCUGGGACUUCACAGCCAGAUGCACAAGAAAUGCUCUGCUGGUCAUUUGACAUAAUAUGCCAGUCAAAUUCAUUAUUUUAGGGCUCAAUUCAGACAGAGCAUUUUCCACACAGCAGUUCCCCUCCACAUCUCUGUGCAUGAUGGGUGACCCUGAGGAAGGUUCUGAACCCUGAUAAUCUCUCUCCCGCUCCCUUAACAUUCUUCUAUCUUUAAUAAAUGCAGUGCCACCGUGAUUUUUCUUCAGAGUUGUGAGGUAGGGCCUUGUUGUUCCAAUUUUACAGAGUACUACACAUCCGUCAUCACAGCUAUCUUUACAAGAACCUUGUGAGGUUCUGUCAUGAUUAUUAUCCUCUUACUGCAGGGACUGAGGCUGAGAGACUAGUGAGUUGAUGGCCGCUGUGAAAUAUGGAAGCGGUCCUUGGCAGCGCAUCGUCUUAGAUACUGCGCUCUGCCAAUUCUAGCAAAUGUAAGAGCGUGUGGCAUUAAUCUUCACGAAAUUAUAUCUGAACUGCCUCAGAAUGGUUGAAAAGGAGUAAAGUCAGUUACUGGUCAAUUUUAGAAAUGCUAUUAUCUGAACUACAUCCGGACAUUAGGAAAUAGCGAUGAAAUGGAACUGAGCAAAACCUUCCAGUAGGUCAUCCCCCCGGUAGGCUGAACUCCACACACCUCGUCACAAAGUGACGUCAGAUGGCACCCCAAAUCAAGUCAACUAAAAGGACAAUCCAUUAACACCAGCUGUAUUUUUUGUAAUGGCUAUAUGAGGUGCUUUUUUUCUGGGGGGACGCAGGGGUAUGCAUACCCCUAAACAUUUUGUGAAUCUAAGUUUGGCCUCAUUGAGGGGCAGUAUUUCAAUAUGAGUAGGAAAAUGAGAGUACCCCUAAACAUUUUUUUUAAAGAAAAAAAGUACUGGCUAUAUGGACAUGGAAAAGACACAUGCCCGGGAAGCUGAAAAUUAGGUUCUUUAUUGAAAAGGAUAGGUAAGUAAAUAAGUGCCUUUAAAAUGCAGUUGCUCACAAUUUGAAAGCAUACAGGUGCCUUAUUAAAACCAUCACUGCUCCAUACAUCUCACUUUGGAAACCCAACCAGCUAGUUUUAUUGAUUUCAACGCUUUCUUCAGGCAUUUUGAAGGGAGACUUGUAACUGAACAAAGCAUUUUUCAAAAAAAUAUUAUUGAAAAAAACGUUGCUUGUGAACCUCACAAAUGCAAACAUAACAAUAUGUGGAUGACAACUUCUAAUAUACAGUAUUUCCUUUUGGCUGAAUAAUGUUCAUAAUGGCUUUCUAAUGGAUAAAUGUGAGGCUGAGUUUGGCACAUAGAGACCGUUGUGAUCUAUAUGCCACUCUCUCAGUUUCCCUCUAAGAUGCCUAAUGAAGACAGACUUGUGUGAAAUCUCUCUGAACAGAUAACUUGCAUUGUGACAACUUAAUUCUCCUUCAGAUAGCUGCCUUUUUCUUUACUGAAAAGUAAAGUCAUAUGCCUAAAUCAUUCUUGAAUCAAUUGCCCAGUUUACUGAAAAUCAUUCUUGAAUCAAUUGCCCACAGGUAUGGAUGUCAGUUAAAAGGAAGAACAUGGUAGCUAAACCUCAAGACAGUGUGAUGAAUUCUGCAUAAUAAACCAUGCAACGAAAUGGCACCUGAAUGAAUGCAAUUAAUGCCUGUGUCAGCAGAGACAAGAGUUAUCAAAAGUUCCCAGAGCAUAUGUAUGUGUAAAGCCAACAUGCUGGAAAUGAGGCAUUCAAGUGAAACUCAAGAUGUGUGUCAUUUUCUUUUUUAAAAAAUUGCUUGGUUCACAAAAAUGUGCAUUGUCUUUUUUCAAGUCAUACCGCCCUUUUUUACAUUCAAAUACAUCCUAUGUUAUGUUCCUCAGAUAUGCUGUCACAAAUAUUGCAAUGGGGUGCAUUUUUUUUCCAAGUAGCAGUUUUAAUCAGAGAUGCUAGGGCUGCUUAGGUCAACAGGCUAGAGUGAUGUGGUCCUGGGCUACUUGCAUUGCAUAAUACACUUGUUUCAGCUAUUACGUUUCAGAGAAUAUGAGUUGUACCACUAGAGGAUGAGUUCUCUGUCCCCCUGUUCAUCAUAAACAAGGCAGUAACUAUAUUGCUUAGUUCCAAUGUGUAAACAGAGGUGAGCAUUAGGGCUUUCAUUUUUCUAGAUGACGCACAGAUAAGUAGAGGACUCAUAGUGGCCUUUCCCCCAUAAACUUGGGAUGUGACACAGUCUGAAUUGUCCUACUGAGCCCAGACUAAAUUGCAGAGUGGAAAUGGCUAGGAACUGGUAUUACAAACGGGCAGCACAUGUAGAAAAUCAAUGCUUCUGCUCUUCAUGAGGGGAAAGGUCCGUUUAAUCUAUAAGCCGUUGCUUCUUCCCUUCUAUGGAAUUAAAUCCCACAAAGUAAUGGCCACCUACUUAUAUGGCUUUAAAAGAGAAUUAGACAAAUUCAUAGAGGAUAAUGUUAUCAGUGGUUAAUAGACAAGGUUGCUAUGUUCUCCCUACACUGUUGAAGGCAGGGUACUUCUGAAAACCAGCUGCUGGGAAUCACAAGUGGGGAAAGUGGUAUUCUGCUCAUGUCCUCCUUGGGGGCUUCCCAUAGGUUGACCACUUUGAGAACAGGAUGCUAGAUGAACUGGACCUUUGGCCUCAUCCAGCAAGGUGCUCCUUAAGCUUUUCAGCAUCUCUGUGUAGCAGAUCCCUCUUCUCGGCAAGUAAAUAGUAGAAGGAAGACCAUGGUGGCUUUUGUGAUAUUACACUGCAAGAAGUAACCAGCAGACAGAAAUGCUGUGUAGGUGGUCUGUCAGAAAGAAAAGUCAGGAUUUGAUAGGGACAUGGCUGCACUGUACAAUGCUCUUGUAUGGGAAAGAUAAAUAUCUAACUGAACCUUGUGACUAAAGGUUUAUUUGAAGAAAGUAAUGAGGAUCCCGUUUGCUGCAUUUAUACCAGAGAUGGGGAAGCAGCAGCCUCUCAAGUGGUGUUGCACUCCCAGCAUGGCCUACGGUCACCCUGGAGGACCAUAGGUUUCUCACUCCUGGCUUAAGGUCAUAGGUCUGCAUGAUGGAGGACUUGGCCCUUUAUUUCCAAUGUGUUUCUGCUUUGCCUGCCCACUCUAUUGGUUAUCCACAGGGAGUCUAUAGAGUGCCUUGGAUAUCUGUGCUUUGCCGUUUCCACAAAAAACAUCAGCUCCACAAAAGUGAUGCAUCUUAUGCUGUAUUGGCAAGUCCUGCUAUUUGUGAAUGGGAGCACACAGUGGAACGAAGUGCAUCCCGCUGAUCUUAACGCACUGGAUUGGAAUUAACAACAACUUUAAUUAUUUUUAUUGGAUUGCUUUUCUGUUUUGUUAAGAGCUCCUUGAGUCGUUGAUUAAAAGUUUAAAGAGUAUUAUUCUGAGAAGAUGAUAUGGAACACUGUUCCGUUAAAGGUAAAGGUAAAGGGACCCCUGACCAUUAGGUCCAGUCGUGGCCGACUCUGGGAUUGCGGCGCUCAUCUCGCUUUAUUGGCCGAGGGAGUCAGCGUACAGCUUCUGGGUCAUGUGGCCAGCAUGACUAAGCCGCUUCUGGUGAACCAGAGCAGAGCACAGAAAUGCCGUUUACCUUCCCGCCGGAGUGGUACCUAUUUAUCUACUUGCACUUUGAGGUGCUUUCGAACUGCUAGGUUGGCAGGAGCAGGGACCGAGCAAUGGGAGCUCACCCCAUCACGGGGAUUCAAACCGCUGACCUUCUGAUUGGCAAGUCCUAGGCUCUGUGGUUUAACCCACAGCGCCACCUGCGUCACCGUUCCGUUAGAUCAAAAGAAUAGAGUGAAUAGGGCUUUUUGUCCCUAGUGAGAGAGCAGUGUCCAUGGAAGGUUGGCUCUAACGUUGCUUACCCUUCAUGAAAAUGGGCCAGCAGUGAGAUAAGCCUCUUGGUCAUUUGAUGCUACCUUAUAUUGAGCUAGACCCACUGGUCCUCUAGUUCAGUAUUGUAUGCUCUGACUGGCAAUGGCUCUCUAGUUUGCAGGCAAAAGUCUUUCUUAUCCUUGUAACUGGCGAUGGCAGGGACAAAACCUGGGUCCAUCAGUACACAGAGUACGUACUUUGCUACUGAGCCAUCUCCAAGAGUCCUCCUCUAAGAUUCAUCUUAGAUGUAGCCACAUCUGGGUUAUGGACCUGGAAUGGGUGCAAGCUUGUUGUGUGUUUCUGCUAACAGUGCAGGCAAUAAAGGGCAAUGUAUCUUCCAGCCAACUGAAGCUGUGAAGGCAUCAGUGACGCUUCCUCUCUUGCUUUCGCCCCAACUCUGCAAUGUACAGUGGGAGCCUUUAUUUUUAAACCAGCAUUUGGAAUUCAGUGUUUCAUCACCUCUUCCUUUAUAUAACAGAGCGUGUGUCGCAGUACAAAUAUUUGGACCUUUUUUCUUCUUGGGGCGGGGGAAGAGUGAUAUAGGAUCAGCUUUACCUCUUUCAGCAUUAAUAGAAUGCCUCGUCUUUGCUGCCAUUUAUAAGAAAAGGAACCCCCUGGUGUCCUUGCAAUCGCCAUCUAUUUUGCUGUUUUUCUCUGCGGUGUUGUGUAGCCAGGACUGGUGUAGGUUUAUAAAGCCACAUAUGGUAACAUGUCAUAAACAGUCACAGAUUUCACAAACAUUUUGUAUUGGGGCAAAAAAAUAUCCAGUUACCAUAUUUUUCCAUGUAUAAGACUAGGUCCCCCCCCCAAAAAAAAUGUCCAAAAUUUGGGGGCGUCUUAUACACGGGGGUUAUCUCCCCCCAUUUUCUUAAACCCGAGUCCCCCAGAAUAGGGAUCGUCUUAUACAUGGGGACGUCUUAUAGACGAAAAAAUACGUUAAUUCCCCACUCUACCACAAAUGUAUACAAGGUAGACAGUAAAACGACACCUUAUUUCAACAAAAUUCCCCUAACAGUAAUAAAGAAAUAAAGAAGGGGUAAGUACAAAGAAAAAGAAGAAAGAAAUAGGGAAAGUAGGUAGAGGAGAUAAAGAAGAGGUAGAGAUUUGUACAGAUGUGUGGGCAACAAACUUUCAGUUUUCGAAUGAAGUAUUUCUAUACCUCAGCUAUUUUAUUGGCUUGGUUGGUUGUUGUUAUAUUUUAAAAUUAUAUAUCUUGCUGGUGCUACCUGGAUGUGAUCAGAGCCUGGAUAGCUGUCAAUUGCAGUUUUAUUUUUAGCCCAUCAUUCACGUCUCAAAUCCCAUGUCAGCAAAAAGCUGUAGUGGAAGACAAGGCAAACUGUGGCUUUAGUAUGAGUUGGAAGAAAUAAGGAGUGAUUUUGAUAGGUUUGUUAUGUGAUAAACUGUUUCAAGUGAAUAUGAGUUUGAAUAAAUCAUAAUCAAAGGUUGGGGGAUUGUUUGGCCUUCCACAUAUUGCUGAACUACAACUCUCAUCACCCUUGGGUAUGCUUGCAGGUGCUGAUGGGAGUUGUAGUUCAGUCAACAUUUGGAAGAAGGGCACAGGUCCUCCAUAUAUGGUAUAAAGAGAUCAUUGUUUUCUGAACUGCAAGAUACUUAGUACGUUCCCAUCUCCCUAUGUAUAUAAAGACUGAGGGACCGAAAGAUGUCAAGAGCUGCAAUUCAGUUCAGAAUGCAAGAACGUUUCUGGAAAUUGGAGGAGGAAGGAGACAGCCUCUCAUCCGACAGCCAGUUUUGAUGGCGAGUAACAUUGCUUUCUGGCCCUGUAAACUAGCAGCUACAUAACAGCACAGUGAAAGACUCUGAAACCAAAGGAGGGAGGGAUGGGAAGCCCUUUAACAACUGGCAAGCAGGAAUGUGUGCAGUGGAGGGCAACCAGGAAGAUCAAGGAUCUGGAAACCAAGCCUUAUGAGGAACAGUUGACGGAGCUGUGUAUGUUUUGCCUGGAGAAGAGGAGACUGAGAGGAGAUAUGAUAGCCACCUUAGAAUAUCCCUGGUGCUGUCACAUGGAAGAUGGAGCAAGCUUGUUUUCUCCUGUUCUUGAGGCUAGGACCCGAAGCAAUGGCUUCACGUUACAAGAAAAGAGAUUCCAAAUAAACGUUAGGAAUAACUUUCUGAUAGUAAGAGCUGUUCAACAGUGGAAUGGACUCCCAAGAGAGGUGGUGGACUCUCCUUCAUUUGAGGUUUUUAAGCAGAGGUUGGAUGACCAUCUGUCAUGGACGCUUUUGUCGAGGUUCCUGCAUUGCAGGGGGUUGGACUGGAUGAUCCUGGGGGUCUCUUCCAACUCUUCCAUGAGUCUAUGACCAUGAGGGCCCACCACCUUUAAUAAUAAUAAUAAUAAUAAUAAUAAUAAUAAUAAUAAUAAUUUAUUAUUUAUACCCCACCCAUCUGGCUGGGUUUCCCCAGCCACUCUGGGUGGCUUCCAACAAAAUAUUAAAAUACAGUGGUCUAUUAAACAUUGAAAGCAAGAAAGUAAGGCCUCAGUGAGAUCCUACAGCGCAUUUCCCCCUCUCCUGGCAGCAAAUCAGCCCAAGAUGCACAUAGCUGCAUUGGACCAUAAAAUAAUGAUCAGCUGGAAUGGAAACAAAUCAGUCUGAUUGAAUGGCUUCUGUUGGGCAGUGGUUGCCGAAGGGCCAAAGGCAGCUUCUCAGCAGAGUCAGUAGAAUAGCCCUGUGUCUCCCUCAGUGCAGUCUUAAUCAUGUAAUGCACAAACAUCAAAUGGCCAUGCAUACAAAGGUUUUUAAAUAUUGGAUCCACAGGGAAAUCAUAUAUUUUGACUCACCAGGUGGGGCAAAGGUGCUGUGGUAGCUUCCCAGCAGGUCGGUUGGUGUUGCUUACUGGGAAAGAGGGGCAAGGCUUGACUCCACCAGUGCCAUUCUACUGUGCCGAACUCCCCUCUGCCUCUCUCACUCCUGGUCAUCGGCAGCAACCCACUUGCCAGGAAGCCAGUGUAGCACCUCUGCCACACCUGGCAAGCUGUUUCUAGAUUCAUGUGUGGUCCUCUUGGCAUUCAAGCAUAUCACACUGCAGCAGAGAUUCUACAGGUGUGCAGGUUGUGGCCAAAGACAUGUUAUUUAUUGGGCAUGGUUUGAUAAUGAUUGUGUUCGGUGUAGAAGAAAAACUUAGGAAGUGGUUUAAUUUUGUUUGGAGAGCUAAUCUAAGGAAAGUUCCUGUCCCCGUUCUGAAAUUCAAUAUUCAUAAAUAGCUGAUGAGACAUAAGAAGGAGACCUUUAUUAAAGAAUAUCGGUUGGAAUUGACACAAGCUUUGGAGACUCGUGAUAAGACAAAAUUUUGGAAAUUGGUGACUGAUAUGGAAGGUCGCUCUUCUCCAAAAGAUGAGUGUCACAUUGCGGAACUAUGUAGGAGGAAUUUUUUUGUACAGCAGUCUAAUGAUCUAAUGAUGCUUAAUGAGUUUCAGGGGGGAGGAAUCAGUCUGUACCCAUGAAGCUGUAUUAUAUUGAGACAGAUCAUUGAUCCCUCUCUGUAGUACCGUCUACUUUUCCUGAUGGUGGCUAGUUUUGACUGCCUGAAGUCCUGUUUAACUGGAGCUGCUGAACCUUGCUUGCUUUCUGUCCCCUUUCCCCAUAUAAUAUAUAAAUCCUCUAUUGCUAUGGUUACUGUUUCCAUUGCCUGGUGUGGGCAGCCUGGUAGAAAGAGUGCACUUGCUGCUACCCUGCAGCUUUUUCCUUACUGAGUGCUUGCUACAGCCCUAUUGAAAAUGUAAAUUAUCUGUAUAUCAAAUUAGUUUUAAAAGCUACCUCCAAAUAUGGCGUAUCCGUUUCCUUCCCACCCCCAGCCCCAAAAUCGUUAACAGUGUUCAUAAGGGGGAAAGUAUGCUCGUUUGUGGGGUCCUAUGCAGCUACGUGGAUUUCUCAUUAAUACAGUAGCUUUCCAGGGAUCAGAGAUGGAUUUAAAUCUAACAUGUUGUGGUAUACUGGAUUAAUCCAGUGUUGGCAGUGUUUAUGGAACUGAGCAACUUUUAUGGUAAUACAGACAAUUAGUGCAGCUUAUUUGCUCUAAAUACAAAUCGUAUCCACAGGAGAAACACAGUAGAUGCUGCCAAGUCUCAUAAAACUUGCUUGCCUAUGGCUCAUGAAUUAGUGUGCUAAGUAGUUGAGAAGGACACAUUGGUGCUGGGCUUCUGGAUGGAGCACGUCACACCUUAAUGAUGAAGAUGAUGAUAUUUGUUUGUUUAUUUAUUUAUUUAUACAUGCCCUGCCCAUCUGGCUGGGUUUCUCCAGCCACUCCGGGCGGCUUCCAACCGAAUAUUAAAAACACAAUACAGCAUUAAACAUUAAAAACAUCCCUAAACAGGGCUGCCUUCAGAUGUCUUUUAAAAGUAAGAUAAUUGCUUAUUGCCUUGACAUCUGAUGGGAGGGCAUUCCACAGGGCGGGCGCCACUACGGCCCUCUGCCUGGCUCCCUGUAACCUCACUUCUCGCAGUGAGGGAACCGCCAGAAGACCCUUGGCACUGGACCUCAGUGUCCGGGCUGAACGAUGGGGGUGGAGAUGCUCCUUCAGAUAUACAGGACUGAGGCCGUUUAGGGCUUUAAAGGUCAGCACCAACACUUUGAAUUGUGCUCAGAAAUGUACUGGGAGCCAAUGCAGAUCUCUCAGGACUGGUGUUAUGUGGUCCUUCAGGUAUACAGGACCGAGGCCAUAAGCUAUACCAUAAAGGGUUUCCCCACUGGGAUGCAGCCAGAUGCCUCUCCCCUCCCAUCUAAGGGCCCAGCUCAAUGCGUUUGCUGCCAUUGCAAAGUUGUGACAUAGUAGAAAUGGAGAUAGGUGGAAACCCCGCAGAACCAUGGCCAAUCCGUCUGUGGGUAAAAUUCCUCCAUGGUCAUGAGAAACGGGGGCCGACCCAUGUCCUUAACAAUGCUGCUGGUGGAAUUUUCUUCUAAAGGAGAUUCCUCUUCACUAAACCAUUUACUUAAGGAGUGGGUAGGUGGAUAAGCCUUGAAGGAGAAAACUGGAUGAAGGGCGGAAGCCGGUGUGGGCCUCCUUGUUACACUCCCGGUGUGGACUUGACCAGAAAAGUCUUCAGUCAAGUCCACUCCUAGGCUCCACCCAGGGGAGCCAGAGAGCUGGCUUUGAUUGGUUCCCUGGCGGAGGAGGCCCUGCCCCCUUGUGACUGCACCAUAGUGUACUUGGCUGAAUGGAAGGAAGAACUGCUCCCCCUGCGUCACUGCAAAUCAUGGCAGUCAGGAUGGAAAAGUGAACCUGGGCUUUUCCUCGAUGCCACUAGCUUCCAAGUCUGCAGCUCAAGUAGGUCUCCUGGUCUCUAAAAGGCAUAAUCUUACCAUGAUUUGGGGAAGACUCACAAUGAUGGGCCAGUGGUAUAAGACAGCUUCCUUUCUUCCUUUAUCUUAAUUUAUUAAUUAAUUAAUUUAUAAUAAUUUUUGGGGGGGAAUUUUAUUUACAACAUAACACAAACCCCCCUUCCCCCAACACAGAAAUCCACCCCCUCAGACACAAACAUAACAAACAACAAGCAUAACAUACAACAAUACAAACAACCAAAUAAAAGACUUCCUUUAUCCUGUUUCUGACAUCCUUAUUUACUUCUUAUAAGCUGUUUCCUUUAUGAAUAAUUAUUAAGAUUUUUCUAAUUAUAACUUAAAUAUCCACAAAGUCUCCUGCAGACAUUAAUCGAAACAAGUCCAGGUAUGAAUUUUAGGGCACUGUUUCGUGAAGUAUUUUCUGCAUUUUCCCCAUGCUUUUUGAAAUUCUUGUCUAGUAUGAUCUCUAACUGCCUUUAUCUUAAUUUAGAGUCGGAAUGCUUGUAAAGACUUUCAUAUGCAACACUGCAGUGUAAAUGAUGGAAUGACCUAAUGCAGCAAAACUCAUCUCCCCUCUCCCCUUCUUGUCUCAUCAGGUGCAGGAAUCAGAGCUGCUGGAUAUCAGCCUUGUCAAAGAUGCCCGAUGCGGGAAACAUGCCAGAGCACCUAAGGUAGGUCACAUGAGGAGGCCAAAGAUUCUCCACUGCUGCUUUACCAGAUUGUGUUUCGGAAAAAUUCCCUAUGGGUCACAUUUUGUUCCUAAAAGUUGUCUCUCCAACCAUAUAUGUGUCUUUGCAUAACUGCAGCAUAGCCGUACUUAUAAUGAUAGCCUCAAGGUGCUUAAUUAAGGGCUCUCUGGGAGAGGCAAGCAUGCAAUUUGAACUUCGUCUUGUACAUUGACGGAAAGUCUAUUAUGUGGAACUUUUUGGAUGUCAUUGCGGAAGUGACUGUGUUGUGAAGCAAGUACAUAAUUUCACUUUAGUUUUGAGUGGCUAUACCCUUGACAGCUGAAUCGGAACUGUAAUGUUAAUUAUGAAGUGCUCCUUUUUUAAUAAACAUUUAAUAGAUAGCGUAAGUAACUCAUCAUGUUUGCAAGAGAUGCCUAAAUUAAGUUUUUCUAUUUUCUGCGUCUGUAAAUUGGAUGAGAAACCUGCAUUGUUGAACCGAAUGUACCUUCUAGAUAAUGGCUGUUUUUCAUUUUCAACUUUUCAUUAAUGAUCACACAAGUAUGCAAUCCAAAUUCAAAGCUAUGCUUGGUGGCACUUGAGGAUUUCUCACGCAUCUCACCAGCUAUGCUUUAUGGAAGCAAGUUGCCAUCCUUGGCCUUUCUCAGUUUUGUUUUGCUUUUUAAAUAGGCAGCUGCCGUGUGCAGGUAAUUGUGUGCUUGGAUGUAUCAUGUGACUAUGGAAUUGCUUUUCCUAAAGCAUUUUAAAGUUUCUUCCUAAGGGCCUAUUUCAGUGUCAGAAACUUUCCAAAAGGCUAGAAUUGUAAUUGAAAACCUAUGGUAGCAAUUCGUGACAUGCACAUAAAUAUCAAAUUAGUGCUCCCUGAUUAUGGGCUUUAUGAUGAACAGCAUGAGAACAUUAACAAUGGAUAGAACAUUAUUUUAAAAAGCAGCUCCCUCCCCUUCCUUCUCUCUCUUUUUCUCUUUCUUUUUUGAGAGAAGUAUGUUUCGCUAAGGUGCACAUACAGUUAUUUGCUCAGUGGGGUCUUGCUUUUGUUAAAGUGCAUAAAUGCUUUCCUUGCUGUUGUGCUCCACCAGUCAGUGGCAAGCAGCUUUCAUUGCAAGCUGUUUGUAAAAAAGAAAAGAGGCCUUUCCUUUGCCUGGGGAUGACAUGCCUUACCUAUGUGUGUGAGCUUGCCUGUUGCUUUGAGGUGAAAGGGUACCUUAGUAAUGUGAUAAUGUGUUGGAAAAUCAGCUAAAAUCUGUUUGGUGCAGAGCAUGGUUAAUUGUGCAGUGAACCCUCUAGUAACAACUGGAAAGAUCUGUGGCUUAAAUGACUCCGCCCUUUCUCUUUUGCUGUCUCUUAUGCCUGGAAUUCUAUCUUGGAACACCUAUGUGAUACUACAAGUUUUUGAUGAAGCCUUCAACACACUCCUUAGUCCCUGUCUUCUAAUGAUAUUGGGCUUAGGUACCGUAUUUUUCGCUCUAUAGGACGCACUUUUCCCCCUCCAAAAAUGAAGGGGAAAUGUGUGUGCGUCCUAUGGAGCGAAUGCAGGCUUUCGCUGAAGCCUGGAGAGCAAGAGGAGUCGGUGUGCACCGAUCCCUCUUGCUCUCCAGGCUUCAGGCAGCUAUCCGCAAGCCUUCGGAGUGCGGUGCGAGUUCCCGCCAGGCUCCAAAGGUUUGCAGAUAGCAGCCUGCAGCCUGAAGCCUGGGGAGCGCAACGCCAACUCGUGCUGCACUCCCCGCGCUUCAGGCAGCUAUCCGCGGACAUAUCCGCAGAAGCUAUGACUUGGCUUCUGCCAAAGCCGCGCGCAGACUCUCCCAGCUGGAGAGGUUGCGCGUGGCUAAAGAGGAAGCCAAGACAGCCAGCGAAAUAACUUUUUUUUCUUAUUCCCCCCUAAAAACUAGGUGCGCCCUAUGGUCCGGUGCGCCCUAUGGAGUGAAAAAUGCAGUAUAUCCUUCGCUUUUCCCCUCCCUCCCUCCCUCCUGAUACGCCUCCUUCCUGCAAAUCCUGCAGCCAAGCUGGUACCAAAUGUAUUGCUCUGCUUUCCUUUGAACCACAUAAGUGAGGCCAAGAGGGGCAGAUUGUCGUCUGGGCAGCCUGAGACCUCCAUACACACUGCCCGGGUUACGCCCCAAGAAGUCACUUCAGUGCUAACACAGCAAAACAACACAGGAGGCAGCAGUUACAAGUUAUUGGUCUCUGCAACCACAGCAGGCGCUGUGAUUCUCCCGUGGUUUGACUUCAGCUCUGGAGGAACACUCCAUUGUCUCUCAAGACAGAUGGAUGCCAACAACUCCUCCCCCGCCCCCAUCCGCAGCAACCUCCUUUGUCAAAUUUUAGAUUGCAAUCUUACUGAGUCAGGGACCUGUCAUUAUUUUUAUUGUUGCUGUUUCACUUUAAAGCAGUCUUCUCGAACUGGUGUGCUUCAUAUAUUUUUGACCACAGCUCUCAUAAUCCCUGGCUGUGUUGACUGGGACUGUGAUGGAAGCUGGAGUUGAAAACAUGUGGACAGCCACCAGGACGGGGAAGGCUGCUUUCACGAUGUAUAUUUCUUGCUGCCAUACUUCACAAUGCAGGGUUACUCCAAGCUGAGAUCUUUUACCUAAGCCUUUUCAGGGUAAAAAGGUCUCUCCCAUUGGCUUCCAUUGUGUAUUGUGUUUAUCAUCACUUAAAACUCGUGGCGAUGCAGGCUUUUGAAAGAUAGAUGACAUUUAAAGCAAAAAUGCAAAACAGAACUGCCUAGCCAUUGGCCGUUUUUGCAUCCUUCCAGAAAGUAUCCCCAAGUCUCCAUGAGAUGUCAGCCCACUGUGAAAGAAGCAGCAGUUGUCAUUGAGCUGUGUGUGACAUGGACUAGUGCAGGAUUGACCCAAGACGUUUUGCUGCCUGGGGCAAAAGUUCCAGUACUCAUGGUGCCCUUACUUACUAGAUUGGUAGCCUCAAUUUUAAAGAUGCCACCCUCAAUUUUAAAUAUGCCAGUCAUGAGUGGGUUUUCGCAGCCGUGCCUCAAGAAUUAUUUGACGUCUACCAGUAAAUAUUAAUGAUCUGCAGAGUCUCUCCUUUAGCUAAACAUCCAUCUCACAAUCUCUGUAGAGCCACUCCCAAGCCAGUUACAAUAUUUCCAUUGGUUCCAAUUGCAUUCUGAAUAAAUCACUUGGGAUAAAUGGCCCGAUGUGGGUAGAGAAAUGGAAUCUCUGCCAGAAGCAAUAGGAGGGCAGUCAAGAAUAGAAGAAACUGAAGGGUGUUUCAGAAGAGAAAUUCUUCAGGAACAGAAGGAAAAUCAGAAAGAUGGGGCGUGAAGAUCUAGUUUUUACAGGGAUGGUCAACUUUCUGUACCAGUGAUGCUCUUCCAUGCAAAAGAGAUUCUCUUCAAAAUGAAAACUAGCUUGCAAGGGUGAUGGAUUCUGGCAUUCUUUCUCACAUGCUACAAUUCUUUGCACUGGGGUGUUUACUUUAUGGAAGAGAGUUCCAUCAUGUGAACCCUUACCUGUCCUCAGAAACAGUUUGACAGCCUCCUGUGAUGAAAAAGUUGGUUUUGCUGGACAGGUUGGUUUAACAAGUGUUUCUUUUUCUUUUUUUUCCUGCCAGCAAAUGGUUAAAGAACGGCAGCCUCUGAUUGGCCGUGGUUCCAGGAGGGAGAGUUUAAAAGGAGAGGUUGAGGAGGUGGGGUUGGAAUUGAGGUUGGAGAGGCUGGGAGAUAGGUAGGGAGACAGGUUAGGAGUCAGGUUGAGGUGUAAAGAGUGAAAGGGAAAAAGAGUUGGUUCUGGAAAAGAACUUCCAUUAUGAGUGUAUUGUGAAGGACAUUGUGUGGUCCUGUAGGAGGAAUAGACUGGAAUUUUACUGGGCGGCAGAGGUUGAGCCAGGAGAAGUAGGAGCUGGAAAGGAACAGCCUAUUUGGGACUCAAUCUAGUCUGGAGGGGAGAGAUUCUUAAGAGAAAGCAGGAGACUCCCAAACCCAGUGAAGGGAGGGAGUGUGGAGAACGCUUGGGUCUUUUUCUUAAAGUACCUCAGAAGCAGGAUUGUUAAAGGGGGUGGAUAACUGAAAGAAAGUAUUACCUUAUAAAGGGACAGACCUAUAACACAAAACAACUAAGGGUGAAUUAAAGUGAAAUAGCAUUGUAUUCCUGCAGUAACAUAAGUUUUAUCCACUUGUGUUAUGUACUAUCUUGACUUAAAUAAAUCCUUAUUGUUUAUUUAAAGAAAAUCCACCUGAGACGCCAACUUACUGGUUAUCCCCUCACAAAGGUCCCCCACAGGAUAAUCUGGGAUAGUUUUAUUAAAACAAAAGAAAAACCUUCAGGUAAAUGGUUGUUCAAUGAGGUGGGGGCAAUUUAUCUGAGAGCGGGCCCAACGGCGUGAGAGGAAAAAGUGUCAUUGCGCCCAUCACACCUCCAUGAAAAUUAGCCCAUAUGCAUCUUGCUAAUAUUGACAAUUUAGUGAAAGGAUCAAUUUGUAGGAGCAUAUUCACAAUAUGAAAAAUUUAAUCUAAAAAGCUACCCUUUGUGGUUCUGUUUCUUGUCACAGAGUGUUAUACGAGGAAGGGAUAAUUAUUUCUCCAUAAAACCUUUGUCUCCAUAUUAAUUUCAACCUCCCACCCACUCACCUCACCCCUCUGCCUGCAUGUAAAAUAGAUGGUGGAAGUUUGUUUUUGAAUUAUGGAUAGCUGAUCUAACUGUGAACCAUAUUAAAAAAUAUUUUUCAGAGACAGUGUUGAGACAGCUCUCUUCUUAAAAUGCUGUUCAUGACUGCAUUUUUAAAACUGGUUUUUAGUAGUCCUAUAAGAAUGUUAGUUGGCCAAAUGUCAGGUUACUCUGAAUGUCAUAAGGUUUGCUUUUCUAAAAGGUUCUGCUUCUACAAUUAUGUGAUAAGUGGAAAUAUUAGCUGCUUUCAAAAACAAAAUUAGAUUUCUGGUUCUUGGGUCUCUCAGCAGAAGCUGAGAAGGAUGAGCCUAUAGAUUGAAUCUUAGGAAAUAAAUAAAAAUGCUGAAAUGCUUUGCUUAUGAGAUAUAAUUCGGUCACUCUCCCCCAGUUCAGGGUUGACUUUAAAAAGAAUGCAAUCACAAAAAACUUUUGCCCUUAGAAUAAAAUUGCUUACUCUGAGUUGUGUUUGUGCUAAAGCAGCCUGUAAGUUUUGCUGUGACUUUUUCAGUUAGAAAAUGGGUACUUGUAGAUGGCUCUGGUGGGUUUGUGGAAACAUAAAAGUUCCAUCUCUCUGUGUUUCUGUGUACCACAUUUUAAGGAUAUUGACAAGCUGGAAUGUGUGUGGAGGAGGGCAACCAAUAUGAUAAAGGGUCUGGAAGCCAAGCCCUAUCGGGAAUGGUUGAGGGAAUUGGAUUUGUUUAUCCUGAGAGGAGAUAGCGAUCUUCAAAUAUCUAAAGGGCUGUCACAUGAAGGAUGGAGCAAGCUUGCUUUCUUGUGCUCUGGAGGCUAGGAUUCUAUUCAGUGGCUUCAAGUUACAAGAAAAGAGAUUCAUGUUCAUCAUCAGGAAGAACUUUCUGACAGUAAUAGCUGGUCAACAGUGGAACAGACUCCCAUGAGAUGUGGUGGAUUCUCCUUCUUUGGAGGUUUUUAAGCAGAGGUUGGGUAGCCACCUGUCAUGUAUGACCUUAUUGAGAUUCCUCAAUUGCAGGGGUUUGAAGUACAUAACUCCUGGGGUCCCUUCCAACUCUACAGUUCUGUAACACCCAACCUCUUGAACAUCUUUGAAGAGAGUGAUAGAAGAUUAUAUUGUAAGGACUUGAAUACAGUGGUGCCUCGCAAGACGAAAAGAAUCCGUUCCGCGAGUCUCUUCGUCUUGCGGGUUUUUUCGUCUUGCGAAGCAAGCCCAUUAGAGGUUUAGCGGCUUAGCGCUACAGUAUUAGCGGCUUAGCCGGCUUAAAGAUCAGCUGAUAAGCGGCUUAACGAUCAGCUGAUAAGCGGCUUAGCAUCAGCUGUUAAGCGGCUUAAAGAUCAGCUGAUAAGCGGCUUAGCCAUCAGCUGAUAAGCGGCUUAGCAUCAGCUGAUAAGCGGCUUAGCAUCAGCUGUUAAGCGGCUUAAAGAUCAGCUGAUAAGCGGCUUAGCCAUCAGCUGAUAAGCGGUUUAGCGGCUUGGGGGAAAGGGGGGGGGGUGGAAAAAAACCCCGCAGGUACGCGUAAGACAUUUUCGUCUUGCGAAGCAAGCACAUAGGAAAUUCGUUUUGCGAAGCACCUCCAAAACGGAAAACCCUUUCGUCUAGCGGGUUUUCCGUCUUGCGAGGCAUUCGUCUUGCGGGGCACCACUGUAUCCAUGUGCUAACUGUGGCAACAUUGGGCUACUUUACCUUUUACCUUCCAUAUAAGCUACACUCCAUACAGUGAUGUAUGGAAGUGAAAGCUGGACCAUAAAGAAGGCUGAUCGCCGAAGAAUUGAUGCUUUUGAAUUAUGGUGCUGGAGGAGACUCUUGAAAGUCCCACGGACUGCAAGAAGAUCAAACCUAUCCAUUCUGAAGGAAAUCAGCCCUGAGUGCUCACUGGAAGAACAGAUCCUGAAGCUGUGGCUCCAAUACUUUGGCCACCUCAUGAGAAGAGAAGACUCCCUGGAAAAGACCCUGAUGUUGGGAAAGAUGGAGGGCACAAGGAGAAGGGGACGACAGAGGACGAGAUGGUUGGACAGUGUUCUCGAAGCUACCAGCAUGAGUUUGACCAAACUGCAGGAGGCAGUGGAAGACAGGAGUGCCUGGCGUGCUCUGGUCUAUGGGGUCAUGAAGAGUCGGACAUGACUAAACGACUAAACAACAACAACAACAAGCUACACUCUCUCCUGCCACCAGGCCACAGGAUAUCCUGGGAAUAAGGUGUACCUGGGGUUUAUCUAGGGCUUGUUUGUUGGUGCUUGGGGGUGGGAAUGGGGCUCAUGGGUGGUGGGGAGUGGGCACAUUAGCACGGUGAAAAGCUGUAGAUCAUGACCUAUGCUUUUAUCUUGCGACACUAGAAAUGAUAUAGCAUAUUAGCAGUUAGCAAAUGGAAAUUCAAAUUAACAUGGGUGCUUAACAUCCCGAAGUUUCACACAACAGUUUCUAUGGAAACUAGAAUCUUUAUAUAGCUCUGAGGAUUUUGCUAACAAGCUGAAAUAGUGGCAUUAGUUGGGUGUAGGGCACAUUCCCCAUGGUGAACAUUCAUUUUUAAAUGUGCUAUGCAUUUUAUUAUUACUGCUCAGUAGUCAUACAUAUUUCAGCAGGAAAGGCUUUAAAAAUAAAACCAUGCAUUGUUUUCUUGAGCCAUAUGCAAAGUAGAAGAUAUUAAAAACAUUUAAUUUCUCUAAACAUUCUGAAAGGAUGGGGGAGAGAUCAUGGAUGUAGCCGGGGUUAACCGCCCUCCAUCAAUAAAUAAAAAUAGCUAACUUGCUGACCAAUCACAUUGCAGGUAGCUCAGUUCUGCCCCCCCCAAAACUCCUCCCCCUCCCAACAUAAAUCUUGGCUAUGCCCAUGGGAGAGAUGUUAAGCACAGGGAAAGUUUCUUUUGAAUAUUUUUGCUGCUGGUGGUGAUGAUAAUUUUACUUAAAAUCUGUCCUUCACCAUAAGGUCCCAGCUUGGGUUAUGCACAUAGCAAAACAACAAUUAAAUAAUGCAAUCAAAAUAUAAGUAUAUAGUGGUGGUGGGGGUAAGCCUGGUAAGCAAUGUGGAGAGUUUAAAAACUCUUUUUCCACUGAGUCUCUGCACAAAAAGGGCUUUAAAACCCUCUGCCUUGCUUACAGGGCUCUGGGAUGGUCAUGGAAGUGAUCAUGGGAUCUCAGGGGGCCAUCUUGAGAGCUCAGGCGGUGGGGGCGGUUCUGUGUGUUCUUCUGACCUUGCGCAAUUUUGUCUUUACACACAGCCCCCAGGAACGCAAUCCUCGUGCAAGCAGCGCUUGCACUGUAAGUGUACUUGCUAACAGGCCAUUUUGGACCUGUGCCUCCAUACACUGUUUGGGGACAUGGUUGAAAGAGCUUCUCCCGUCAGAGAUCCUUGGCUUUCAUCCAUCGCUUCCUUUGCUACAGCAUGUGGAGCAUCUGCAUGUUGGACAGAGGAAAUAGGUACACAGUUGCUUACUGAAGCUUUGUAGGCGGCCCCCAAGUCCUCUCUUUUAAGGCAGGGGAACAGACAUGCACUGUCUUAGUCACUAAGUGGCUGGCUUUUCCCUUUGUGGUCGAUGGCUUCAUGGUCAGGCUUUAGUUGGAUGGAGAAAGCUAUCAGUCUGGGCACCCAAGUUCCUACUGCACUACAAGGCAGGAAAUGUAUUGCCUGCCUUGCAAGGUGCCACUGAUGAGGCGUUCUCUACUUCCCUUGUAGCUAUAAUAGAAGGGGCAUCUAUCUCAUGCUGUCUUAUCUCUCCCUCUUGUUUAAAGGAUAAAAAGGUAAAGGGUAAAGGGACCCCUGACCAUUAGGUCCAGUCGUGACCAACUCUGGGGUUGCGGCGCUCAUCUCGCUUUAUUGGCCGAGGGGGCCGGCGUACAGCUUCUGGGUCAUGUGGCCAGCAUGACUAAGCCGCUUCUGGCGAACCAGAGCAGCACACGGAAAUGCCGUUUACCUUCCCGCUGGAGCGGUACCUAUUUAUCUACUUGCACUUUGACAUGCUUUCGAACUGCUAGGUUGGCAGGAGCAGUGACCAAGCAAUGGGAGCUCACCCCGUCGCGGGGAUUCAAACCACCGACCUUCUGAUCGGCAAGUCCUAGGCUCUGUGGUUUAGACCACAGCGCCACCCGCGUCCCUUUGUUUAAAGGAUAGGGCAAGAAGCUUCUGGGCAGUCUCAACUAAGCAAUGUAAUGGAGAAUCUUGCAGUGCCUGCUUCUUCCUGUAUUUUUUAAAAAUAUUAUUAUUGCUUUCUAAGCCCUUUGAGUCCCCCCCCUCCAGAUUUCUUUUUUUUCUUUUCAUUUUUUCUGACUAGAAACAAGCAGACACCUAUUUCAUACCCUCCAAUACUCCCCACUAACUGACCCACCUUGACCCCCCUCAAUUUUUGUCUCCGACCCCCAGAACAUUCCCUAUCAACAGGACACAGCACACAACUUUUAACUGAUUAAUUAAUUUAUCUCAUAAAAAUUAUUCACCGCUUGAUUGCAAAAAACCUCAAAUACAAAAUGGUAAAAUCAAUAAAAAAAUUACAACCCUACUUUAAAACAUAGAACAGUUAGAUUCCUAAAACAGAUUAAGAUUACCUCAACUUUCUAAGCAUUUAGGUGGGCUUGUCUGAACAGGUAUAUUUUUAGCAGGUGCUGAAAAGAGGAUAGUGAAGGGGCUUGCUUGAUCUCAGUAGGCUCAAAUGUUCUUGCUUAUUGUUUGUGCUGUUUAUUUUUAUUUCUUGUCCUUUUUAUAGGUGAUUUAGAAAAUCUCAGUGAAAGUAUUUUGAAGAUGGGAACACACACCCAUCUUACAAAACUAGCAGAUCUUUCACAGGCCCUAACAAGGUGGUCUUUAUAUCAGCUUUGCUAAUUAGGGGAGCAAAUUUUAAUCAGCAAGUGAAACACUUACUGUAGUUGUUUUAUUUUCCUUAUUUAUGGAAAUAAGCAAGUCUGCAGUGUAAACAUGUCAUAUGAGAACAGAAAUUUAGCAAUGAGGGAAUUGUGGUUUUCUCAUUUUUGAACUUAGUGAACAUGCAUGAUGGUAUGUCUCUAACUUUUAAUUAGAAAGGAUUGCAUACAAUCACGAUAACCUUCUAAAAAUAUCAGCAUUUAAAAGAACAGCCCUCUGGCAUGUCAGUGAAGAAUACCCAGUUUUGCAUUUCAGUGACAUUAGGCUUGACUGGUUUCUUUCAUUUGCCACUAUUUCUGUUUUUAUCUUCAGAUAAAUAUAUGGGAUUUUUUUUUUUGUUUAGUUGCAAAGCGAGCUAAAUUAGAAAUUCUUUUAAUUGACCUGUACCAAAGUUAUCUAUUACAGCCAACAAUACAUAAAGUAUAGAUUAUAUUCAAAGCAUGGGGAACAUGGGAUCUGAUUUUGCUUCUUGAAUAAUGGCACGUCUUCAGAGGAGUUUUUCUUUCAGGAGCAUUUUGUAUUGGCGGGGGGAGACAGAACAUUCUCCUUGUGUAGAACAUAAAAUGACACCCACCCACCCAAUUUCGCAGAGGUUUCUCUUGUGUACAAAUGAUUUAUGUCCCGCAACAUCUUCGCCAAGUGUGUGUCAGGGGUUGUAUCUAAUUAAGUUCUACUCAGAGCAGACACUUUGUAAUUAAUGGACCCAAAUUAGUCAUGUCAAUCAGUUUCAGUGGGUCUACUCUGAGUGGGUGUAGCACUGAAAACAAUCCCAGGAUGCUACAAUUACUCUUCUCUGCUGGAUGUAAUGAUGAGCAAUUUUGGAAAAAGUAGAAGCUGUGUCUUGGUGGAGCCUUGUCCUGGCUCCCAGUUGUUUGAAGAACAAAAAUUUGAAUGAUUCUUUGCAAGCGUGCUAAUGCUUAGAUUGGUGCCCUACAUUUGCAAAUCACUCAUCUAAGUCACAGCAGGCAGUACAUCUGAUACUGACACAACCCUUGCCAUCCUAUAUGGGGAAGGCUCAACUUAAUUCAUCAAACAGUUCUGUUCCUUAGCAAGCAAUCUUGCACUCUGUCUCAGAGGUGGGAUUUGCUCCAACCGUUUGUGCCUCCUUCCUUGAGUGCCUCUGGGACAUAGGUGAUGGAGGGAAUGUCUCUACCCCCUCUGGAGAAAGAGAGCUAGACUCAGCAUCUGGCAUGAGAGACACUGUUGAGGUGUCAGAGAAUAGGCUUCAGCAGUUGUGGUUAGGAAAGCAAAGCUGAAGAGUUCUUGCUGUGGGGAUUGAUGAGGCGAGAGAACAGUCUGAGGGACACACACAUCUGGUCACACCUCCAGGGUCUUCACUAUUAGGCUCCCCCAGGUCUGGCAGAGACCUCCCCACCACACUGGAGCCAACCAUCAAUCUACAUCAUCCUGACUUGGCCACCCCAUGACAAGCAUGUGAUUUUAAUGGAAAAUAUAGUCUCCAAGACCUCCAUUGUUCAUUCUGUGUAUUCCUGGCGGCUGUUAACAAUAACCAUUUGGUACUACAGAGAGAGGGAAGGAGGGCAGGAGAAAGUGAGAAAGACCAAAUACUAAUAAAAGGUAAAAUAGCUGACUAGUUUACCGUAAUUUUUUUCUUUGGUUGUCUAAGUAAUUCUUAUUGGUAAAUCAGUUGCCUUCCCGAUAUGUCUAUCCCUUUAAAAGGCUCAUUUGUAACUGGUUGCAAAAACAACGAGGAAAUGUUCAGGAAAAUGCAAGCUAAUGACCCAUCCUUUACUGAAUGACCUGAAAAGAUCAGCUUGUUCUGAACUACAUGCAUUCAUGCCCAGGAACGUAAAUAAAAACAUUCUUAAAUUCAUCCUCGAAGCCAACACAGGACUUUGUGAAUAGAAGCCAAGUGAGGUUGUGCAUCUUAAUGUGGGUUUCUCAACAGAAUGAAGGAAGUUUGCCCUUGGAAGAAACAAGGACAGCCAAGUAACAUAGGUUUGCAGCCCCUUUUUGGUGAACAGUGAACCAAACGUCGUGAAGUACUGGCAGGUGUUAACUAAACACUUGAAUGCCAUUAGACCUGCUGCUCAACUGGACUGCUAAUUGCUUAAGUUCCACAAUGUACACAAUACCACAAACCUUAAGUGUGGCAAUAGAGUGGGAUUCUCUGGGGCAAGCUGAUCAAACAAGGAAGCAGAGCGAAGUAGUUUACUGGACACACAUUUAUGACCUGAAUGUUAACAAAACAGAGAACAUCUCUUCAAACUAGGACUGUAUAGGUCCCUAGAUUGGGGGCAGGGGUGGAUUGUCAUCAGAAUGCCAUGUUUGAAACACUUGGCAUUCAUUUUCAAGAGACCUCAGACAUUGAAAAUCCAUAGUGUCCCUGCCUUUGUGGUAUUCCUCUUAUUCUGUGAGUUUUCUGCGGGAAAGAAAACUUGCACUGAAAGUGAGCUAUGAAGUAAACAUCACAUGUAGUUAGCAAUGUUAGCUUCCAUCAGAUGGCCUAUCGAUGUCCAGAAUUCCUGCAACAUUUGUUUUUCGGCUACUGACAUCAAUUAGGUAAACUCGUUUUGACAGAUUGGACAGAUCUUAUUGAACUCUGAUGCUGCCUCGGUUGCUUUUUUUUUUUUAAUGCCUAUAAUCCCUUUUUGGAUUUGAAGAUGUGUGCUUACUAUGAGAAGCAUCCUAAUAGCACUAACAAGGGGAAAGCGUCCCAGCUCCCAGCUCCCAAGUCUCAAUUUGAUUAUCAUGCAAGGCGCAACUUGAAAUGUACAUUACAUUCAUGAAUACUGAAAGACUUCUCUUGGGGAGAUAUUUCAUUCAGGAGCAAACUGAUCAAAACUCGAGGGUAGAAGCAGGCAUAAUUUAUUUUGCAGUCUGAAUUUUCUGAUGAAAAGGAGAACUUUGGUUGGAGUUCCUUAGAUGAUGUACACCCUGAAGUAAAAAAAUAAAAUAAAAAUGAAAUUGAUCCUUUAAAGUUUUUUUAAGUUUGCUAAUGACUUGAGAGUUUGAUGUUCAGCUGCUGUAAGUUUGAGGACAGCCACUUCACGCUUUGAUUGCAGCUUGAAAACUGAAAGGAGAAAGCUUCCUAUAUUUUCUGAAUCGGCUGUUAUCAAACAACAAGGCAAUAUCAGAACUGAGCUGCUGGUUUCAGACUUGUUGAUAUGAAUGUAUAAGCUAGCCCAUGUUUCGAAAAACGAAAAUCUAAUUUGAGAUUAUAGGCAUCAAUGCUCGUACAUUCCUACAUUCAGUCUACCCCACCAAGUUAGCUCCAAAUUGAGAAGCACACCAGUGGGUUUGAGUAGGAUGCUUCCCCCUGCUGAAUAUUGACUCGGGACUCUGGUAGGUGGAGUAAGACCAUGCAUUUCCUCCUCCUCUCUCAAAGACAAAGCUCAGUUGCCUGAAGAGACUGACUCAGUGUCCUACUCAUUGCUUGACUCUGAGGUCAUUGCAGUAGAAAAUGAUGGAGGGGGUUGGCUAAUGGAAAGGGUCAGGAUUGCAUAGCCUUGUCAGCCAUGUUGCAGACCAUCCAUCCACACCAAUGUGCCUAUAGCACUACGUUAUUGUAGACCUCAAAUGACUGUGCUACACUUGCUCUGAACCCCUAGCACCCCAUCAAACUAUUGGAGAAUUUCUGCACCCCUCUGUGACGUUAACAUAUAUGAGAGAGUGCUGGAGGGGAAAUAGUUAAAUAGGUUGCACAGACAGGACCCAGGGGGGUGGAGUCCUUGGGACUAUAAAACCAGUUCUGGGAGGAGUUCCGGGAGGAGUUUGUUGGGGGUUGUUGGUGGGUUUUAGUGGGUUGGCUGAUUGGGAAAGGCAGUUGGUAAUAGAGAGACAGUUAGGGCAGUGGGUUCUUGAGUGUGGGGAGGUAGAAGAGAUAGAGGAAAAUAAGACUAAGAAAGUAAAGACAACAAGGUUUGGAAUGCCGUAAAAGUUUUGUUCGUGUCUGAAAUAAAAUAUACUCUUCUUUAUUAAUUGAGAAGCUGACUGAGACUGAAGUGAUUUUACCAGGUGGAACCUGGUUGGUGGCAGCGGUUUAGUGGUGUACGGGUCAAUAGUCCGUGAGACGACCGGGGGCUCCGUACGAACGCCACACCCUCCACAACAGUUUUUGGUGAAAUCCCUCUCCUCCAACAAACUUCUCUGCCCCCUAAUAAAGUGGAGGAUGUCUGGGACAGAUGUGAAUCCAAUUUAUGAAAUUCAUUUUCUGAGAAUUUUCUUUUUCUGUCAUCCUGGAACUGUAGGCAGAUGACGUUUUAGCUGGUUUGGCAGAGGUCUUGACAAACAUGGCCCACUCCCAGUUCCCACCGACCAAUUGUACUUUGAGAAAUUUUGGGGCCCAUCCAAGUUCUUUCCCCUCUCGCUCCACAAACCAUCGUAUUACAUUCUUGAAUGUAAAUGAAAUGAUUCCUUGAAAUUGCACUGUUAAGCUUGUAUGGUACAAUAGAAGACAAGAUGAUUACUGCUGCCCAAGCUACCAGUUCUGGCCUUACUUAAAGGAUUAAAAUAGUGAGGCAGCUAGAGACGCAGUGUGUUUCAUGCCUGGGCAACAAAAUAUUAAGAAGUUUUCAUAUUAAAAUGAAGGUGAUGUGAGAUAAAUCACAGAGGCUUCCUAACUGGGAGAAGGGGAAAGUGUUUGUCUUACUGCAGAAACAAAUAUUAUGUAUUUGUCAAGGCACAGGCUCAGAGGUUGAUAUCUUUUGAGAACGUAGGGAAGGAACAAAUAAGUCAAAGGACAGCAAGGUUGCAUUCAGAGAAAUAACCUAAUCAAGCUUGGAGCAAGCUUGUUUUAUCCUGCUCUGGAGGUUAGGACAUGAACCAAUGGCUUCAAGCUGGAAGAAAGAAGAGUCUGAUUAAUCAUACGGAAAAUCUUUCUGGCCAUAAGAGCUGUUUGACAGGGGACUAGAGUUCCUUGGGAGGCUGUGGUUUUUAAGCAGAGGUUGGAUGGCCACCUGUCAUGGAUGAUCUAGUUGAGAUUCAUACAUUUGCAGGGGGUUGGAUUAGAUGACCCUUGGGGAUCCCUUCCAACUCUGGUUCUGUGAAGGUAAAGCCAAGUUACUUUUGUUAGGCGUGUGGCUGAAUCAGAGGUAGCUCGGUGGUAAAGCACAUGCUUAGCAUGCAGAAGGAUUCGAGAUCAAUUCCUGGCACCUCCAGAUAGCAGAGAUAUUGGAGAGGGCUGGGAAAGGUCUCCGGCUAAGAGUUCAGAUAGUCAUUGCUUAGUCAGAGCAGGCAGUGCUGGGCAAGAUGAAAAAAAUGGCUUUGUCUCAGUAAAAGGCAGACUGAUAAGUUCAUAUGUUCCCCUGGGACCGCUUUGAAUAAAGCACUGAGCUCAUUUCACGAAGGCAGGACAGCACGGUACAAACUCCAGCACCACCGUCUGGGGAGUGAUUUAGAGAAGGUGGGAAUACAUGUUAAGCUAUUCAAAAAGGAUUCUUAAAAAAUAAAGGAAUGUUGCUGCAGCAUGGCAUAGAUGCUGUUCUUUUGGAUUGCGCAUUUAACACCCCAUGGAUUACACAUGUAUGGUAAGGUAAGUAUUGCAAUCAGACUUGGACUUUCUGCUGCUAUAAGAAUGGAUUUCGAGAAGUUUCAGGGGAGUUAAACGGGCAUCCAGCGAUGUGUUACAUUUUAGCGCACAGCAGUUAGGGAAAGGAACCUGCCAGCUUGUUUGAACUAUAGUCUUUCUGUUCCGUCAAGCCACGGACGCCCAAAUUGGGAGAGGAUAAAAGUCUCAGUGGCAUAUUUUCUCCUAGUGACUGAAAAGCUACAAGGAGUUAUUUCUCUGACAGGAGAAAAAAGCUGGUGAGGGAACAGCAGCAGUGAUCGACACGGUAAUAGUAGCAGAAGUGAUUUGUUUAAUCCUAUGGAGAGCAGAAAUAACUUUGUAUGGCAUAAGGCCCUGAAAUUGCGAAUGCAACGGGGGGGAAAUGUUUUGGGAUCUUCAGCCUUUCCCUGUUGUUACCAUGUGUUCUUGUGGACCUGUGUACACACAUACCUGCCCCAUAAAUUUUUUAACCCAUAGCCAUGGUGUGCCGUAGCAAUUCUAAGGGGAAUUAGCAAUGAGAAUAUAAGCCAACAUUUAAAGUAACCAAAUGGGUGGUGUAUUACAAAGAUAAACAGUCCUUAGACAGCAUUCAGACCGGACUGGGAAUUAGUGGGUUCAGUCUAAAAAAAGCAGGAGAGGACUGGGUAAGAAGGAACUAUUUGCGAUACUGGAAGGCUACAGAGGAUGGAGAUGAGACGAAAUAAGGAAAUGAGAGGACGAUGGAUGCCAGAUAAACUUGCAGAAGGGCAAAUGGGGUUAGAGAAGUGUUAAGUUGUGGGUGAACAUAUCACAGCGAUUCUUCAAACAGCUCUUGUUUAUUCAGAGGCCAGAACAGAACUGAGCUGAAGGGCUCAGUCAGCCUGCUUACAUAGAGCUCCAGUACAAUGUAACUGUAACAAUUUUCUAAAACUAUCCAAUCACUGAACGUCACUUUUGAUCCCAUAUUUGCAUAACUAUCUACAGUAUCCCCCUGCUAGCCCAGGGUGAGAACUUCAGUACAUAACAAGAAGAGAGUCCAAACAUAACUAACACUUCAUCUGAAGCAGGGUGGGCAAUUUGCUUGGAGAGUUGGUGAGAAAGAAAAGGAAACACAAAGGAAAGAGAGAUGGAAAAGAAACCAGAGCGCAAGCAUUAUCUAUUCCAAGGCAUGGGGCGGGGUGGAAAGAGGUUAAGCAUACUUUGCAUCUUUGAGGUUUCAAACCAGAGGGUAAACUGAGGAACUGCUUUGCUGCAGUAAGUGUGCAAGGAAAAUCCUGGGGGCAUCCAUCAUUCUCUCUUUCUUUCUUUCUCUCUCUCUCUUAAAAAAACUAGCUAAAGGGUUGAAAGUAAAACAAGCACUGAAGAAUAUAAUUGGUGCAGAUUCAGAUGCUUUAACAAGACGGUGCUUUGAGCAAUAGGAUAGUAGGAGCAGUCACUGAUCCGUGCAGAUGUAUGGCUCCUUAUUCUGCAUCAAAAAUGGCUGGAGAUGCAUUUUUCUGUAAGGACAGUUUGUGCUUGAUCUGUUGCUAAAUACCUAUGCUGAGGUUUGCCAUACCAAGAGAACAGGGCCCUUGGAGAGCGCUCAGAGGCAGUAAGAGAUUUCACAUGUGCUGUGCAUGAGAAGCUGCAUCGGAUAAACCUCUGCUUUUCUUAGUUUUCAACAGCAGCCCUGUCCUGGACGCAAUACAAGAACCCCAUUUCACAGGCAAAAGCUUGCCUUCCCAAUGGAAACUGCUUAAUAAGGUUUUUGUUUUGGGUGAGGAGGAAAAAUGGAAGCCUUCAGCCAAGGAAAUUACCUUCCAAAUGUCUUGUUUGUGUAACUUAAGAACCAAUUGUAAAAUCCUUAUGGUGCUCCAGUUUUCUUUCCUGUUCUAACAGCUGAGGAAAGGAUGUGGUAUCUCUCCCCCCCCUCCCCAUUUCCGUACAGUGACAGCUUCUGGGCACUAGACUUGCAUGCUCAAUAGUCCUUCUGUGACGCUUGAUGUCCCGAAGCCAAAAAUACUACCUGUGCUAUCAAGACUGUCUUGCUGUGUUAAUAUCAGGAUGAUGUAUAAUAUAUAUAUAUUGAAACUAACUCUCUACUUUUCAUGGAGAAAAGUGCCGAGUACAAUGACACCAUCGUUGCUCAGCAGUGCCUAGGCUGAUCCGUAUAAAUAGCACCUGUUUUACUCAAGCCUAAAAUGUGGCCUCUUACACAGUCUGUCUGGGAGCAGACAGAUCUUGUCGGGUUCAUUGCCCGGCUGUGUUUGUAGGCAACUGCCAUGGGGUCUGAGUGAUGAGAGGGGUGAACUUUGGUGGCAGGAGGUGAAUGAACUAAGUUGUGGGAAGGGGAAGCCAGUGAAGAAAAGGCUGUAGUCUUCAAGUGAGGUGGUAAUCAGAGCAUGGAAAGACUGCUUAGUAAGGGAACAGGGAAGAAGGGCUGCCUUUUUGCAGUGUUGUGCAUAGCAAGGGAACAUGAUGUUACAGUGGUCUGGAUGUGAGGUGCAAAGGAGAUGUAGGCGUCCUAAAGCCAAGGCUUGAGGCCUGGUCAACAGAGUCGAUGGUGUUGUCCGUGGAUACUGAAACUGAGGAGAGAUGUGUUUAUGAGGAAAAAUGGGGAACAAUGAAACAUGCAAACAGAAAUAUCAGACAAACAGUUACAAGACUGGAUGGAAGGGAAAGGUCUAAGACCCAAAGAUAGUGCUGGGUGCAUUUGGUGAAAAUUUUCAACAACAUGUUUGUAUUUCUGUCUUACUCUUCCAUUUAAACUACCAAAGGAAACCAAACAAGUGUGCAGAAGCUAAACACAGAACCCUGAAAUGCACUCAAUAUAAACAGCAUAGACUAACAAAUCAACUUCUGAAGCCAGAAAUAAUAAAGCCAAAGUUCUAUGAAUCUAGUGAGGGAAAGAGUUCAAAGUUCUUGCUUUCUUGGCGUAGCCUCAACGUAUGAAGAGGAAGAUUUGUUGCUCACAUAUCAUGAGCAAGAUUUGAGGAAGUCACUCAGGGAUGACAUGUGGAAAGUGAACAGCAAAGGGCAACGUUAGGUUUUGAAGGAAUCUUGGGGAAGUGUAAGGUUAAAUGGGGUUUCUAAAACAUGGGUAUGCAAGUGAAAGAAUGAAUAUAUUGGGUCAGUCAAUUUGUGCUAUGUGUCAGCUGUGGACUUUGCCAUACUUAUGAUGAACUAGAUAGAUUGGCUGUACCUGGAAUGAUAGUCAAAGAGCUUAAAAUAUAAAAGGGGUGGGAGAAAACUGAAGGAAGACUUUAUAGGAUAUAAUUAAACUUUACUAGUAACUCUAGUAAAGGGAAUUUAAGGGAAGGUGAAAAAGAGCUGUACAAAAAAGAUAUGGGGGUGCCAUAGCUAAGUGAUUAAGCACCUGCUUUGCAUGCUGAUGAACCAAGUUCUGUCUCCAGCUUCUGAAACUGAAGUCAUUUCUGCUAGGUGGGCAUAGAAAGGUUUCUGUCUGAGACCUUGGAGAGUGCAUGCCAGUGAGAGUAAUAGACAGUGCUUGAACUACAGGAUCUGCCUCAGCAUAAACUAGUUUUAUAUGUUUUCAAAUGGACAGUAUAACGUUCCGGUGUUUACUUUCUUAAUGGCUUCUCACUUGUGGUGGUAAACACUGAAAUCCAUGUUCCAGAAAUGUUUUGCUUUUCUUAUAAACUCAAUAAAAGCAGAGAUGCUCCCAGUGUUCAAAGUGAGGCGGUUUCCAAGGACUCGUUGCUGCUCUACAAAGUUGGUGUCUGAUCUUAUUCAUAUGCUUAACUUUCCCAAAAGAAAUAUUGGGUCUUGAGCAUGCUGAACUUAGGCUGGAUUGGGCUAUUUAAGAAUAUUCAGUGAAGCAAAUAAAACAAUGUGAAUAUGCCCCCCCCACCGCCCCUGCCUCCAGCCGGAACUCAUCUUUCAUUGUCAGUAUAUUUGCCAUUUGCUAUUCACAUUUAAAGAAGCGAGAUUCAGAGUUCUCAUUUGUCUUUUUAAUAAAGUAAUGAUCUUCACUUAAUACAAAAAGCCCACAUAGACAAUAACUUACAAAAAUGAGUAGUGUGCAUUUUGUGCUUAAAAUAACCUCACCUUCAUUUCCUUCCUUUAUGCUGAACAAUGGACUUCUGCGUUCCUUACUUUGAGUAAAUUCUGAAAAGCAAAGAAAGUUAUUGAGGUUGUUGAAUAUACUGUAUUAAAAUGUAUUGUUGUCAGAGGUGGGGAACACAUCACUAUGAUAAUGGAGAGAAAGCUGUUACAAUGACUGGAAGUUUUGAAAGUUUCAGUAAUGGAGAAGAAUGGAAGAAAUUUAAGGAAUAUUUAGUAAAAUAUAAUAAUAUAAGUGGAAAUACUUGCAAGUACUAAAUUUGGUUUAGGAUAAAAUUAUGUUGAAUUGUAUAAAAUGAUGGAUUGAGAAUAUUAUGAAAAGAAAGGAAGUUAGUAAUCUGAACAAGUUAAUUUUACCAGAAAGUGGAUAUUGGAAAAUUGCUAAAAUGAGAUUUAAUGAAAAUCAGUUAGGAAGGAUUUGAGGAAGUCACCCAAUAAUGGAAUGCAAUUUGGAUUAUUAACUGUAAGAAGUUUUGAAUGUAUGUUUGUUUUUCUUUUUUAUAUGUUUGUUUGUUAUUUUGUGUUGUGUUAAAUUUGGAAAAUUAAUUUUAUUUAAAAAAAAUUAAAAAAGAAAGUUUCAGUAAUGAAGUUAGUGCAGUGUGGGCUACAGGUUACAAGCAGGUAAAGCAUGGAAGAGGAGUAUUAUGCAUGGCUAGGCUUAGCUAAGAUGUUGAUCUAGCAAUUGGCACACAUGAUUUUCUCACACCAGUGCUUUCACCUCUGGUCCAUUGGAGAUAGAGGCAGAGCUGGCAUAACUGGCUCACCAUUGGACUUGUCCCCAGAUCCCUCUCCUGAAGGGGAAAGCUCUUCACUGACAGAUGAUGACACCUCCGCAGAUGAUGAUGUAUCACUUGGGGGGCCAAAUAUCACAGAGGGGAAUCUUGGGAGAGGGAUUGAUUGUUCAACCACUCUGGGAGUUGUAGCUCUGUGAGGGGAAUGGGGAUCUCUGGAAAACUCUCAACACCCUUAACAAACUAUAGUUCCCAAGAUACCUUGCUGGCUGUUUAAAGUGGUAUGAUGUUUCUUCAAAUGUGUAAUGCAGAUGGGAGCUUACAGAGCCAGUUUAGAGUGGUAUGACAGGCGGGAAGGCGGGGGGGGGGAUGAUAAUCAGUGUGUGUCUUUUGAAGGAGUGGCUGACAAUCUUUCAUUUGAGCUCUUUUGCGACUGCUGUUCAGCAGCUGAGAAACCAAGUGAGCAGAGUCUUACUGAAAGAGAAAAGUGCAGUGCAGUGUAGUCAAAGGAAAACAUGAGCCCAUUACCUCUCAAAUGACAUAUGGUGCUUUUGCUUGAUCCGUUCAAGCAGAAGGUAAGUUUCCUCAGGAAGCAAAUAAACAAGGAAAUAGACUGUGUUCACACAAAUUGCUACUGCUCUGUAAUCCAAUUUUCAGCCUGUGCUCAUGAAGCGGACCAUUAGGCCACUAAUGCUGAGGAAAUGAUUGACAGUUGUUCAUUGUAGGGUUCCCAGCUGAUUGAGAACAAGUCAUAGCAGAUACCCUCAAAGAAGAGGUAUUACAUCCUGUGUUUGUGGGAGAAAAGCAUGAAUGCCUCUUCUGAGAUGGUGCCUGCCACUUGUGAUUUUUGUAAGUUACGUGCAUUUAAAAACUACAGGUUUUUUUGAAUGUGCAGUUUGAUUAACUGGAGGCACUUUUUAACCAGUUAAAAGGUUUUAAAUCAGUUAAUCUAACAUUAGUCAUCUAAAAAUCACAGCCUGAGUUAUAGUAGGCUUCUCAGUUUGUCCUGUGUGCUAGUAGUGCUUCACUGUUUGCAAUGGCUCUUCUGUGAUGCAAACAUUCAACUUGCUUAAUAUUUUAAUGCUUUGCUUAGAAACAAGAGAAUGCUUAACUUGAUUAUUCCUCAUGGCUCCUGGCCCGAUCUACCAUUAAAGCUGUACUUACAGCACGGGGGAAAGGUAAUUUCCGGUAAAUGCUUGGGCCUAAUUCCGUUGUAAUUGUGGUCUGAAGAUCUUGUCUUAGCCUGUGAAAGAUUGGGAUCUCGUUUGCAGUUCAGCUGCUGCAGGAUGAAAUAACCACGGAAAGGUCCAGCACAGAUGUAAAUAUUUGCUGAACUGUGGACACGGCUGAAUGCCAAAGACCCUCUGCUUGAUACUGGAUGAAUGUUCUUCCCUGCACCUGAGAAUCUGUCUUGUCUGGGAUAGAUCAUUUUGGCCUGCAGAUAAGUGGGAAUAUGAUUGUCAUGAAUUAAUCUGAUGUCAAGCUGCCCUGUAUUUAGUUUUAAAGAGGUUUUCAGGUGACACUUCUGCUUCUAAGUUAAAACAAAUGUUGGGAGAUGAACACUGCAAUGCUUUGCUCGGCUAUAAUUGGAUGUGCUCUUCCUGAAGUUGGAGGUUUAAAGACAUUGGCAGCAGUUGAAGGGAAGUUAUCAACACGAGUCCUUUUUCCCCCUUUGGCAUGGCAAUGUUUACAGUGUCUUAUUUCCAGUUAAGGGUUUGUUGAAAGCUGCUGUUUCACAACAACACACAAAUGCGGUAAAUGCUGGAGACACACACUACUUUGAACAAUUACCUAUUGUAGUCAAAUUUCCUGUUUGUAGUGAGAAUUGGAGAUGUUGGCUGAUGGCUCCAUUCUGCUAACUGGCCUCAGGCACAUCAGAGUGGCUGGUUGUUAAGAUUGCCAUUCCAGGGCCAAGGGUUAUGUUACAGUAAUCAUGAAAGUGCCUUUUAAAUGCUUCUUGGGAGUCUGUGAAGGAGCCAGGGUUUGAGCUAGAUGUAGUGGCUCAAAUAAUAUCAUUUCCUGCAUCAAUUGACUGAGUCUGAGCAGGAAAAGAGGAGUUAAGUUAAAUUAUAUGGAGAAUUGUUUUUAAAUUGUUUUCCCCCCUUCUUUUCUGGUUUUCUGGAUGUUAACUGUUUUGUUUUAUAAUUGUAUGUUUUAUUGCUGUAAGAUACAUAAAUUCAUAGAAUGGUAGUGCAUAUGAUAAGACUUGGCCAGUUGCAGUACGGAAACCAUAACUCCUAGGAGCAGUCCAAGUGGUCUACGUCUGGAAUGACCUUUGAGAUCAAAAACCAUUAAAGUUUGUGUUUCUUUACUGUGAAAAUUGCUAAUGUAAAUGAUUGAAGCAGAAGCCCUGUUUGGUAAGGUAAAAGGUAAAGGUAAAGGACCCCUGGACAGUUAAGUCCAGUCGAAUUUGGCUAUGAGGUAUGGCGCUCAUCUCCGCUUUCAGGCCCAGGGAGCUGGCGUUUAUCCACAGACAAUUUUCCGGGUCAUGUGGCCAGCAUGACUAAACCACUUCUGGCGCAACGGGACACCUUGGCAAGUGCCAGAGCACACUGAAACACCAUCUCACCACAACAGUACCUAUUUAUCUACUUGCACUGGUAUGCUUUUGAACUGCUAAGUUGGCAGGAGCGGGGAAAGAGCAAUGGGAGCUCACCCCAUCACACGGAUUUGAACUGCUGACCUUAGAUCGGCAAGUCCAAGAGGCUUGGUGGUUUAGACCACAGCACCACCUGCGUUCCUGUUUGGGUACUCUGUACCAUGUGCAUCUGUAGGCCCUUGCAGUGAUGAACUUGUUGCACAAAAUCCUCCUGUUAUUUGGGACCCUGUAUGGGAUUAUCAGGGACGCGGGUGGCGCUGUGGGUUAAACCACAGAGCCUAGGACUUGCCGAUCGUAAGGUCGGCGGUUCGAAUCCCCGCGGCGGGGUGAGCUCCCGUCUUUCGGUCCCAACUCCUGCCCACCUAGCAGUUCGAAAGCACAUUCCUUGUUUUGCAAAUUUACUACGAGCUACUAACCAGAUCGAGAAGGAUACUCAAAAAUUGUCUUCUGAUCAUCUGUUCAUUCCCACUUGGAUUGCCACAGGGUGCAUGAUUGUCCUGUUUGAUAUCUCAUUUUCAUUCCAGACCAUGCUAGUUUUGUUCCCUCUCAAAGCUCUUCUCAAAUGGCACAAGCUCCUCACAGGCUUCAUCUUGAACAUACAUUCCUUAAAGGAGCAACUAUGUUUGGGUUUGUUGGAGGAAGCAAGUUUCUCUGGAUUUCUUUCUGCACUGUUUAGUUGAACAUUUGACCAGGAGCAGUCAAUUUCCUGUUGAGAGGACCCUUUGUAUAGCUUAGUUGUGUAAAAUGUCUCUUGCAUACAGCUGACACACUUGUUCUUACUAUGCUGCUUCAGGUUUAAAAUAUUUCACCACUCUUCCAUUAUUUCUGGACAAGUGUACAAAUGAUGGAUAGAGCCAAAUACCUUAGAACAAAUGUUUUUGAUAUAUAAAUCCGAUGACUGCAUAGACAUUCACAAUACAAGCAAAUAUCAUUUAUGGGUUUUAAUACAAAGUAGUAUCUAUUUUAAGGGAUGCGGGUGGCGCUGUGGGUUAAACCACAGAGUCUAGGACUUGCUGAUCAAAAGAUCGGCAGUUCAAAUCCCCGCGAUGAGGUGGGCUCCCAUUGCUCGGUCCCUGCUCCUGCCCACCUAGCAGUUCAAAAGCACGUCAAAGUGCAAGUAGAUAAAUGGGUACCGCUCUGGCGUGAAGGUAAACGGCGUUUCCGUGCACUGCUCUGGUUCGCCAGAAGCGGCUUAGUCAUGCUUGCCACAUGACCCGGAAGCUGUACGCCGGCUCCCUCAGCCAAUAAAGUGAGAUGAGCACUGCAACCCCAGAGUCGAUCACGACUGGACCUAAUGGUCAGGGGUCCCUUUACCUUUACCUAGUAUCUAUUUUACAAUAAUGCACUGGGUCAAUGCAAGCACUCUCACAAGCAUUCGGGUAAAGUAUGAGAUGAAGGCCAAUAUUUGAACUUUGUGCUCUGGCUCAAAUCUUGCAUAGAAGAAUGUUCAUAGAGAAAUACACAUGAAAAAUCUGAUGUGGGAAAAUCCAUAUGUUAUUUUAUGGGAAAGGCAUGCAAAAGGGAGACUAGAUUCUAGCUUGCACUCGAUGUUGUAAGCAUGAGUUUUACUCUAUGGCAGAAUCAUUGUCAGCCAUACCUAUUUUGUUUGCUUGUUUCUACUGGAAGGUUGGGCUGCUUUUGCAAUGCAACAGUAGAAGAUGAGUUUUAUUUAUGAAUAGCUUCCUAUGAAGCAUAAUUAAGCCAUAUCCAUUAAGCCAUUUUUAAUCAGUAAAAUGUUUAAUCAGUAAAAUGUUUGACCCAGUCAGAUGAUGACUUUCUGUACAGUGUGCUGCAUUUUUGUGGUGCUCGAUGUCACGGUCUCACCUUUUUGCUUCAAAUGGAUUAAUCCAGUCGGUGGUCUGGUUUAUUACUUGUAAGCAACAAUAUAGAAUGGAACCAUCAUCUAAACAAUCUAUAUACAGUUUAAUGCUCUUACAGUUUAGGACAUGAUCAACAAGCAGUUUGAAAGAACGAAAAUGCACAAUACAAUCUUUUAUAAGCCGCAAAGCUCUGUACAAACACACUCUGUAUAAAUUGGGAGGGGGUGUACACACACACAACACACACACACACACACACUCAUUUACUGUACUAUGUAGGUUCCCAUUGCAAAAAAUCUAGAAGAACUAAUUCUCUAAUGCACAGCUCCCUUAACCAACUACAUUCUUUUCGGGCCACCCCAGUGGGGCUCAGGAGCCCAGUUAUGUCACCCCUUGCCUGCAGAGCUGGCAGCCUCUCACCCUUUUUCAAACACCCUCCCUUGUGGAGUGUUCCCUCAGCCUCCUCUCCUCUCCUUGGGAGUCCUCUGGGCAAGUUGCUGCUGUCACCCCGAUCUCUGGGCUGACCCCCCACUGCCUCAAAGAGAGGUGCCUCACCAUUUGUCUAUGGAGCUUAUAGCCAGGGCUGCUGCAAUAAACAGCUGUGCAAGCCUUUGGGAGGCAGAGAUGCAAGAGGGCAUCAGAGGGGGGAGGGAAAGAAAGAAAGAAAGGAAGGAAGGAAGGAAGGAAGGAAGGAAGGAAGGAAGGGACAGUGUUGCCCGUGGCACCCCUGACCAUCAUUCAAGGCACCCCAGGGUGCCAUGGCACACUGGUUGAAAACCACUGCUCUAAUUAAUUAGAUAGCCCUUCUUUCUUAGCAGUAGAAUAUUCUACUAAAAGAAUCAUUACUCAUGCAGUUUUAGCAAGAACAGCUUAUCAAUACCAUCACGGUUAAACUGUAAGUUCUUCCUAAAAGAAGCUACUAUAAAUGAGGGGAAAAUAGUACCACUACCAUGCCUGCUGACAGGAAUGUGUCUCAUCACAAGAAUGUAAGUAAAAGUCAACAAUUUGCACUUGUGGAAAAGCCAAAAUUAUUCUCUGCAGAGGAACUACAUUCUCAUGUUCAAAUUGUAAGAUUUUUCUGUAAUGUUUUCUUCUUCACUUAAUGAUGACUUCUCUGCAUGGAGACAGCGGCAAGAAAUGCAUUUUAAAAAAUUGAAUUAUCCUGCUCAUGAAGGCCACGUUGUCUAGAAUGAACUAAAACAGGCAGGCCUUAAGCAGAUUAUUAAGAUAGCAUAAAGGAAAAAGAAAUCUGUCUUUAAAAGUUCAUCCAGCAACUCUGGAUAGCAGGAUCCUAUUAAUAGCACCAUCCCAUGCAUGUUUAGUCAGAAAUAAACCUCACUGUGUUCACUGUGUGUUUAGGGUUGCAACCUGACAGUGAAAAUAUUUCCAUCUCUAAUAACUCCAGAAUAUGCUGGUCUAUGACUGUAAUAAAGAUUUGGAUUUGGAAUAACUCCAGGCCAACAGAACCCUUGAUUGGUAGACAGCUAAUAAUGCAACCAUCAUAAAUUCUACUCUGUGUAGUCAUAUUAGCAGAGCUAGGGAUAACUUGGUGGGGAGCUAUAUCAAUCCAGGCCAAAUUCCACAGGGUUACCUAGAGUUUAGAUUACUUUGGUGCCAGGUCUUCUUAAAAACAGAACCCCAUCUCACAACUGCGGUCUUCUGAAAGGUGAGCUAGUGCAGUUUAGUGGCUGAGCUAUAAGUCCACUCAUUGGUGCAGCUUGGGAUUUCAUGGCCUCCAUGAUGAAAAGGAGCUUGUUUUAAAACUGUAUCUUAGAUCAUAGAUCAUAGAAUUCUGCUCCAAAUCGUUGUUGAUUUGGAUUUUAUGUACUGGAUAGGCAGAAGGUAAGCUGUAAUUGGAAAAGCCUGUACUCAGACCCUUCUAAUGGACUUCCUCACUGGGUUUGGGCUAUGUGCUGUUCUUGAUCGCUGCAGGGGUAAGGUAAAGGUAAAGGGACCCCUGACCAUUAGGUCCAGUCGUGGCUGACUGGGGUUGCGGCACUCAUCUAGCUUUACUGGCCGAGGAAGCCGGCGUACAGCUUCCGGUUCAUGUGGCUAGCAUGGCGAGCCAGAGCAGCGCACGGAAACGCUGUUUACCUUCCCGCUGGAGUGGUACCUAUUUAUCUACUUGCACUUUGACGUGCUUUCGAACUGCUAGGUUGGCAGGAGCUGGGACCGAGCAACGGGAGCUCACCCUGUCGCGGGGAUUCAAACCGCCGACCUUCUGAUCAGCAAGUCCUAAAGACCCCAUUAAAUUGAUCUGGGAGACGUAUGGACCCUGAUGGCUUCUGACUCUUUCUAGGGGAUUUGUUUCAUGGAUGUGACUGGCAUUCAUGCUGUGGCUCUGGCCACUCUCUGGAAUGUUGAGAUGUCCUAAGCACCAGUCUAAAGCAGGGUUUCCCAAACUUGGGUUUCCAGCUGGACUACGAUUACCAUCAUCCCUGACCACUGGUCAUGCUAGCUAGGGAUGAUGGGAAUUGUAGUCCAAAACAGUUGGAAACCCAAGUUUGGGAAACCCUGGUCGUAAAGGCUCCAAGACACCCAUGUCCUAACAGUAGAAUCCACACCAUUCCUUGGUUUACUAAGGAGUUGAGGAGCAUGAAACAGCUGUGUUGACAGCUGGAGCACAAGUGCUAAAAGACUCAUGAUGAAGAUUUGGAAUUAUCUGAGGAUCAUUCCUUACUUUAUUCCUGGAACCCAUAUACCCAAUCAGCACUGUAAUGUCAGUGAGCUUAUGCCUGAGUAUUAUCAGCUGCUCUGCUGACUGUCUGGAACGAAGGCAAGCAACAAAGCACAGAGUUUAUUUAUUUAAAACCACUUUCACAAAGAACCUAGGGUGGGGCACACUAAAACGGCACUGCAAUACACACACACACAACAUUUGAAAAUAUGCAAGCUGGGAAAGUAAAUUACAGACCCACAGAAAAUUAAUGCCCCCAAAGCCUGGAUUUCAGUUCUAAAAUUUUGUUAUCAGCUGAAACUUUGGAGGCUUUAAAUAUGUUGGCAUAGUCUUCAGUAUUUACAGAUCACAGAUAAUGUUUUGGCUGUGGAAUCAAGCCGUGAGAUCAGUUUAGAAGAUCUACUCUGGAAGGGCGUUGUUAAUGUUUAACUUGCAACAUGGGGCCACAUUGACUUUUCAAGUACAGUGUAGUACAUCUACCAAUAUUGAUGAUACUGGGGUGUGUCUUAAUGUGCUGGGGCAGGCGAUUUUUUAAAAAAAACUUGUGCCACAUUCAUUAUUUGAGUGUAUAAUAUGGAUAGUUCCUCCACUCUCGCACACAUGCACACACUCAGCAAUGAUACCACCUUUGUCUAUUUUACUGUUACAGUAAUUUGGCCUAGUUUUGCUUUCCAAACUCUUUAUGUACUGAUAGUGCCAUGUGAGCAAUUAAGCACUACUGUUGUCAGUCAAACUAGAAACACUGUGUGCUUGGCAGAUGUUUCAGUAUUUAUGUGAUUUUCUUCAGUACAUAAUUAUAAUAUAUAUUUAGGCACCAGUUUCAUAGAUGAAAAUCAAAGGCGGUUUUCAAAGUCAUUUGUGUUGGAGUGGUUUCUGUCUUUGCUGCUUUCUCAUACACAUCGAGCUUACUGUUUUUCAUCCUUGUGAACUUAUGUAGACCUUCCCAAUAGUUUUGCUUGUUAUGCAAGGAAAAGCAUCAUUGACAGCUGAACCAGAGCUAACUCCAAACUAAAGUUGUAUCUGCCUGAUUUAACCAAAACUUCAGUUUGGAAACCUUUAUACAUUCCAAAAUGAAUUAUAAGAGGAAAACAUAGAACAAUUUUCUCUUGUAUGGUCUGUGUAUUCUGAUGUUCUACGUAUUAAUUAAAUUACUGUGCCAAUAAAUAAUAAUAAUCUUGAUAUUAUUACAUCAAUAUAAUUUUGUGCAUUGUAAUUUCAUUGAUGUGCAAAAUGCUUAAGUCAAAAUGAAAUGAUGGCAAAUUGCUAAAGCAUUGGCACUGUUCUGGAGACAAAAGGUCUCAGGGACAAAAGAUUUGGACCCCCAAAUCUGGAUUUUCCAAAAUCUGGAAAGUUGGGUGGAGAUAAUUCCGUGGACAUCCCGAGAGAGGAGCUGUUUCUCCUGUUUGUUUUCAGUUGGACUUGACGCAGCAGAGCCUUAGGCUUUGGGAGGAACAAAAAGUUAGUUCUUGCUUGAUGCAGUUUAAUGGCAUGCAAGCAGAGAAUUGCGUCAGUAAAACUGCUUACACUAAACAUUGCAUAAUUCAAGGCUUUAAGUAUUUAACAAUCUGCAUGAUAAAUGGUGCAGCACAGCUCAAAAGCAGCUGAGAUGGAAAACCCCUGCUCUGCGCCAAAAUGGACAAGAUUUGUUGACUGGAUUCUUAGUAGGGUUUUGGAAUUGUUUCUCCAGGCAGGAGGGUUAGAAUCAAAGGGAUAGGCUAGUUUCUCAUUGGCUCAAAAGGGUUUGCUAUUUGGAUCAAUCUUAUCAAAAGAACAUUGACAAUUUGGGAGUUGCUUCUUCAAUCAGUGUCCACUCCUCAACUUCUUGCCCUCCUCUGCCUCCAUCAACCACCUCUAGACUCCAUCCCUGUCUGAACAGGUUCCAAACCAUGACCUGCCAAGAACUUCUGUCAGGAGUGUGUGCAGGAGCUAGGCCCUGUGACCGGUAGGUCUUCCCAGGACUGGGGCUUUCCUAAGUUUGUUCUGAAGAGGCAAGGCAUGGCCACACAGGUGAGGCCGAUUUGGUAACUCACAGCACCUGGUGGCAAGAGGCGGGAAGGGAUAUAAGGUCAGCAUUUCCCUUUGGCUCUUUGCCACAGCAACAUGCUUCCUGCUGAAGUGAAGGCACGAGACAGGAGUUGAUCAUCAUGUGAGCUGCGCACAGGUGGUCUGAAGCGAGCUGCUGCCAUUCCUGUGGAGCCUCCUUUUAUUGAGACAAAUAUGCAAGCCAGGCAAAUACAUUUUGGGGCUGUGACCUUUACUCAUCUUACGUCCCGAGAUCGUGGGGUGGUACAAAUCUAUUUUGGCACCUGUUCCACAGCGUCAUUUUCCCCUUGCACAGUGUAUGACGAAGGAGACAAAAGGUCUCAGGGACAAAAGGUUACGGACAGGACACCGCUGACUGCUGAGACCGCAAAAGGUCAGACAUAGGGGACAAUGUUCCGACAGCCGUGGCUUGUCUGAGGGGGGGUUUUCCCUGCACCCCAGGGUCACGCGUGCAGGCAGACUGUGGCUGCCUGCUGGUGGAGAGUGUGCUCCCUCCGGACCUCACUGUCCACUCCGCGAUAUCCCUACACCUGCCUUGCUGCGUUUGUCCUCUUGACUCCUUUCUUCCUGACCCUUGGACCCAUGGCUUCCUGACUCAUGGCUUCUGCACUUCCGUUCUUGCUUCCACUCUGCCGUUUAGCCCCCGGUCCCGACGUCCUCCACCGGGAUCUCAACCACCCUUAAACCAGACCGUGACAACUUCCUUGUUCUCAGCCACAGGAGUCCUCGCAACAUGCGAUUGAGGGAGUCUGUCUUGAUCAGGUGCGGCAAACCCCCUGCAGCUUUAGUGGCUGUAAUCCCGACCCCGCUCUUCAGAUAUGUAACUCAGACCCAGGGCAAGCCAGCAAAUUAACCAUUUGAUUUUGUUUUCUGUUACAUUUUUGAAGCUGUUUUUCUCUUUUCUGUACAAGGCAGGGAUAUUGGAUCAUCUUUUAUUUCUUUUUUGCAGCCUUUGGGGUGACCACAUUGUGCAUACGAAAGUGUUGUCUUGCUGUGGGUAGAUUUUUUUAAAAAAAUGUUACUAGUUAAACUAGCAUCUCAUUUCUAUUCACUCUUAUAGUUGCCCAUACAAAUCAGAGGCACUCCUGGCUUCCUUGUAUGUUCAGUUAGCUGAAGUGUAGGGAAGAAAAAUUGUGUAUCUCACCUCUGGCUGUCUUAAGGACCACAGAUAACAUGCUAAUGGGUAAUUGGGAAUCUUUCUGUUGUCUAUUCCUUCUUCUAGUGUCCCACAGCGCACUUGGAGAAUCACAGCAGCCGAUCAUUCAGGAUAUAAACAGCUAGGUGUAAGAUGAGACAGAUAGAUAGAAAUUACCAUAUUGCAUUAGGGAUAAUUGCAAACUCUAGAGAUAUGUUGGAUGGAUGAGCAACCUGCCAUAUGGCUGUUUUCAUGUUUACCCAGUAAAACGUAAAGCAGAAAAAUGGUUUCCUUCCCUGUACUAAUUAAUGAACUGAUCUCACUUUCCAAAGUACUGUUACAGUAUUGUCAAGUGGUCCUGAACAUCACAACUAUUGCAUGUACUCAGUGAUUGGGAUCCAUUGGCCUUUGCACUGUCUUGAAGUUGCCUUAAUGCAAUGCCUCUGCGCAGCUCAGAUCGUUAAAAAUGCUCUCUAGUACAGUGGUACCUUGGGUUACAGACGCUUCAGGUUACAGACUCCACUAACCCAGAAAUAGUACCUCGGGUUAAGAACUUUGCUUCAGGAUGAGAAGAGAAAUCUCGCAGUGGCGGCACAGUGGCAGCAGGAGGCCCCUUUAGCUAAAGUGGUCCCUCAGGUUAAGAACAGUUUCAGGUUAAGAACGGACCUCCAGAACGAAUUAAGUUCUUAACCCGAGGUACUACUGUACUAAUUGGGUUGUCCUAGAAUGGCAUCAUUUUAUUUUGUGCGUUUUUGAAUCCAGGAUUAAAAGCUUUCAUGAAAGCCAUUAUUAUUAUUAUUAUUAAACUUUAUUUGACAGGCAACAUAAAAUUACACAACAUCCCACAUCACACCAUAAUAUACUACAGAACAGAACAAUACAAUACAAUACACAACUAUACAUUAUAUACAUCACCAAUCAUUACUUUUAUCUAUAACUAAUUUACAGAACAAAAAGAAGAAAAAAGAAAAGAAAGAGAAUUAAAGGAAAAUAAAGUUGACUUCCAAUUAAACCCAUUGUACUACCACUUAUUUUGAUUGUUUUACACACAGCAUCAUACUAUUAUUUUGUUUUCAUAAUUCUUAUCCAAAGUACAUGACUAUUUAUCACAUUCGUCUUACAAGAAUCAGUCAAGGUCUGCCAGGAGAUUUUUGUUGUUACAAUAAUUUUUCAAGUAAUCUUUAAAUAUUUUCUAUUCUUUAUGUACCUUCUGCAGUCGGAUAUCCUCUGAUUCUCCCCCUCAUUAUGGCCAGCUGUAAAUAUUCUAUCAUUUGGACCUGGUAUUCGAUUGUUGUAGCAGUCUUUUUGCUUUUUCAGCUCCUUGCUACCAGAAUCCUGGCUUCGGUUGUUGUGUACAUGAAUAGUGGUCUGACAUUAUUUUUUAUUUCUGAUGACAUUAUCCCUAGAAGGAAGGCCUCUGGGGUUUUUUGAGAAUGAGAACCUGAGUAGUUUUAAAAAUUCAUUAUAAAUAGAAUCCCAGAAUUCUCUAAUUGCCGUUCAUUCCCAUCACAUAUGCGUAUAAGAGCCUGUACCUUUUUUUGCACCCCCAGCAAACUUCUGAUUUUUUAAAUACAUUUUAGCCAGUUUAGCUGGGGUGAGCUGCCAUCUAUACAUUAAAGCCAUUCUCCAGGAUAUCAGCGCUGCUCUCAACAUCAGUUUUAGGGGUGUCGUCUCUUCUAUGGGUUGCUUUGGACUUUGGAGCUGUUUCCACUUUUCAUUCUUGCCAAAAAUCGCCUCCAUUGCCCCGUGUUUAUUCGAUGGAAUCUGUUAAGUUGUGGGUGAACAUAUCAGAUGACACAGCGAUUCUUCAGACAGCUCUUGUUUAUUCACAGGCCAGAACAGAACUCAACUGAAGGGUUCAGCCAACCUGCUUAUAUAGAGCUCAACUACAAAGCAACAGUAACAAUUUUCUGUAACUAUCCAAUCACUGAACGUCACUUUCAAUUCCUUAUUUGCAUAUGCGGACCUGAGUGAAAACUAUCUACAGUAUCCCCCUGCUGGCCCAGGGUAAGAACUUCAGUACAUAACAGAAUCCCUUGAAAAUGGCUCUGCUUCACAUUAGAAGGCUGCAAAUGGCCCUCGGGCAGUUUAGCCUACAGAGCACAACUCAUGACCAAGCUUGGGGAAGCGUCCCAACUCAGUUGAAGUUGAAGUCUAGGCAGAGCAUUUCUACUGCAACAUUUACACUAAUGUACUAUUUUGGCUGGGAUGCAAAUAUUUCCUGUGUGAGAGGAGGGACACUUCCACCUGUGCUAGAGAAAGAGUGUGUGCGUCUUCAGUCCUCCUCUCUGUGGUGGAUCACAUGCUAUUCUGAGGAUACAGGAACCCUACAGAAACAGCUUGCAGGGUGUGAGAGAUGGCAGUAGCAAGGCGGUGGGAAAGUCCCAUUGUCUGGCUCAGAGUCUUUGGAUCCAAGCCAGUAUUAAAUGCCUAAUAUUGUGAUAGGCGCUGCACAAAUUAAAUCCAAAAUAAAGUCUCUGCCAGUGUUUGUUUGUUGUUUUGUUUUGUUCCAAUCUAACAAAAACCAGACACAAAAGGGAUAGGGAAUGGGAAGGGAUAAUUAAAAUAAGUAAAAGUAAUUAUAAAAGGCAUAAACAAAGAAAAUCUUUCUGACUGAUUGCCAAAAGUAAAUAAGUUUCCAGAAGAUACCUUUGAUUGUGGUAGCAGUUUCGCCCCUGUAACCCAAUGUGGUGAUCAAAGGUGUUUUGUUUUGUUUUUAAUAUAGAGAUGCUGAUUUGAAAUUAACAAGAAAAGUGGCGUGGAUGAUACAGGAAAUAAUUCAUGCUGGAAAGCUUUUGUCUCAGCAGCUGGUUUUCUUACAGAAUCUUAAAGUGCUUGUUACCAUUUUCUGAAACCUAAAUACAUUCUUAAAUUAAUUUGAGUCAUUUCCCAUGGCAAAUAUAUUUAUCUCAUUGCUUUAUCCAAGGUGUCAGUGUUCAUUGGUUUUUAGCAUCACUUUCAUAAUAAUAUUUUGAUCCUGAGCUUAGACAUUUCAUAUUGCCCAUCCUUUUGGUAUAUUUUGAAAUUUAUGGGUGAUUAAUAUUUUUACAUCAACCAACAUUGGGCUUUCAGUACUUCUAAGAGCAUAACUUCUCACUGCAUAAAUUAACUUUGGCUGAGUUGCAAUUUCUCCUUUAUAGCCUGAAUUUCCAAUAACCAAGUAAAUGAACAAUGAACUUCUACCUUCAGGCAGACUGCUGAUUAUCCAUGCUAGAAAUUCUGGCAUGUGCUUGGGAGCUGUGGAUAAGAAAAACUUAAUCUUGGACUUAACUUUUGCACCUUCAGAUUGAACAAGUUCAGUUACCUUGUAGAAGAACUGAAUUUCAGCUGAAUUUUUGAGAGCUUAAUAACUAAAGCAAUUGUAAAAGGCUUACAAGGAAUCAUAUGUAUUAUAACUGCCUUAAUAGUUGUUGAAAUAAAACAUGCUAAUCCUCUAGUGGCCCUUCCUCCGUAGUGGAGGGAAUGGCUGCCAGAAACUGGCCCCUAUAGCCAUUAAGCACUUUGAAUCUCACAGUGCUUUCUUCUGAGCAUGCUUGGGCCAAUCUUCUGUAGAUUUGGCAAUGAUGCGUAGGUUUCCUGAUCCCACCCCCUGCCAACACAGGAGUUGAUGGGCUUGCAAGCAGGAAGAACAUCUGUCCAGUUUGGAGGAAAACUUGCACUGGAGUAAGGGUUCAGGAUAUGAGAGCUGCUGUGGUCAGAGUGAUAGACCAGGACUAGGGACAUCCAGGUUCAAAUUCCCACUCAUCUAUGAAGCUCAUUGUUCCUCACUUCAGAAACGUUAUUGUAGAGUUGGAAAAGGUUCGGGAAAUGGCAGUCUUAAUGAUCAAGGGGAUGGAGCAACUGCUGUAUGUGGAAAGGUUGCAACAUUGGGGGCUUUGUAUUUUAAAGAAAAUGUAAGAGGCAGCAGGGUACAUGUUUUUAAAAUUAUCCCAGAGAUGGAAGGAAGAGACAAUCCCAACCAGAGAAGAAUGGCAAUCCAAGUUGAUGGACUAUGCCGAAAUGGCAAAAUUAACUGGGAAGCUCAAGAACCAAGAAGACAAGAAAUUUAAAAAAGAGUGGGAAACGUUUAUAAUUAUAUACAAAAUUAUUGUAAACAGGUCAAAACAUUAGCAGGAUUCUAAACACACUUGUAUUGUAACAGAAUGUAUAGAUAACCUAGGAAGAUACAAAAAUGGAUGAGAUCAUCUCUCCAUCAGGACUUUUAUAAUGCACUACCACAGGAUACAAAGUACAAGAAUAAUUUGAGGAAUCAAAUGUUCUAUUUUUUUGUGUUAGAUCAUCAAUGAACUCAUCUAGUGUUGAAGUGGUUUUGAUCAAGUGUGUUCGACCUGUGGAAAUCCAUUGUGAAAAUUCAAUGGGGUCACUCCCUGAUAGCCAGUUUUCAUAACUUCAAAGUCCAAUAUCCCCAAAUUAAAGAAGUAUGCACUUUGCUUUCAGAAAAAAAACUUAUAAUAACCAAUAUUAUGUUAAUUUUUAUGAUGAACAACUUUGUUUCAUUAAUUUUUUUCUAUUACAGCUAUGGAUUGUGGGAAAGUUGUACCCAGUAGCCAUUUUUCCCCCCAUGAUGUCUAAAAAAUGUAAAAUUUUUGUUACAAGGAAUACAAAAUCCAAAAAUUUCAUUCUUUGGCAAGAAAGAGCAUGUCUUUGCAAUAAUUUUCAACACCAAAAACUUUUAGUCCCAUCAUGCCCACAGGCUGAGAAUAGAGGUUUUCUAAACUUAGUUUUUCCACCAAAAAAAGUACAUUUAUAAACUCUAUCUUCCUGAAUCCCCAAAUGGUUUUUGACCUUCUGGGGCAGGCUUGUCCAAAGUUCGUUUUGGGGGCCUAAUCCGGCCCACCAGUCAGUUAAAUCCAGCCCCUGGCAUGCAAUUCAAAAGCAAGGAGGAAAUCUAAACCUUUUCCUGUUUUGUUUCCACCACCCUCUAGAGUUUUCAGUUAUGCCAAACAAGAAUCUAGAGAAAUUAAAGUCAUACUUGCAGUCAGUAGGGAAACUUCAAAGUGCAAAAAUACUCAUGGAUAUAGUUAGGAGACAGUUUGCUAAAAUCCUUACCAAACUUUUUUACUGGCCACAGCUAAUAAAGAGAUGCCUUGAUAGUUGCCAUAUUCCACUCUAUUCUGAUGUCAUGAGUAUCAUGACGCUGGUAUAUUCUUAUCGGCUUCAGUCUUCAUCUGCCUUCACAGCCAUUGUAACAUACCACUUGUUACCUUCCGCCUAUUCUGCAGUUGAGGACUUAUUGGAUUCACUCACUGGGUCAUUACCUUGUCGUGGUGAGUGGGCUUGCAAGUUGCUAUGAUCCUUGUGAGCGAAACCACUGGGAGUCUCGUACUCCCAGCAGGAUCACCCAAGGCGGUAAGGUCAAGAGGGAGGAGCUAGACAAAGAAUGAUCCAAGAAUGAUCCAAGACAUCAAUAGUUUCAAGCUGAGCACAGGAUUGGCACCUGGGGGUGGAGGGAGAGCUGUUUUGUGCAUUCAAAAUCCCCACUCCCCAAAUGCUUUCCCAACUACAAUUGAAAAUAUGCAUGUUAUCUUAAGGUUACCCGACGUCCCCGUUACCCAGGAACAGUCCCCGGAUUUACAAAUCAGUCCCCAUACAAAAUCCAUUGAAGUUGAAAAGUGUCCUCGGAUGCAUUGAAACAAAUCUGGUAACUUUAGGUUAUUUGUGUCUAUUUCCCUCUAGGGUAGAAAAACAGAUUAAGCAGAAAAACCCCCAACAGUGGUCAGGGUAGGAGUUGAGUAUGAUUUCUGAAAAAAUGCCUGAAAAUGUGAUGGCAAAGAAAGCUGAAAACCUGACUCAGGGGAAAAAAACCCAACAACUCUAAUUCAUGGUGGGUGGUAUAUUUCUCAUGGGUGACUCAUUUUUAUUUAUUUUUUCAUAUUUAGAAAGAUAAACAUUUUAGAGGAAGCAGAUGGUGGUAGAAGUCCAGCAUGUUUAUGCAGUGUAGAUGGGCAUUUGAGAAAGAAAGAAAAACUCCUUGCACACAGAUGUUUAAAGAUCAGAUGUGGCCUUUAAUCAGAUGUAUUUCCUUGGUGCCAGAUAUGGCUUGUGUGUAAAGGAUAGUGGAUGGGAAAUGCAAAAAAAAUUAAAAAUUAAAAUGUGAGAAAAUGCCAGUUUAAUCACCGCAAAACAGAUAGUCAGAGGGUGUGCCCAAAUGACAGCAAAGAGGCUGGAUGAUGGUUCUUACCAGAAUGAGAUGAGUAUUUGUGUGCUUUAAAGUUUCCCUACUGACUGCAAGUAUGACUUUAAUUUCUCUAGACUCUUGUUUGGCAUAACUGAAAACUCUAGAGGGUGGUGGAAACAAAACAGGAAAAGGUUUAGAUUUCCUUUUUUUUUUUAAAGAUAUUUAUUAAGAUUUUCAAAAUAUUACAAAAUGAAGAAAGGAAAAAGAAAAAAUACAAAAUAAAAAUAGUUAAAAACAACUCAAUCUUUCCAUUACUUAUCUUUCAUUGGCUUGUUUCCCGGACCUCCUCGCGCCUCCCUUUUUUGUAUUCCAAUUCAGUUUGUUAGUUCAGCAAAUCCUUCCCCUUUGUUUAUCCUAAUCUUUAAUCUUAUAAUAUGGUGACAUUGAAUUUUAACCUAUUAAUAAUCCAUUUUUCAUAUUCCCUUAUAAUAUUACAGCUAAAAAUCACUUAAUUUCUAUCCAACAUCAUUCUAACAUUCAUUAAUUUUGCAAUAUUUCUGUAGAUAGUCUUUAAACUUUUUCCAAUCUUCUUCCACCCAUUCUUCUCCCUGGUCUCGGAAGGGUUUAGAUUUCCUCCUUGCUUUUGAAUUGCAUGCCAGCAUGGUAUUCGGUGACAUACAAUGGUGCACUAUGCAGGAAUGGUUGACUGCUACUGUUUGCAGAUAUAAAACAAGGGGUGCAUUUAAUGGCUGUAAUCCUAGAAAAGCAUUUCUCCCCUGAACACUGUUAAAAAUGUAUUACGCAGAGAAGUGGCAUGCUGUAUGGGUACGCGUGUGUGUGAUCUUUCUCUCCCCAGGUAUAUAUUUUUUAAAAAUCAAGGUGGUGGUGAGAGACUUUGGGAAAGCCUUCAUGAACAGCAGUCUUAACCCCUUUCUUCUGCUAAUGGCAGAUAAUUAUACUUUUCAAAGAGUUGGCUGAUUUCUUUCCAGGGGUGGGGGCAGAAAAUACCUAUUGUGUAGCUUAAGUGCCUGAUGUUCUUGGAAGCAAUUCAGUAGGUGGCAUUGUUUGGAAAGCUGGGGGGAAGCUAAAGGUGGCAGGCUAAUUGCUACAUUGGGGUGAGCCGCUGGAGACAAGGCGAUCAGAUUCACAGAACUUUUUCAGCUUGCCCUGAGUUUUGUUACAGGCCCAAGGAAACAAAGAUGAUUUAGAGGGUUUGGCAAGCUUGAAGAGGAAAAUCAGUUGUGUUUCAAGGGCAUUAGUAUUGAACAGAAACAUCAAAGCCUUUCUGUACCUUUGCUUUCUUUUCUUUCCCCCUCUUUUUUUAGAAAAAGCUUUUGUUGGUUUUAGGAACAACCUUUUCUCUAUGGCCUGUGAGUCUGGUGGAUGGAAAGGAAAGGAAGCUGAUGGCCCCAUUAAUAUGAAACUUGUAUCAGUGUUCCUGAUUAAAAAUGGUGCUGUAACACAGAACCCUGUACAGUGGUUCCUCGGGUUAAGAACUUAAUUCGUUCUGGAGGUCCGUUCUUAACCUGAAACUGUUCUUAAUCUGAAACACCACUUUAGUUAAUGGGGCCUCCUGCUGCCACUGCCCUGCCACUGCACGAUUUCUGUUCUCAUCCUGAAGCAAAGUUCUUAACCCGAGGUACUAUUUCUGGGUUAGUGGAGUCUGUAACCUGAAGUGUCUGUAACCCGAAGUACCACUCUAUGUUGAAAGUACAUAUCUUGAACUCAGUAGUUUUAACACAUUGUCAUAAAAAACUUCCUUAAACCAAGAUUAAAGCAUUUUGUGCCUCACUAAGUUUAAUUAAAAGCAUGUCUGCAUGUUCUUAAUUGAGGGGGAAAGGUUUUCUCAAAUAAUGCACUCAGUCUUUGCAAUUAACAAACACAAAGGUUUUAUACAGAACAUGGGUGCAGUGUAGGCUCUGGAUUACUCCAUUCCUCCAUGGGAUGCUAGGAAAUGGCACCUUUGCCCCCAUAUAAGUGUUGAACAUCCAGCUCCGCCCUAAGAUUUCAAAUUGGUCAACCUCCACAGACCCUCCAAGUGCCCCUAUUUUCCAGGGACGUCCCUGAUUUAGAGAAGCUGUCCCAGUUUCUGAUUUGAUCCUAGAAUGUCCCACUUUUCCUUAGGAUGUCCCUGUUUUCUUUAGAGAAAUGUUGGAGGUUAUGGAGUUAUCCAGCCCCCAAGCCAUCUGAAGGCAGCCCUAUAUAGGGAAGUUGUUUUUUUAAAAAAAUGUUUAAUGUUUUAUUGUGUUUUUACUUAUGUUGGAAGCUGCCCAUAGUGACUGGGGAGCCCAAUAAGAUGUGUGGGGUAUAAAUAAUAAAAUUAUCAUUCUCUAUUUUCAACAAAGAAAUGUUGGAGGGUAUGCCUCCAUGCUGUACUGAACAUCAAAGGCAGACAGUUUUCACUCGUUUCUGGAAGGGAGCAGCUCAAAGAUUGAUUGUAAAACUUUGGUACAGCACUCUCAAACAUCUUGACAGCGAAAGGGGACUAUCGGGUAUGGGGCUCAUACACUUCCUGAUAAAUCUCAUUUCAUGUUUCCCCACACACCACUGCCACUCUGGGCAGUGUUUUUGGUACGAGCUGUACCAAUUCCUUCUCAGUUCCUAGCUUUUUGUCUACUUUCUGCUAUCUAUGAUUAGCUGCACCAAUCAUAUUUGGCUAUACCACAAUGCCACAAAGUCAGUUUAGAGUUAGGGUGGUCAGUUUCAACCCUGUUUGAAGACCCUCGCUUUAACAAUAAGGGGUGUUUUUUGCAGAGGUGAAAGGGUUGGAAAAUAUCUUCCAUUUGGGCUUAGCUCUAAUUAAGUGGGGAAAGUGACACAUGGGCUAAUAAUGAUAAUAAUAAUAAUAAUAAUAAUAAUUAAUAUACCUGGGGAGAGAAGCUUUUUAUGAAACUUUUCUGGCUGGGUUUCCCAGCGGCUUGCUCUGAGUGGCACCUUUUCUCUCUCUCUGCUUUCCAUUCUUCCUGAGGAAAUGAUAGCUCCUUUCAUUCUUUGAUUGCUGAUACAACUACCUUCCACUGCCUGGUCUUCCUCUCUCCUGUCUAAUCUGUCCUCCAGGCUCAAGCUGAAAUCUGAAGCCUCACUCUCCCUGGACUGGCAUGCCAAGGGCCUGCUAUUCUUCUGCUUGCUUGCAGCCUGCCAGUUUGUCAAACUAUGCCAAACCUGGGCUGGCUCUGUAAACCGUCAACCUGCUGAAUCUGGAUAAUGGCAACAAUACUGUGUCUACCUCCAUAAUUUCUGUCUGGUGUCCUUGUUAAGAGUGUUGGACUGGGAAGACCUAAAUCCUCCCUUAGACAUGAAAAGGAACUGAGUGGCAACCUUAAACCAACCAGUCUUACGUAACUCUCAGCCCAGCCUAACUCUUGAGUGGGUUGUGAGGAUUAAAAAAAGCAGAAGCCUCCUUGAAGGAAAGGCAGAAUAGAAAUGUAAUGAACAGAUUAAGUAAACAAGGUAAAAUAACUAUAAUCUGCCUCUUUUGUGCCAGGCCGUCAUGAAGUAAUUGUCUUUUAGCAGAAGUCCUGCAGUAGCUAAGCUGCCCACCCGCCAACUUCCCUCCUUUCCUCUCCCUGCCUACACACUGCAGCCUAUUCCAGUGACAGAGACACUAGCGACUAUAUUGCGGCCACCCACCUCAAUAAAAGAAAGGGAGACUAUGCCUCCACGCUCCUGCUUCUGUCUGCUUCAAAGAGAAAGAGAGAAACUGGCCUUUGUGAUGCUGCCCACCUGGAGGAGAGAGACUGGCCAUUGUGACCUCAUGCUGACCUGCCCACCUGGAGGAGAGAGACUGGCCAUUGUGACCUCAUGCUGAUGCUUCCCACCUGGAGGAGAGAGACUGGCCAUUGUGACCACGCUGAUGCUGUCCACCUGGAGGUCUCAGAGAGACUGGCCAUUGUGACCUCACGCUGAUGCUGCCCAUCUGGAGGAGAGAGACUGGCCAUUGUGACCUCACGCUGACCUGCCCACCUGGAGGAGAGAGACUGGCCAUUGUGACCUCACGCUGAUGCUGCCCACUUAAAGGAGAGAGACUGGCCAUUGUGACCUCACGCGGAUGCCACCUGCCUGAAAGGGAGGGGGAGAGAGACACUUCUCUCUCUUCCUACAUGUCAGCCACUUUCAUAGGAGAGAUGCCAUUUGCACCCUGAACCAGAUAGGAGAUUCUUAACUCCCCCCCUUUUUUCCUUUCAAAUGCAAGGUUCACCUCUCCUCAGGCAGACAGGCUCCACUGUUCACAAAUGAGUGUGGUUUUUUUUUGCAUACGAUAGCUGCUCUCUCAUGCCAGCUGUCAGUGAUGAUAACUUCUCCCUGUGCUAUCUCUUCCUACUGCCUGCCAAUUAUGUAUCCGAUGAAUGGGGAGCCACUAUCCCCAUUAACAGCCACCUUCUGGAGAUGACAAAGCAGCAGAGAGCCAAUUUGCAAAGCAUUGUGUUUAUUUCCAUAGAAAACAACAGGAAGCUACAAUCUAAAUUAAAAGCGAAACUAAACUCCUGUGUUCUUCAAGAGCCACAGUUCUCACAAUGAUGCUUAGUACCAUAGAUGUUUGAUAUGACAUGUCCUCUCAUGCUGUCUUCCCUCACCCUUUGUCUAUAGUUGCUUAGCAUGAUACAUGUUGAGUUCUUAUCUUCCUUCUGCCCCAGCCCUUUGUCAGUUUGGGAUACUGCUGGCCUGCGGCGGAGAGACACAGCUGGCAGCUUUAUGGGCCUUUUCUGAGUGUAUCACUUGCCAGGAUGCCCAGCUGUGCUACUUUGUGGCAUAACCAAUACUCAACUCAAACUGUGAUUUAUCCCCCAGCUAGUGACUAUUUCAACACACAGCAACUGCACCACGAAGGGCCAAAGGUGCCAGAGAUGCCAGUACAGUUCCAAAAUAAUGCUUGAUGCUGGUGGGUUGCCUUGGUGCCCAACUUUUGGAUUUCCAGGAAGAGCCAGCCUGGCCACAGCUGGGAAUAAAACAGCAAACUAGGUGGAACAUUGCUCUGAUCCAGAAGGGCUUUCUUCAUAUUGUUAUAAUUUCAAAUGAUAAUUGGCAUGAAGGAGUGCAUUCAAUAAUUAAACUGUAUAACCAGAGUGAUCGAAACCAUCAAAGCCUUGGUUCCAAAUGAAGAGCUUGAUAAAGACCCUGUUUGCUUAGCUUGGCCACACAUUUGGGGGUGGCAUUUGUGCGAAGCUUAUGCCAGAGCUUAUUCAUGCCUAAUAGCCUAGGCUGAGUACACAGAUGUGUAAGCACAUGUCAGGUGGCUCAAUGGGUCAGUGCAUCUGGCUGUUAAUCAGAAGGCUGGUGGUUCGUGCCCACCUAGGGACAAUUGUGGGCAUUGCAGGGGAUUGGACUAGAUGACCCUUGGGGUCACUUUCAACUCCCAGUUGUGGCUGCAAAAAUGACCAUAAAGUCCACAGAGGGUGUGUGACCCUGAUGAGCCUCUUCCAUGUGUACCUUAGUACGCAAAUAAAUUUCUAAAUAGUCCUAAGGUUAUAAAGGUACCCCAGUCUUGACAGACUCUAGGGUUGUGCGCUCAUCUCACUCUAUAGGCCGGGAGCCAGCGCUGUCCGCAGACACUUCCGGGUCACGUGGCCAGCGUGACAAGCUGCAUCUGGCGAGCCAGCGCAGCACACAGAACGCCGUUUACCUUCCCGCUGGUAAGCGGUCCCUAUUUAUUUACUUGCACCUGGAGGUGCUUUCGAACUGCUAGGUUGGCAGGCGCUGUGACUGAACAACGGGAGCUCACCCUGCCGCGGGGAUUCGAACCGCCGACCAUGCGAUCGGCAAGUCCUAGGCUCUGUGGUUUUACCCACAGCGCCACCCGCGUCCUCCUAAGGUUAUACAUGGAUAUAAUUACUAUAAAAAACCAUCGUCUUGUAGCCUCACAUCUUGCCACUUUGUCUGCCAUCACAACACAUUUUGGUUUUCCCAGCAAUCUGAAACCAACAGGAUUGUCUUUGGAAUUAAAUAUUUAAUAGCUUUAAUUGCUCCAGCGGUAGCUGAUUGGCUUUUUCAGCAAUGUGAUGCUCUCCAAGCUCCCAUCAAUAUUUUUGAGAAUGUAUGGGAUGACCUCAUUCUGCUACAGGUUAGAGAAGUUGAGUUAAAUUCGGCAGUUUCAUUGAAGUCAUCACCACAUAUUUUUUUUGAUUGAUUGAUUGAUUGGUUGAUUGAAAUGUUGCUCAUCUUUGCCUAGAGUAAAUGAAUGCAUGUUGGCCUACUAACAUCAUCCUUUAUGAACUUUCAUAAAUAUCCACUCUUUCCAAACCCUCUUCUUUUCCAGACAGAGCCAAGCCAGUAGGAAAUAACGGAGUGAAGAUACAUGUUGUGACACCAUUGUGUCAGAGCACUACUUUGAGGCUGAUUUGUUUAACUUCUCUUGUGUUCUUGCUGGCAAUCCUUCUAGAUUAUCUUUUCAUGAACAUGACAUAGUUGAUUGCAGAGUGCCAGACGCCUUGUGUUUUUCUGUGACAUAAAACACAGUGCGGUCCAUUCAGAUGGUAAACUAGUAUUCAGUUCCCAUGGAAUUAGGCUUUACUUGAGCCAGUAUCUGGAAAAGGGGGCCAACAUUGAGCAAGCCAUAAACAAAAAAAUUCUGUGUUGUCCCUUGAAUUGGAAAUAUUACAUCUGUAGUGGGUGUUUGCCUUAACAGCACAUUGGGACACAUCAAGCUGAUAAAGGAACUGUGAGCUCCUCAAGUGCCUGAAUCUUUUAUGGUGUGCAGGACUGCAAGUAACCCAGCUGUUUAUUUGGCUGAUAGGGUAUGCCUUCAUCAUGGUUGGAGAGAAGCAACAGCAUAUGGAUUCUUCCAUUUAGGAGUGCACUGUGCAUGCAUGCGCAACUGAUGUGUCCAGGCAGAAUUCUGGUGAACAGAUGGACAAACUGAACAAGACAAAGGGGAAAAACAAACAAACAUUGCAACAAUGGGAGGGGAAUGUUGAGAUCCGAUGGGAUAAAGGAGAUCAUGAAAUGUAUUUCCAAACAAAAAUGGCAAAGUAUAGCAUGAUGGGGCAUAAAUGAGCAUUAGGGAUGGGGGAGAUACUUGAUUUAGUUCUGAUUUAAAGGUGGAUAUAUCAACUCUGCACUUUGCAAAAGAAUAGCACACCAAAACACAUGUAUCAAUUGCAAUUCACACUUAUCUGCGUUUUGUUACGCAGUUCUCCAGGCAGGGUUUACAUAAAUGCACAUAUCAGGGGGAAGUGUGCGUGAAAAUGAAUACAGUUGUACCUUGGUUGCUGAAUGCCUUGGAACUUGUAUGUUUCGGCUCCUGAACAAUCAAAAGCCGGGUAUGAGUGUUCCUGGUUCCGAAUGAUUUUUGGAAGCUGAACAUCUGAUGCAGCUUCUGCGGCUUCCGAUUGGCUACAGGACGCCGUGCCUUGGUUUUUGAACAGUUCCUGAAGUCAAACAGACUCCCGGAACGCAUUCUGUUUGAUAACCAAGGUAUGACUGUAUAGUAGUGAAAAUAGCAUACAAAACAUUAUAUUAGGGGAGGUUUGCACUAAAAUGCUGCUGAAUUUUCAUGAAUUAUUUUUUUUAAAAAAAACCCAAAUUGAAGAAAUAUGAAGAGCUAAAUUUAUGAGUGAAAAAAAUGAGAAACGGAGAAAACUAAGAUUCACACAUUCUUCCAUCUAUAGCAAUUUCAAUGCUAUUUUAUCUCUGUCAUGUGCUUUAGUUGACAUUUUUGUUUUGAAGCAGCAGCAAAGCAACAGAGAAGUAAGCAAAGUCCUUUUCAAACCCAUACUGCUAAUGCAGUGCUUUUGUUAAUUUAAAAACUGGUAAGAUUUAUCUUCAGAAGAUUUCUGUUCUCUACAAUUAAUCACAGAAUGACAGAAGUCAAAGCUCAUGCUGCCUUAUUGUCAAACCUACUCAAAUCCUGAGUGAAUGAAUUAAUAAACAAACUAAAACAGCAAAUAAUACUUUGUGGUUUCUUACCCGGCUUUUGUGUAGAGAGAUUUGUGCCCAGUUACUCAUAACUGGGCUUUUACUAAAUGGGAUUGGAUUGGAUUGGGAUGCAGGUGGCGCUGUGGGUUGGACUUGCUGAUCAGAAGGUCUAGGAUUUGCCGAUCAGAAGGUCGGCGGUUCGAAUCCCCGCCACGGGGUGAGCUCACGUUGCUCGGUCCCUGCUCCUGCCAACCUAGCAGUUCGAAAGCACGUCAAAGUACAAGUAGAUAAAUAGGUACUGCUCCGGCAGGAACGUAAACGGCGUUUGCGUGCACUGCUCUGGUUCGCCAGCAGCGGCUUAGUCAUGCUGGCCACAUGACCCGGAAGCUGUACGCCGGCUCCCUCAGCCAAGCGAGAUGAGUGCCACAACCCCAGAGUCGGCCACGACUGGACCUAAUGGUCAAGGGUCCCUUUACCUUUACCUUUAUACAACUACUAAGGGACGCGGGUGGUGCUGUGGUCUAAACCACAGAGCCUAGGGCUUGCUGAUCAGAAGGUUGGCGGUUUGAAUCCCCGCGACGUGAGCUCCCGUUGCUCAGUCCCUGCUCCUGCCAACCUAGCAGUUCAAAAGCACGUCAAAGUGCAAGUAGAUAAAUGGGUACCAUUCCAGCAGGAAGCUAAAUGGCGUUUCCGUGCGCUGCUCUGGUUCGCCAGAAGCGGCUUAGUCAUGCUGGCCACAUGUCCUGGAAGCUGUCUGCAGACAAACGCCGGCUCCCUCGGCCAGUAAAGUGAGAUGAGCGCCGCAACCCCAGAGUCGUCUGCGACUGGACUUAAUGGUCAGGGGUCCCUUUACAUUUACCUUUAUACAACUUCUAAGCAGCAGCAAGAACAGGCAAUGUAGCAAGUCACCAGUGGUUAAUGGUAUGUGUUUCUUUUCUUUUUCCUCCUUUCUGUACAAGUCCAAUAUAAUGCUCAAAUAUGGUCCAGGAUAGUGGGCAAACAACAUUCUAGCAGCCAUGGUAGCAUACAUAAACAGUCUCUUUAGAUUUCUUGGUAUCUCUUCCCCCACUAUUCCGAGCAAAAAGGUUUGUAUGAAAGGUUAUCUUAAACAUUUUUAAAAACUCAUUAUAAAUCAUUUCCCAGAAGUCUUUUGCCCUUCUACAAGUCCACCACAUAUGCAUAAAGGUACCAUCACUAUAUUUACAUUUCCAACAUAUUUUGGUGGAAUUUUUAUACAUCUUUGCAAUCUUAACUGAGGUUAGGUACCAACGGUACAUCAUUUUCAUGCAGUUUUCCUUUAACGAACUACAUGCAGUAAAUUUUAGAUCCUCCUUCCACAGCCUUUCCCAUGACUCGAGUGGGAUAUUAUGUCCCAAGUCCAUUUUACCAUUACAUCUUUAACCAUGAUAUCCUUUAAUCCAUUGUCCCUUUCUUAUUUAUUUAUUUAUUUAUUUAAGGUAUGAGUUACAUCUCCGCAUAUACACACGGAAAGUGCCUGGGGGAAUGUGCUAUAAAAACUCUAGAGAUACAUAUAUUCUGAACUGGGCUUUUAAAACUUUGUUUGCUAUAGCUUCCUUCCACGCUUAUCAAGCAGUAGUUCCUCCAGGCUGAUCGGAGCCUUCCUAGUAUAUACUAAGGGAAGAAGAGGCAGUUGCCAGGUGAGAGUGAAGAGUAAAACAGACAUGUGGAUAGUGAGUUUGUGUGGUUUUUUUAAAAAGUCAAAUUAUGGGUAUUUUAUUACUUCCACUGAAAUUGCUGGAUCUUCAAGUGCUUUUGCCUGACUGGAUUGCAUCCAGUUUAACUGAUUCUAUUUAUACAAUCCAUUUUGAGAUUUGCGUUCUCCCUUCAUGUAUAUUUUAGUAUGGUAUAUGCAAAUAGUUGAAAUAGUUUCUCAAACAUUAGCUGAAUCCAGUCUGUUUUAAUGUUGUUUGAAUUCUGUUACCCUGCUUGUCUUCCCAGGUAUGCCAAUUUAUAGAUUAAUCUGGCACUUCUUAAUGUGUUCUAUAGCUUCCUAGCAGCCUGCAAUUAAAACACCAGUGGCUUCCUUAUUCAUGCAUUCAGAACCUUUUCCAGGAUUUUUCAAAAGCCCAGUAUGAGCUGUGUGCGAUGAUGGUAUUAAUCCUGCCUUGUUGCCAUCUGGGCAAGGGAUGAAAUCAACUUAUUUUUAGCUGACAGUACCUUGUCCAGUCAAAGUUUCAGGAUGAUUAAUUUCCCUGGGAGUUUGUGUGACGGAGGCUUGAACCUGCAAAGCUACAGCUGUCUCCUGUUGGCAACUCUAGGCUAGUUAUCACCAAGAGUUAAGGUAGACAGGCACUUCGUAGCAGUUGAGAAUGUCGUAUCCAGAUGUAAUUUGUUGAGAAAUGGUACUUAAACUCGACAUGCUGUUUAUAUGACAAACAGGUGUAUGUUGUGUUUGUAUCUAAGAUAUCAGUGCCCUCUAGGCUGAGGAUGUUGUCUUUGGGUUUGCUAAAGUGGUGUGUCUAGCUCAGACAAAACACCAGUGUGCUGCAGCCUUAGAAGAUAUCAGUUCAAGAGUCAGAUAAUGUUCUCUUGUAAGACUGUUUCUCAUGUAACUAGGAUCAUUGACUUAAUUUUACUUUAAGUCAGUUUUGUAAUGAAAUAUACUCAGUCGAGAGUGGAUUUCAUGCUCUUUAUUCAGCUCAUAGUGGUGAGGAGGAAUGAAUGUUUCCCCAAAGUAUCUGAUUUAUAUACUUUAUUUACACAAUGGGCUGCACGUGAUUGGCUAAUUCCGGAAUUCUCCUGUAGGCCAAUCAGGUUGUGGAUUCACUUCCAUCUGGAGCCGGAUUGGGUGGCUCCUGCAGACCAAUCAUACUGCUGCAUUGUUCUAGGACCAAUCAGCCUGCUGAAUUCUGAAUCCUAUUGUUCUAGGACCAAUCAGACUGCUGCAUUUUGGAUCCUAUUGUUCUAGGACCAAUCAGACUGCUGCCUUUUGGAUCCUAUUCAACUCAGUACAUAACAGUAAAUAGCAAUAAUACUUUACCACUUUGCAGCCACAGUUGGUACACAUUUACUAGAUAUCUGGAAAUACCCGUGAGAACAUGUACUUUCCCCCUGUGAUUUUGAAAGACGGAGCUGCUCAAAAGUGAGGGCACAUAGCUAAAAGGAAGUUGAAAGGUAGAAGCAAGAGUCAAAUUUAUCCAAAAUACUUGGCAGCAAUAUUGAAGAUUGGGUAGAAGGCAUUCCACAUUUUAUGCACCAUCAAAUAAGAAGGCUUUUAAAAGAAAAAAUGGCAUAGCAGGUGAAUUUACAAAGACCCACACAUCACAUGACAUGACAGAUUAAAACAAACUGUGGUUUAAUGUGGACAAAGCGCAAAAUAUGCUGGACAUGUUGGUUUCUUCCUCACUGAUCAAGUUUUGGUACUGUGUCUUAUGUAGUCACACAACCACACCUUGCUUUCCUGUCACACUUUCUGAGCGAGGCUCUUUUAGCCUAUUUUGACAGCUAUCAUGGGACAAGGAGUUGCUACUGGAGAAUAGACGGCUGAGAAUUUCUGUCCAGCUUUCUCUUCUCACUAGAUCGGAAGAAGAAUUUGCAUUACAAUUCAGCACCAGCUCUUGUAGAUAGAAGCGAAAACAGUAUCAUAAUUUCAUCUGCUGCAAUCACUGAAGCUUACACUUAACACUUGAAUGGAGAUAUUAUAAUAUAUAUAAGAAAAUUGGGAAUCUGUUGCUUCUGAGGUAAAUUAAGACCAACAACAGCUGCACUUGUUUCACAACCAUGCCUUCCAAUCUGUGUGUGAUUAGUGAAUUGAUUAAUCUGAAACUACUGGCAGUACUGUACAGCUCUGCUGAAAAAGCAAGGGCGGUCCUUCUUAAAUCUCCAGGCGGCUUUCAUCUCCUUGCAGGAAAUCUCCUUAUGUUAAUACCUGCCUGUUGGUUAUAAAUGACACAUUGGGCUAAUAUGAACCAGAGAGAUCAAACGGGGUUGGCAGGGCUCCCUAACUGCAACCAGGAUAAGGACCGCAUCACAUAACGGCAGAGGCAAAAACAGUGGUUGCGAAUAUGGUGUGUUAAUAAUCUCCUUCCAAACUUCCCACAGGCUGUAGAAUAUCAGCGUUGAGUAAUAAUAAGAGGAUGAUGACACAGGGUGAAAUUCAACAUCACAUUAUUACAGACAUUCAGUCUGCAGAAGUACACCAGCUUGCCAGACAAAAAGAUCCUUCUUCCUACCCAAGUCAAUUUCAGGGAGUGCAAAUCCUUAGGCGGAUUAAAAUAUCAGGGUGUAUCUUUCCACUAUCAUGCCUAGAAAAUCUGCAGCAAAGUAUUUACAAAAUGUUUAUAAUGCUAAAAAGUUCUUUGGAAUUUUUAUUGAUAUUAUUUCUAAUAGUUUCUAAUUUGUAAUUUUUUUAACUGUUAAUUGUUCAUUUGAGCUGUUGUGAGUCAGUCAGUAGAUUUUAUUGUUUAUAGCCAAUGGGCCACACUAUGAGCAGAAAUCACACAACUACAAAAUUGAAGACACUACAUGCACCAGACCAGGACAAAUCUAAAAUUUAAAAACAUUCCUUCUAGUCAGCAUUCUUAAGGUUGGGCACGUGCACUAUCCAGAAAGGUUGCCCUUAUCAUUCUUGCUGCUAGUGCCACCCUGUAGCUGAUGCAUUUAUCAACAUCUGCCACUGGAGAUGCUAUGAGCCACUAUGAGGAAAAUUUUGUGGAAGAGUGGCGUACAAAUUAGCAGAUGGCAAUGAAGAUGAUGGAAGAGAGUCACAGUGUAUUCUCAAAACACAGUUCUGCAGUCUCCCCAGCAACAGGCCUUUUACAUCUUUCUGAACACCAGGCUUAGGAUUCCAAUGGAUGCAAACCACAGAGGGCCAAAUCAGACAUACCAUUAUUAACUGCAAACAGGAAUUGGACCAGCAUUCUCUCCUUUGCUGCUGUCCUCCCCGCCCCCUGAAGCGCCAGGUUAGGUACUUUGGUUGUAAACUUUCAAAACAAGUUAUGUCUGAAAUGGGGAACUGUGUUUUCAUGCUCAUUUACUCGCUAAGAUUUGAAAACAUUGUUUGAUCCUUGUUAGUAAACAGAUCCUUAUUUCAGGCUUAAUGGGAAACAGUACAUUAAAGAAACAAGGAUCAAAGUGUCAACGCUGGUACAUAAGAGGAAGACUGGGUGCGCUCAUGUCCCAAUGCUCAUUCCUGUCCUAACAAGCUGUGGUUUAUUAAGCCAGGAAUGUUAGCAUUCAAACCAGCCCAUAUUUCUACCAGUUACAUAUACAGCCACCUUUCAUCUCACAUUUUGCAAAUGAAACUAUCCCUUCUUGGAAUUUAUCAACAGCAUGUCGAUAAUUUGAAUAUGGCUCAUCACUGUCGCACAGUACAAAAUGUUGCACCAUUAGUUCUGUCUCAUUAAAUUCAAUUAAAAUCCAGAAAGUCAUUGGAAAAAUUUUCAGCACCAAGCUAAUCAGACUCUGCUAAUGAAAACCAAUUGCAUUGUGAUGGAAGAUUAAUAGAUGUGAGCCUGUAAAUGCACACAUCAGAAAGUCUUCAUAAAAAAAAGAAAUACAGCAGUCAUGAUGAACUUCCUGAAAACAAUGGGUGGAAUUAUAUGUCACACUCUUCUGAACUCUCCAUCUGUGCAAGCAUUUCAACUUCCCAAAUGGAAUUAUUCCCCUUCCUCUCAUCUCGUGCGCUCUUUUCAAGUUUCUCUGACACCCCCCCCCCGCCCAACACAAUUCUGGGGUGUACAGGUGGUGGAGAGGGGGAAAGCCCCAUUGCACAAGCAGAAGACAUUGUGUAGGGCUUCCAUUGAUGGGCACAUUAUAUGUGUCCCACCCAAUAGAAUUGAAAUAGCAAGUCAGACCAGUGGAAGGUUUAAUCCAGCAGUUUGUUCUGGUUGGCUCCUAUCCCAAACCCUGAUUAGAAAGAAGUCCCAUCAAUUUCAACAGUGCUGAGCCAAAUACUCCCAGGAAGACCACAAGCAGGGCAGGGAGGCAACAGCCCUCUUUUAAUGGUUGUACUUCAUAACAAUAGUAGCAGUAUGAUGGGACAGAGGUAAAGGUAAAGAUACCCCUGACCAUUAGGUUCAGUCGUGGACGACUCUGGGGUUGCAGCGCUCGUCUUGCUCUAUAGGCCGAGGAGCUGACAUUUGUCCGCAGACAGCUUCCGGGUCAUGUGGCCAGCAGGACUAAGCUGCUUCUGGCGAACCAGAGCAGCGCACGGAAACACCGUUUACCUUCCCACCGGAGCGGUACCUAUUCAUCUACCUGCACUUUGAUGUGCUUUCAAACUGCGAGGUUGGCAGGAGCUGGGACAGAGCAACGGGAGCUCACCCCGUUGCGGGGAUUCAAACCGCCAACCUUCUGAUCAGCAAGUCCUAGGCUCUGUGGUUUAAACCACAGCACCACCCGUGUCCCAUAUGGGACAGAGGUGCUUAUGUAAUCUGGCAGGUGACUUUUUGCUGCUUGCUUGGAGGGAUUAGGUGGCAGUGUGAUGUCCCACCAUAUCAUUUGCUUUUGAACCAUAGGAUUUACUUAUCUUCUAGUAAAUUUAUCAAACCUUCUAUUUAAGCCAUCUAAGCCAGCGGCCACCACUGCAUCAUACAGCAGUGAAUCCUGUAUGUAUGUAUGUAUGUAUGUAUGUAUAAUUUAACCGAUGCAUUUCCAUCCAGCAAGAACCACUCAAGAUGGCUAACAUUAAAAUAACAAUAAAACAACAUCUUUAAAAAGCAAUAUUGAAAAUCAAUAUAACAACCACUCAAAAGGUAAAGAGUAAGUUUGGCUGGUUUGGCUUUGUUAGGCCAGAGAAUCAAGAAGAAAAGGACCAUCACUGGAAACAAAUUGUCACUUGUAACUAUCAAUGUAAUUUCAGAAGACUUAAAUACUCAGAAGAGGGAAGAAUCUGGACAACUGUGCAGGGUGAUUCUAAAAGAAGCCGCAUUCCCUUAAAGUAGGUGACUGGAGAGGGAAGAGAUCAACCUUCUUGCAUUCCCAGUAAAUAUUGUUCAUAUGCAUGCCUAUAGUUAAUAAAAUGAAAAUGAAAAUGUAACUAUGAAGUAUAUUUGAAGCACAAUGUGUAGCUUGGCCUUUAAUGUAACUAAAAAAUAAAUAAAAUUAACCUUCCAUUUUCAAAAAUGGCAGAUCUGAACAACGGAACAGGUAUGUGGACAGCAAAAUGUAGGGAGUUUUUACUUUGUUGUCACAUAAGAGUAUUUUAAUUCUCAGUCCUCUGUUCUGGGC